CUGCAUGAGACCAAGCUCCAUCUGAUCAGCCCACAUUAGCUUGGGUCUGAUUGGCUCAGAAAUGGGGAAGUGUGACUGUGAUGAGGAAAAUCACACUAUCUGUGUAAGACUUGGUGAAAGGGGGGUAGAGACAAACAGCUGAUAGAUAGGAGAAGGGAGAGGGAGGAGGGGAGGGGGACAAUAAAAGACUAUAGUGAAUGCAGAGAGAGGUGUAAGGGACAGGACAUGACAGUGAGCAUUGCUAAUAGGCUGCUGCAUGGCAGGUACAUAUUUAGACUGAUGCCCACACACACAGAGACAGCUGGGGAAACACACGAGACAGACAUCAAUCUGAGCGCUGGGGGAGACAGCUGAAGGGGAGGAGGGGGCGGGGAGUCCAUGCACUGCCUGCGACUCUACAUCACUGCACUCUCACUGCAGAUGGAUGUCAGCGGCCACUGAGUGCAUGCUGCUUCACCUCCCUGGCCUCAGCACACACAGGGUUAACCCAGCCUGCAGCACACACAGGGUUAACCACACUGCUGCACCCUUACAGCCCUUUAAGCAUUGGCUGCACCCAGAUAUCUGAGGACUGACUGCACCCCAAGAUCUCUAAAUACAGGCACUGGCUGUACCCUGGAAUCUGAGAAUUGACUGCACCCCCCAGAUCUUUUUUAUACUGCUUGCACCCUGAAAUCUGAGGACUGGAUGCACCCCAAGAUCUGUUUGCACCCUGAAAGCUGAGAACUGGUUGCUCCCAUAGAUCUCUAAAUUCUUGCUGCACCCUAAAAUCUGAGGACUGAUUGCUCCCCAAGAUUUCUUAGUGUCUGAACCCUGAAAUCUCAGGACUGAUUGCUCCCCUAGAUCUUUCAAUACUGUCUGCACCCUCAGAUAAAAAGACUGCACCUCUCUGAGCCCUGUCUACAUCCCUUGAAUCUGAGGACUGUCUGCUCCCCUAGACCUCUGAGCACUUACUGCAACCCAACCUUAAAUGUGAGGACUGUCUGCGCCUUUAAGUCUCAGCACAGACUGCACCUUUGGACCAGUGUACUCCCAUUUAAGCAUUCAGUGUGUGUAGUGAGUCUGCUUGCCAGGGCUGUGUCACAGGGCACUAUCCCAUCUCACACUGAGCAUUUCUGGGCUACUAAGAUCUGAGGUCUUCCAGCAUUGAACUGUCACUGUCCCCUGCUCCUGGUACACUGACCUCCCCUGGGGCCAUCCUAGCCCAUCGGCGACCGUAGAACGUGGACUGCAGAACAUCAGCUGUGACCACACUGAAUAUUGUCCUUGGUGGCUACUUCCCUCCAUUAGUAGAGUGCCAUAUGGCUGGCAGUGCCAAGACAGUGGGUCAGUGAGUGCUAGCCACCUUGGCACAGUAUGGCAUCUCAUGGCAAGCAGCGGAGGGACAGGCCCUCGGACUACGAAAUCCAAAUUAAAGGUAAGAGGCAGGGUGCCAUGCCCUUUGGUGGCACAGUAAAAUUGGGGAAACAUGAUAUUCUUAUUGUGCAUUUGCAUGCAUCACUGCUAGUGUGCUGCUUCCUCUAACAGCAAUUACAUGGUCGCCCAGCAGAUUCCUUUAUUAGCCUCUGUCACUGUUAGUCCUCUAUAGACUGUAUACAGAGCUGUCUGAUGACUGAUCACAUGUUCUCAUGUCGUGUGGCACUUUUAGGUUCUUCACUAAAAUGUUAGUACUGUAAAAAAGAAAAAAAAAAUGAAUAUAUAUAUAAUUUUUUUUUAACCAAAAUAGGUAAACUGAAAAAAAAGAUUUUUAAAAAAAAAUUCAACUUGACUAUUCUGAUGAUCUAUUUUGGGCCUGCUACUUGCAGUUCUUUGGUGAAUUCCAAACAAUUCUCAGUUUAGUGAGAAAACCACAACCACUUCUCAAGUUGUAGUUUUAUCAUACAUAUAGAUUCAUCAUACAUACAGAUAUUACAUUCUGAUUUUCUGUAGCUGACUUGUACGCUUACUAUCGCUGUGUUUUCAAAACACUGUUUUCAGUAUUUUCUCUCUGGGUAUUCAAAAAGGUGGGAUUUAUUUUUUUUAUUCAAGGUUUUAUUUUAUUUUAUAUAUAUAUAUAUAUAUAUAUAUAUAUACACACACACACAUUUUUAGGUCAGUACACCCAAACUGGGAAAAAAGUUUAACUUCUGCUAUUUUAACCUAGAAUUUGAAAUUCACUUUGCAUUUACGUUGAACUGCUGACAAUUCAUACUGUAGUAAUUAACCCUGCCACUCUCUGUCUGACACCACACUACAACCACUGUGAGCUCAUAUCCAGUGUUUGUUUCCUACACUGCUCAAUGACUGCAGUGUUCAGCACUCAAGCUGUGCUAUACACUAACACUGCAUACAGAUUGUCAAUGACAACCUGUCCGACUUGUGUCUGUUGUACAAACCUUUCCAGUGUUAUACUGCUCUGUCUCUGCAGUGCGUUGCUCAAACAACGUCUGUUUACAGUGCACUGUCACCUCAACCCCCUAAACCUACACCACUAGUAACUGACUUUUUCCAUUCAAACACAAUAACGCCUCACGACAAACUUUCAUUCCUGAAGUAUAACUAGUAUCAACAUUUCCUCCCAUAAACCGCAACGUUCUGAAAUUAAACUUUUUAUGAGCUACCCCCGGUCUUUCCAAACGUGGCUGUAGAGGUUUUACAUACCACUAACGUAGUAAUAGUGCAAUUUCUUUUUCGUGGAGACCUACAUUCCAAAAAAAAAUAAAAAAAAUAUAUAUAUAGUAGAUUUUGUCCUGACUUUGCGCUUUUUUCUGUUCUAUUCAUUAUUUAACUUUUCAAAUGCCCUGUUAGAACUCCACUACCAAUUUUUUCACACACACACAAAAAAAUAAAUUCAUUAUAAAUUGAUUUUUUGGGGGGCGUAAAGUGAUGACUCCUCUAACCAAAGGUUCCCUUUUUGUGUUGAACUCGUGAUACUAUUAUACACUGCUAUAAUGAUGCUCACCUACCAUCCUUUCAAUUUAAAAUUAUUUAGUGUAUAUAACAGAAUGUUGAAUUGUCAUAUUUCAAGCUGUACACCUUGCGAAACAUGAAUUUCAGUAAAUCCAACCCUUAUUACCAUUCAUUUAAGCAGUGUCAACAAAUUCUGGGAGAAUUUCCUGAUACUGACCGCAUACCGUUUAUUCUCUUUGUGAUACGGACAAUGAAGAUUCCGCACAAUUGUGUGUUUUUGUCUGCCAUUCCGUUAUGUUAUCCCUGCAAUUUCAGUCGCUGCAUAUUUAUGCAUUUUUUUUUCACAGUCUCGAAAUGCGCUGAAUCUUUUGUAUACUGAAUGAUACAGCUCAGCGAUGUUUACUUUUAUAGAGAGCUAGGCACAUAUGUUUGUGAACGAAUGAAGCAUGGAAGAAAUGAGCCCAUGCUGGGUGGGUGUCAGAAAACUCAGGACUUGAGUAGGCAAGAGUAAAUAAUUUCAGUACUUGGGCAUAUUUGAACGAAUGAAUGAAACUGGAAUGAGGCCUGCCUAAAUAAACGAGCCGGAUGUACAGUAAGGCAUUUAUGAAAUGAAUACAAAUCUCCUGUGUAAUUGAAUGAAGCUAUGAUGUCCGCGUGCGUGACUGAAUUAUACUGUGAUGACUUUUGCUUGUGUGAUACUGUAUAUAGAAUUAGUAUGAUUACUUACAGAUCACUAAUACGUUGUACACAUAGGAAGCUGUAGGCUAAAGUGGAACAUACACUUCUCUGGGAAUUACUCUAUUAAAUAAAACAUUCAAAAUCACCGACAUCUUAGGUUAUGUUUAUCUUUUUAUUCUUGUGAGGCUCUGAUUUUUCUAAAAAUGUGUAUUAUACAUUUUGCAAAUAACUUAGCAGAUCAUUCCUGGCACAGCCAGGGCACCUAAUGCAAAUGAGGAGGAGAAAUAGAAACAUUGUUUCAGUUUGUUAUUUUUCACUAUGUUCAGUAGAACAAAAGGGCAUCUUUUAUGAAGAUGGAUUGACAGGGAGUCAAGAUGGAGGCGCCCAGUUCCUGGAUAGAAGUGUGGAUUUCUACAUCUAAUUUUAUUUUCUAGACAUAACAAACAAAAAAUAAAUAAAUAUGAGGGGAAUAGGUAAAAAUAAUAUAAGAAAUCACAGGAAUUGUCAGUUUCCCCUUUAAGGUAAACUGUAACAGGAUACUCAGCGUUAGCAAUUGAUUCUGUUAGUUUCAUGAGCCUGUAUGAUUCCAUAACGCGUGCUUGCAGUUAUUACAAAACUGAGAGUAUGAAUAAGCAUAUUUGUUAGCUCAGGGAAGGGGGUUGCCUUUCUCCAAAACCAGACUGUUUAUUUUCCACACACCUCUCUUUGUACAAUGAGGAUAGCGCCUCUUGCCGAGGAACUUUGGACUCAUUCAAAUAGUAGCCGCGCAUUAUAGAAAUACAGUGCAGUUGUCUUAAUCCUUUCCUAUCUUGUGUGACACUGGGUUAAAUAAAUAUAGAGCGUGUUAGGCUCAUAAAAUUUGUUACAGGACUCGGCGGUGAAGCAAAAGGGAUUCUGGGAGAUUGCUUUCUUCAAAUGUGUUCUGACUGCUACAGAACAUUUGGAUUUUACCGAAUGUGGCUUUUUUUUUUUUGAAGGACAUGAAUUGUAGGCCUAACAUUACAAAGAAAAAUCUAUGCUAUCUAAUGCUAGGCCAUAUAAGAGCAAUGCUACUAAACAGAGUUCACUGACUAUGAGUUUAAGAGGUGCUAGUAGUCCUACAUUAAACACUGCAAGCACCAUAACCACUACUGCACUCUGGUGCUCAUUUGCUAAAGGCGUCAGCUAAGACCUGCCUCUCCGAGUAGGGGACCGGUGUCUUGUAGACCCCCGAUAAGUUGUCAAACCAUUAUCAAAUGGUAAGACUACUGACAACAGGAGGGAGCCAGGACACCUCUAGCACGAUGACCACCAAUGCAUGCUGUGGUAGUUAUGGUGCUUGAAGUGUUCGUUAAAGCUGCACGAGCUAUGCCUUUUAGUCAAAUUAUCUAUAGUAUUGAGGUAGCAACAUACCAUCUUCACCAGUGCUGAGCAUAGAUUACACACUAAAGAUUAAAUUAAACGUUCUAUAUGGGUGUGUAAAGAGGAAGUACAUUUAUCAGUAUAUUAUUUGCAAAUACCCCACCAUAAGUAUAAUUACUACAUUUAUGGCUAUGCUAGUCGGCUUCAUACGGAAUCUUGUGUAUAUACCAAGUGGCCGAACUAGAUUAGGUUGAUGUUUGUUUCCCUAUUAGAUAUUGAUGAACACUCGGCUUGAACAGCCCAAUUAGGAGGACAUUGGACAAGAAUUAAAGUGCUUUGUGUACAUUGUAAUUUCAUAGAGGUUCAUAGAGAUUUUAAUUUUAUUUCUAUUUGAAUUUUCCUUUGUGCCAUUGGCAUAGAAAUGGAGAAUACACAGACAGUUUGCUACAUGUAGAUAAGCCACAUGACACAAAAAUUGUGUCAUUUACUAACACAUUCUAAUGGUCUAAUGUUGGACCCAAACCUACCAUUUUUAAUUGAUGUUUUGUUCCUGUCACUAGUGCUUAUUUAGUGCAACGUCACUGGAAACAGAGCUAUAGCGAUAGAUAUUAUCUUUACAGUUUCUAUACUUUCUUACGGAGCACGUUUGCUGCGGCUGGACGCCAUUUUAUUAUUUAAUAAAUAAUGAAUAAUAUAUAAAAAUAAUAAUAACUGUAAUUUAGUUAACAGAAAAACCAAGUGACUCCAUUUACAAAAAUUACCUCAUGGCAUCUAAGGGGUGCAGGAGACCUCAGGUUCCAAGGAGGCGUUCCACAAUUUCUAAUGUGCAAUGGGGUGCUAGACAUUUUGGGAAGCUGCAUGAAUCAUUUGGGGUAGUUCAUUGGUACAUAUUGCACCCCAUAUUCUUGAUGGAGAAGAAAGUGAUCUUCUGGUAUUUAUGCCUUAUUCCUGAACCACCAUCUCUGCAUGAGCGCAGCCAUGACUUCGGCCUUGAGAGAGGAGGCGGCAAUUAUCUGAACUGCAGGUGCAUGCCCUGCAGAUAGUUUGUAUGGGCAGAGGAAGAAGUACGGCUGAAAAAGCAAGGACAAACCGACAGCCGCAGCGAUAUUUAGCAAAGCGCUGCAUUUAUACGCAGCUGCAAGCAAGUAGACAAAAGACCUCCUUGCACCAAAACCAUGUAAGGUGUUUGACUAUAUUGCAUUAAAUGUUUCCGUUGCCCAAUGUAAAAAACUUUUCUCUCCAAGUUUUGUCUUUGGGAUAAAUUGCUGCAUGCUGCAUGCACAGGGGGAGUAGUCCAUGUAUGUAUUUACUUACAGCAGCCACAGUAUGGCUAUGUACCACUCAUUGUAUGCGUCACGUGGAAUUGAUCUUGAGAAAAACGACUUAUCAUAAACCAUCACUGUGCAGACAUGUAUGGGAUAAGAAUAGACACCAAAGGCCAGAAUGAGAUCCUCCCAACUGGACGUCUCCUUCUGUUUCGGGUGUGUGUAGGGAGGUCUGCCUGCUGCUAAACACUGAUUUGUAUAGGAAUUCUAUUGGUAAGUAUUUUUUAUUAUUUUAUUGUGUCCCCCCCCCCCAGUGUAUUACUCUAUAAUUGCAUUAAAAGGGCAUUAUAGUUACCUUAACCACUUCAUCUUAAUGAAAUGAUCUGGGUGCAGUGUUCCUGUCCUGUUAACCCUGCAGUGUAAGACACUGCAGGGUUAACUCCUCCUCUAGUGACGUCAUACUGGCAGCCACUAGAGGCGCUUCUGCAACACAGACCAAGUAAAACUUGGCCAUGUGACCUGGGAGGCCCAUAGAUGUUAUGCGUUCCUAUGGGAAAAUUUGAAUGUGCAUGUGGCAUUCGCUGCGGAUGUGCAUUAGGUCCCUAAUACCCCUUUAUGAGAAGCAUUAGAUUGGACAUUGGCAGAGGCAGCCCUGCCUCCUUUGUGUCGGCAAAUAGGGAGGAGAGAUGAGCUGCACCAAGGGAGCCUCAGCGCUGGAAAGAAGGCGUUUUUAACCCUUUCUAUACUGAAUGGUAGGUGGAGGGGAUAUCUAAUAGUCCCAGGGACUACAACAUAGGGAAUACAGAUUUGUACUCCUAACUUUAAAAAAAAGGUCAUUUUUACCGCAUGGAUUCCCUUUGAUAUACGCAUAUUUAGUAAACUAACUGGCUGAGCAUAGCCAGAUUUUUAGUCCAACACGAAUCCCAGAGUAAACAGCGGUGAUCUCUUCUUCUGAUUGAAAUUCUUCAUCCAUAAACUGUGUACUGAUAAGCCUCAAUAUUUCAGUGUUCUUGAAUUGUUGGUUAAACCCCUAGAGAGGAAGGAUGUCUAAUAAGUAUGUUUCAUUUAGUGAGAUAACAUCAGGAAACAAGGCCCUGUUGCUGUCAUGCAUAUUUUCCUCUUUAACUCUUUGGUUACCUGAGCGAUGAGUAAAUUGAGUUUUAAAUGACCCUCUUGCACUCCUAAGAUUAUCUACGGUUUAUUUGGUACAUAAGAUUUUUUUAAAAGUGAUAUCUGGAAAAAUAUGCCAAUAAGAAGCAAUUUUGAAUUGUACGUGUUGGUUGUUUUUGUGUUGUGAGGUGCAUGUGUGUCUGUUAGUCUAAUCUCUAAUAUUACAUUUGUAAUUAUAAUGUGGUGUGUGUGUGUGUGCGCCGUGGAUGUGUAUUUGUAAGUGCAUUAUUUAGGGAUUUGCUUAUUUUGUCACAAUACGUGACAGGAAAUGACACGGUUCACUUCCCCUCAGAACCUGUUUUAUUGCUCGCUUGACUGUAUUUCGACAAAUAUGCACAUGCUGUUUAGAAACUGCUGAUUUCACAACACAGUAACUUGUGCAGUUUGAAAAAAUAUUCUGUAAAAUGUGUUUAAAAACCCCACAUAGUAUCAAAAUGUACAAUAAAACAAGCUAUUUACCUUUUUUCCCCAAUGGCGUUUACAUGUUAAAUUGGGGAUUUUGGAGAACCAACCAGGAAAUUUCCAAUUUAAGGCCAAUUUAGCAAGAAUUGAAAAACUUCUCCUGUUCAACUAUUUUUCCAAUUUAGGCCCCAUGCCUUAAUAUUUGUUGGUAUGUUUUUUUUAAAUUAUUUACUUUUUAAAAAAUUAUUUAUUAAAUUAUAUUUUCAAAAUAUAAAAAUUUUAAAAAAAUGUAUCACUAUAUUGAAAUUAUUUAAAAUGUUUUUCAAAAUAAUAAACUAUUUUAAAAGCUUAUGCAAAAAUAUUAAAUUUGGGCCCUAAGAUGUUCAUUUAAAACACUUUCCAACUGAUUGAAUACUGUUAGAAAAACUUAAAUUAUUUUUCUACAAAAUUUCCCUUAGACUUUAAAGGGACACUAUACUCACCAGAGCAACUACAGCUGAUUGUAUUUGUUCUGGUGAGUAGAAUAAUUACCUGCAGGGAUUUUCAUGUAAACACUGUAUUUUCAGAGAAAAGGCAUUGUUUACAUUGCCCCCUAGAGACACCUCCAGUGACCAAUCCUCAGAUGGCCACUAGAGGUGCAUCCUGGGACUGCAUGGAGACGCUGAAUUUUCCUCAUAAUUUAAGGGUAUCUUUAGUGAUUUGUAAAAAUUGUAACAGUUCUAAGACAUUUUGACAGAGUUGUCAGUCAAGUCAUUGGGAAUGAGGAGUUCCAGGCUACCAGUAUGCAAGGCUCAUUUUUGGCUGGACAGUCCCUGUUUUAGGGUCCUGUGCCGCCAUCCCAAUUUAGGUCCUUGGUGACCUGCAUCGAGCAGCACAUCACAAGACGCACUCUCACUGUAUGUUUGACACUAGGACUGUUAGUCUAUGGGGCUUAUUCACUAACAUGUUGAAAAUUAAUGAUAGACUAUUAAGGACCAUGAGGAGAGCUUUUCGGCACCUCUCUCUGCAAGACCCUGUAAGUCAGGGGCUGGUUGGGAGGAUGCCUAUCAGCCUGGCAUGCUUGUUGCCAGGCUGACAUGCCCCUUUAGUGGGCGGACACACAGAUCUACCCAUCAUGGGUGUUGCCAGUCAUGCAAGUUGCGUCACUGUUGAUGCCCUGUUGAACGCCCACCUACCCAUCCCUAUUCCAUACCUCCUAAUGUUUGGUGGUACAGUGUAUCAAUUUUCUCCACAUUUCGCGUACAGAAUAUGCAUGGAACAUGGACCGCUCAUGCAAACACUAAGAACGUAACAUAGCCCAGUUCACUAAACAGUAAAAAAACACACAAAAUGUAACUCUCGAAAAUCUUGUGACAUAUUCAGCUAAAAACUCUGUACAGAAAUUAAACAUAAUUUUAAUCAUCAAUAGUUGGUUUAGAAAGUAGAGCAUUUAAAUGUUUGACACGACCCCUUUUUUGGUGGAUGAUAAUCAGUACUUAGUUUGACCUCUAUCAACAGAGAUCUUAAACAGAACUCCUGGAGGGGAUUAUUAGCUCAUAACAAUCUCAUCUGAUCAACUGAAGUUGUUUGCUGAUAAUACAUAGUGCUGACAUCGGUGGGCUGUACAGAACAAGAAAAUAAUGCAUAUAUAAAAAGUAUCUAACACUAAAAGAUUACCUGAGUAUUUACCUGUAAAAUGUUAGUGAUACAAUCUCCCCAAACUGCAAAGUUAGGAAUUAGGAAAGCUAGCCAAAAUUAUCCCUUAAAAGGUAUAGCAACCAAUUUAUUUUAGUUUUUUGGAAGUCUGAUUCCACAAUAGCUUCAGCACGGGUUAGGUGCUGUGGUUUGCAUGACUUCCUGUGUUCUUUGUGGCUGAUACCGUACCAUGCUAAAUUAACCCCUUAAAGACGCAGGCAAUAGUCCGACUUCUGAACCUAAACUAAACCUAUAAUUUGUGCUAUGUGUUUGUUCCACGGUAAUUCAUGGGCUUUCUCUUUAAGGGCCCGCAUACAUAUUAUAAAUUGUCUUUCUUCUAAUAUUCUAUAUGUGUACCUGGCAUCAUUAAGUGUAUGAAGUAUGAAUCAAAUUUUAAAAAUGGGACAAAAAAAUUACUUUUUUACAUUUUUGCUUACAAUAGUUUUUAUACAUCAAGCGCAACUCACGAAGAAAAAAUUUAAAUAGAUUCACUUAUCAUUCAUGAUUGUUAAAUGCUUCAUAUGCCUAGGGUAUAAACAAAAUUUUGGUAGUUAACGCUAAACCUAUACCAAUUUCCCUCUUAACCCCUAUACCAACCCUACCAGUAACCCUAACCUUACAUACACUAUCCCUAACCCUGAAACAGCAAUAAUUCUUGCCCUAAACUCAAGCUACGUCUAGCCCACCCUUAACUCAGAGGAAUUCCAUCUGCUGAAUUUAGCAGAGGGAAUUCUGUGGUGAAACAAUACAGAGCAGUCUGUGAUAAUCAAUUUCUGGUUGUUUGCAGCAUGAGAAGGAGAUCUCCCUCUCAUGCCCCGUCUCUGGAAUGCUGGUGGUGGGCUUAUGGCAGAGCCCAUAAACAAUCACAAUUGGCAGGAGGGUAUACAGCUACUGGAGUUCUCCCUCUGAGCACUGGCAGCUAGAGAAUUAAUGGGAUUUAAGGGAAAAGAGCUCUCCUGCCACUUCUGUUUGCCUGGGAGAAGCAUACCUCCCUUGCUGUCUGAUUUCACUAAUAAAUUAUAAUAGUGCCAAUUUCACAUUAAAAAUGGGAUGCUCCUCAUCCCUACAGCACUUCAGCAAGGUCUCUACGCGGAAGCUCUAUAUGCCAGCUGCCAGCAUGUUGUGCAUGCUGACGAUGCACGUAUUUUAUGCACAGAAAUGGCAUCUGGUAGCCCAGAACAGAGUUCCAGGCUACCUAAGCCGCGAGUGCCAGGGGUGUGACUAUACCCUGGCAUGCAAUGCUCAUUACUUGGUAUGUGCAGUGUUUCAAGCUCAGAUAGUGCUCAUACAUUCUCCUAUCACCAUGACCACUUCGAAUCAUUGACGUGGUCAUGGUGGUUGGAGCAUCAUUUAAGAUGACCCUCUACUGGUACUAAAAAAGCCCCAAACAUUACAGUUUGUACAAUGCAUUCCAGUAGGGAGCAUUCUUCUGGCCUUUGCAACGACCAGGUUCUUUAAUUAAACUGUCAGAUAGAGAAGCGUGAUUCAUUGCUGCAGAAAACAUGUCUACACUGCUCUAGAGUCCAGUGGUGGCAUGCUUUAAACCAUUCCAGGAAAAUCUUGUCAUUGUGCAUGUUGAUAAAAGUCUUGUGUGCAGCUGACUGGCCGUGGAAACCCAUUCCAUGAUGCUCCCAAUGCACAGGUUUUGUGUUAAUGUUUCCAGAGGCAGUUUAAAAACUCUGUAGUGAGUGCAAUUUUUUUUUCUUUCUUUUUACACACUAUGGGCUUCAACACUGAGAUCCCUUACCCUGCAAGCAUGAAAAUAAUAGCACUGUUGACCAGAGCAAAUUUGGUAGGGCAGGAAUUUUACAAACUGCCGUGUGGCAAAGGUGGCAUCCUAUGACAGUGCCACGUUUAACAUCACGGAGCUUCUCAGUAUGGCCCAGUGUACUCACAUUGUUUUUCUAUGGAGAUUCCAUGGCUCCAUGUUUGUGUGUGUGUGUGUGUGCAUAUAUGUGUGUCUGUGUGUGUGUGUAUGUAUGUGAGUGUGUUUGUGCAUACAGUGCAUAUUGAAAACCUUGUUAAUUAUCUAAUGUUACAUAUUGCCUAUUUCUAUCAACAAAUGUCUUAACGUGUGCUUUUAUAUGUAUUAGUAUAAUACCUAAACCUUAAAUUGCCAAGCAUGUGGUUAACAAGGGAUGAUGGGAAUGGUUUUGUAUGUGUGGUAUAUAUUAUGAAAUUAAAUAUUACAUCAUUGGGACACACGGGUCAUGCGGAUGUACCUUUAUUAAUAGAUGUUCGGUUUCAGAGAGCUUUCUUAGAAAUGAUCUCAUUGGAGGCCGGGUGACAGCUCACUAACUGGUACAGAUAUUCUCAGAUUCUGCCACCAGUGACAUCUCUGACUGGUUGUGAUGUUCAAAACUCCUAGAACGGCCUUUUCUUACUGGCUCGUGUAAAAUAUAGCAAUCAAAUAAAAUGGCAUUGACAUGAAAUCUUAGGGAGCAAUAUGCCCACUUUUUGCCAUUACAGAAUAUAGAGUUGCCCGUGUGAUACAUGUAUUUUCUUAACUCGGACCGGUUCACAUUUUGUGCUUUUGUUAAUAAAGCCACAGGCAAUGUAUAACAUGCAUAUGUGGGUUCUGGAGAAAUAAUAUUAAACCACAAGACUAAACGUGGUGUGGUGUGACUCUAUAAAUGUCUCCAGCAAUGUGAAAUGGCUUUUUUCCCCCCUACCAGUACAGUUUUAUAUUACAUUAUAUUUUUAUUUUACAUUACAUCUUUUAUGACUAGGGCUUAGUUUGUUUGCGUUAGGGUUAGUGGUAGGAUUUCUUUAACCUCUUCACCACCAGGCACUUUAUUUUGUAAAAAUAUUAGCAUUGCAUUUAUUUAAAACAUGGGCUGCAUAAAUAACUUAUAAAUGAGCAAUUUUGUAUUUAUAUUGUACUAAAGAAGAAAAAAAUUGUACAUUUUUUUUAAAUUCACACAGUUUUUGUUAUUCAUUUACUUAUUCAUCCUUUUUAGAGAUAUUGGCGGAUUAAAAGCUUUAGACAUUACAAGAUUCCUUAUUUCAUAUCAAGAUAUCACACAGGAAGUAUGCUUUAUAAAAUAUUAGUAUGAAAGCAAAAAAAGGCAUUAAAGGGAUGAUAUAGGCAUAAAAACAAGUUCAGCUUAAUGAAGCAGUUUAUGUGUCUAGAUCAUACUCCUGCAGUCUCACUGCUCAAUUCUCUGCCAUUUAGGAGUUAAUCACUUUUUGUUUCUGUUUAUGCAGCCCUAGCCAUACCUCCUCUGGCUGUGACUGACACAGUCUGCGUGGAAAAAGGGGUUUUGUUUUCAAUCAGAUAUUAACUUGCUUUAGACUUUUUUUAUUUCCUUGAACUUUAAACACACACAGGAGGCUGAUGCUAGGUCCUGCCCACUAUUAACAGUGCAGGAGAUAAGGAAUUCUAAAUUAAACAGACUGUGCAAUAAAGGAAGUUUAAACAUUAGACCUCUCAUUACAGGAAGUGUUUAGGAAGGCUGUGUAAGUCACAUGCAGGGAUGUGUGACUUGGGUUGUAUAAACAAAGUGAUUUAACUCCUAAAUGACAGAUAAUUGAGCUGUCAGAUUGCAGAGGCAUGAUCUAUACACCAAAACUGCUUCAUUAAGCUAAAGUUGUUUUGGUGACUAUAGUGUUCCUUAGAGAAACACUAUACGAUCAGGAAUACAAACAUGUAUUCCUGACCCUGUAGUGUCAAAAACACUAUUUUGGUGGCCGGCUCCCCCUUUCAAUAGGAUAAAAACUCAACUUUAAGCCUGCCCCGAUAGCGGAAGCACUGAGAGCACUACCUACCAAAAACUCAACUUUAUCCCAGCACCACAGGGGACUGUUGGUGCACUGAUCCGCCUCCAUGGCUGAGAUCAUCAGAAUUGCUUUAUGAGAGAUCUUCUACAACUGCCACGUGCAUGCAUCACACCUCCAAUUUAGGCAGCAUACAGUGGCAUACCUACCACGGUCGCAGGGGUCACGGCUGCAACUGGCCCCUCACUGCAGGGGGCCCGGCCUCAGUCACGACCCCUGCGAUCAUGGGCCGCCUAGAUACCGCCCCCUCUGUGUUCCCCCUGUCAUGGGGGGCCCAAGAGGUGGACUGCUGGCCACCUAAUGGACCCCUGGGCGGCCGGCAGAGUUCCUGUCAGACGUGGCGAGGGAGCUGUGUUCUCUCUGCUCUGCUCCCUCGUGCGCCAUUUGCUGAUGCCGGGGGCCGGGAUAUGAUGUCAUAUUCCGGCUCCCGGCAUCAGUAGACAGCCCGCGAGGGAGCAGAGCAGAAAGAACACAGCUCCCUCGCCGCAUCGGACAGGAACUCUGCCGCCCGCCGCAGUGAAGCCCCACUGGACCCCAGGGACAGAUCCACGCCAGCUCUCCAGGUAGGGAGGCUGGGUGGACAUUUAAUAUUAAUAAUUUGUGUGUGUCUGUAAAUGUAUGUGUGUAUCUGAAUGUGUAUGUGUCUGUAAGUGUAUGUGUUUGUCUGUGAGUGAGUGUGUGUGUCUGUAAGUGUAUGUGUCUGUAAGUGUAUGUGUGUCUGAGUGUGUCUGUGAGUGCGUAUGUGUGUGUCUGAGUGUGUGUCUGUAAGUGUAUGUGUCUGUGUGUGUGUGUCUGAGUGUGUCUGUGAGUGUACAUAUAUAUGUUUGAGUGUGUGUAUAUGAGUGCAUGUGUGUGUGUCUCUACAUGUGUCUGUAUGUAUGGGUCUCUGUGUGUGUGUGUGUUUCUGUAUGUAUGUGUCUGCCUGUGUAUCUAUUUGUCUGCAUGUGUAGGGAGAGGCCCCUUGGUUUCUAGUUACUCCUCUGGCAGGAUAGUCCCUAGUUUGGGACCAGAUUACUAUGUCUCUCUUUUUCUAUCCUAAUGUACCUCUUUACUAGAAACUACAUAUUAUUGCUGUGUAUGAGUGUAUAACAGAGCUCCACAGCAAUAACACUCCCAGUAAUGUGUCUAUAAACUACAAUAAAUGUGUUUAGAAAUCAGUCUGUGUAAAUAGGAUACAAUGUUCUUGUUCUAAAUUGCAUUUUAGUUCCAUAAAUUGUUAUUAGUAAGUCGCCUAAAAUUUCUCAGGAACAGCUCCGCCUCUGUCCACACUGCCACUCACACCCCUAAAAUUUAAAGGAUCACUAUAGGGUCAGGAACACAAACAUGUAUUCCUGACUCUAUAGUGUUAACACCACCAUCUAGCCCCCCUGGGCCCCUCAUGCCUCCAUAAAUGUAGUACAAAUCUUACUGUAUUCAAGCCUGAAGCUGUAAAUCUGCAUGCUGUUAGACUCAGAAAAACAAGCAGUCUGCUGACAUGUGGUAGCCUGAUCCAAUCACAGUGCUUCCCCAUAGGAUUGGCUGAGACUGACAAAGAGGCAGAUCAGGGGCAGAGCCAGCAUGAUUCAAACACAGCCCUGGCCAAUCAGCAUCUCCUCAUAAAGAUGAAUUGAAUCAAUGAAUCUCUAUGAGGAAAGUUCAGUGUCUGCAUGCAGAGGGAGGAGAUACUAAAUCACAGGAUGCUGUGCACAGUGCUGCCCUGUGCUCUCCUGACAGCAGAUCUGAGUGGAUGGAGGCAUAUUAUGCCUCCAUCAACUCCGAAGUCCCUCUGGUUCACUCUGCAACUGAAGGAGUUCCUAGCUUUCAAUGUAAACACUGUAUUUUCUCAGAAAAUACAGUGUUUACAUGAGAGAGGCUGCAGGGAGCUAUAGUUCUCACCUGAACAACCUCAUUAAGCUGAAGUUGUUCAGGUGACUAUAGUGUCCCUUUAAAGUUUCUUUCUUUGUCUGUUGCAAAUGUUGGUAGGUAUGCAUGCGUGACUACAAGUAGUCUGAAAAAGCAUCAAUGAAAUUACUUGACGCGGCCUAUUAACCAGUCACAUACUUUAAUUUCAUGAAAGAGAGCAGUCAUGACAGCUGACCUACAUAUCUUAUGCAGGAAUAUGCAAACACUCCAAGUGAGCACAAUGGAACUAACUAGAUUGGCUGAGUAAUAUCAGCCUCGUAAUUGAGCUUUGCAGCAAAUUAGGGAAAUCAAAUGAGAAUAACUUUUUUAAAUGUAUUUUUGUAUUUAAUUAACUCCUGGACAGGUGUUCGAUCCUCAGUACGGUGUCCCUUUAAAGAAGUAUUUGAUAGGAAAUGUUGGUGUUAUGGUUGCUUCCAAUAGAAAGAAAAACUUGAUGCUCUGGAAAUAUCUGCUUUAAGUUGUGGUGGUAGAAAAAAGUAGAAAAACAAUCCAAAAGAGCCCAGUCCUUUAUUUGUUUUAAAAGGGUUUUUUUUUUUUUUUGUCUACUGGUAAAAUGUGUCUAGAAUUUGGGAAAUAUAAAGAAGCAGAAUAAGAAUGUGAAAUGAGAACUAUCAAGAGUUUUAAUGUUUUAUCUAUGUUUAACAAAGAAGUGUUUUCGAGGUGUGAAAAAUAAAAUUAGAUGUAGAAAUCCACAUUGCAGUACUUACCUCCAUCUUGGAACCGAGAGCCUCCAUCUUGGAACCGAGAGCCUCCAUCUUGGAACCGAGAGCCUCCAUCUUGGAACCGAGAGCCUCCAUCUUGGAACUGAGAGCCUCCAUCUUGGAACUGAGAGCCUCCAUCUUGGAACUGAGUGUUUUUUUGAUUUCUAAAAUGUUUGUAUACAUUUGAAACAAAACUGGGCAUCAUUUGAAGAAAAGGUUUAUAUAAGUUGUAGGUAAGUUUCAUGGUAUAAUUUCCAGAGAAGUCAUAGUUUCCAUUUAAAUAAUGAACUGAUUCUGUGAUAUAUCUCACACGAUUUCACUUGAUCAAGGAGGGACAGUUUAUUUUUAGAGGUAUGAAUGGGGGUAGGACCAGAGCCAGUGUGGUUAUGAGAAAAUGUAGGUGACUUACUAAAAUCAGUUAAUGCAACUAAAAUGUACUUUAGUACAAGAACAAUGUAUCUUAUUUACACAGAUUGACAUGUAAAUUAAUAAAUUGUUGUUAAAAACCCCAACAAAUUAGUGUAUUAUUGCUAUGGAGUUUGUUAUACAGUACACUAAGACACAGCAGCAUUAAAGCACUACUAUAGUGCCAGGAAAACAAACUCGUUUUCCUGGCACUAUAGUGCCCUGAGGGUGCCCCCACCCUCAGGGUCCCACUCCCGCCGGGCUGAAGGGGGAGGAAGGGGGUUAAACACUCACCUUUCUCAAGCGCCGGGCUCCCUCGGUGCUGGGGACUCUCCUCCUCCUUCCAACGUCAUUGGCUUAAUGCGCAUGCGUGGCAAGAGCCGCGCUCAUUCAGCCAGUCCAUAGGAAAGCAUCCUCAAUGCUUUCCUAUGGACGCUGGCGUCUUCUCACUGUGAAAAUCACAGUGAGAAGUGCAGAAGCCCUCUAGCGGCUGUCAAUGAGACAGCCACUAGAGGCUGGAUUAACCCAAAUGUAAACAUAGCAGUUUCCCUGAAACUGCUAUGUUUACAGCAGGCAGGGUUAACCCUAGAUGGACCUGGCACCCAGACCACUUCAUUAAGCUGAAGUGGUCUGGGUGCCUAUAGUGGUCCUUUAAGGAGAUCCUAGAAAAAAUGGACUUUAGGAUGGAAAAGAGAGACAGUGGGAUUUUGGGAGCAAAAUAAGCACUGCCCCUCCUAAUUAGGGAAACUUGGGAGGUAUGCUAUGGCAGUGAGUGGGGAGGAGGUGGGAGAGACUGGUUAAGGGUGGAUUGCAGUCAACUGAUUGAUGACUUUGUUUAUAGUUGGCCUCUCACUCAUUACAACUGAGACUGAGCAAAAAACUAUAAUUGCAUCAUAAAUCCGCUUAUUAAUGUGCUCAUGAAGAAGAACAUGAAUGUCGUUAGAUAAACUGAUUUAAAGGGACAUUAUAGUCACCAGUGUGCUGAAAGCUCCCUAUAGUAAUGCAUUGGUUCAAUGCCUCUCUAUGAGUAGAUGCUGAUUGGUGCAUUACAUAGUUUUGCUGCGCAUGCACAAAAGCCACCCAAUGCUUUCCUAUAGGAUCAUCAGGGUUGAUUAUAUUCAAGAUUGUUUAUCUCAGCUGUGGAGGUAGAGCCAGGAGAGGCCAGCCGCAGCGAGGCAGGUGCGGCGUGGAGAAAAAAAAAGUGAGUUUAAACACCUUUUUACGGGGAUUGGAGGGGGGGCAUGGACCUAAAAUGCCACAUCAGGAGUUUAGUGUCAGGAAUACAAACACGUAUUCCUGACUCUAUAGUGUUCCUUUAACUAAAUAUUUAUUAUUUUAUUAUUUAAAUAGUGCCAGCAAAUUCCGGAGCGCUGUACAAUGGGUGGACUAACAGACACGCAAUUGUAACCAGACAAACGGACACACAGGAACAGAGGGGUUGAGGGCCCUGCUCAAUGAGUUUACCUGCUAGAGUGAGUGGGGUAUAGUGACACAAAAGAUAUAAGUAGGGGUAAUGAAAUAAGUUGCUAGAAAAGUAUUCACUGAGAACUUGAACGAAAACCCGCCAACAGUUUAAAUGUUAUGUUUUCUUGAAGAAGUUUGUUUUCAAAGAUUUUUUGAAGGAGUGGAGACUAGGUGAAAGUCUUAACGGAGAAGGGAAUGGAGUUCCACAGAAAAGGUGCAGCCCUGGAGAAGUCAAGGAGGCGAGCAUCAGAUGUGGGAGUACGGACAGAGGAUAGGCGUAGGUCUUUGACAGAGUGUAGGGGCCUCGAUGGGACAUAUUUGUGUAUUAGGGAGAAUAGGUAGGUUGGAGCAGCAUUAUAUAGGGACUUGUAAGCAAGCCCCAGAAUCUUAAAUUGAGCCCUAUAUCUAACUGGAAGCCAAUGUAGGGACUGACAGAGGGGGAGGUGUGGGAGGUGCCGGCAGACAGGAAAAUGAGCCUCGGAUUGCAGUAGUCAAAGCGAGAAAGAACAACGGCAUGGACCAGUACCUUAGUCGCGUCUGGUGUUAAAUAGGGGCAGAUGCGAGCUAUGUUUUUGAGAUGAAAGCGAAAGGAUUUGGCGAUCGAUUGGACAUGAGGGGUGAAGGAGAGGUCGGAGUCAAAGAGAACACCUAGGCAGCGAGCCUGCGAGGUAGAGGUGAUGGUGGCGCUGUUGACUUGGAGGGAGACAGACACGGAAAUGGCAACACUUGAGGGAUGAAAGACCAGAAGUUCUGUUUUGGACAGGUUGAGUUUAAGGAAGUGAGCAGCCAUCCAGUUGGAAAUCGCGGAGAGGCAGUCAGAGACACAAGUCAAGAUGGCCGGAGAGAGAUCAGGAGAGGACAGGUAGAUUUGCGUUUCAUCUGCAUAUAAAUGAUAGUGGAAGCCAAAGAAGCUGAUGAGUUUACCAAGAGAGGUAGUAUAGAUAGAGAACAGUAGGGGACCAAGGACAGAACCUUGGGGAACGCCAACAGAGAGGGGUUGGGGAGAAGAGGCAGAGCCAGAGAAAGAAACACUGAAAAAGUGCUGGAAGAGGUAGAAGAAGCACCAGGAGAGAGCAGUAUGUCGUAGACCGAGAUUACGGAGAAUGAGAAGAAGCUGUUGAUGAUCAACAGUGUCAAAGGCAGCAGAAAGAUCAAGGAGAAUUAGGAUGGAGUAAUGGCCGCGAGAAUUAGCAGUGAUUAAAUAGUUAGAUACUUUGGUCACAGCUGCUUCAACAGAGUGACGAGUGCGGAAUUCAGACUGAAGCGGGUCAAGAAGAGAGUUGGAUUCGAGAAAGUCUGUUAAUCUCGCAUACACAACUCUCUCAAGGAUCUUGGAGGCAAACGGGAGUAGCGAUAUAGGGCGGUAGUUGCAUAGGGAGUUGGGGUCAAGGUUGGGCUUUUUCAGAAUUGGCGUUCGGAUUGCAUGCUUGAAGGGUGAAGGAAAUGUGCCGGAGGAAAGGGAGAGAUUGAAAAUUAUGCGGAUGAGAUAUGAAGGAAUAGGAUCGAGGGAACAGGUGGUGGGGUGGGAGGACCGGAGCAUAGCAGAAACCUCUUCCGUUGUAGUAGGUGCGAAUGAGCAAAGAACAGCGGAGGGAGUGGGGUUGGGUGAUGUAUUGGAAGGGGAGGGAGAGCGCUUAGAGAUCUCUUCCCUUAUUGUAGAAAUCUUCUCAGUGAAGUGAGUUGCAAAGUUUGAGGCAGACAGGGUGGUAGGAAGAGGGGGAGCAACAGGGCAAAGGACAGCAUUUAAAGGACCACUAUAGUGCCAGGAAAACAUACUCGUUUUCCUGGCACUAUAGUGCCCUGAGGGUGCCCCCACCCUCAGGGUCCCCCUCCUGGAAAGGGGAAAGGGUUAAAAACUUACCUUUUUCCAGCGCUGGGCGGAGAGCUCUCUGCCUCCGAUCCUCCUCCUGGGCUGAAUGCGCACGCGCGGCAAGAGCUGCGCGCGCAUUCAGCCCGUCGCAUAGGAAAGCAUUUACAAUGCUUUCCUAUGGACGCUUGCGUGCUCUCACUGUGAAAAUCACAGUGAGAAGCACGCAAGCGCCUCUAGUGGCUGUCAAUGAGACAGCCACUAGAGGAUUAGGGGGAAGGCUUAACCCAUUCAUAAACAUAGCAGUUUCUCUGAAACUGCUAUGUUUAUAAAAAAAUGGGUUAACCCUAGAAGGACCUGGCACCCAGACCACUUCAUUAAGCUGAAGUGGUCUGGGUGCCUAGAGUGGUCCUUUAAAGUGUGAAAUAGGCAUUUGGGUUGGCGGGGCAGUGUGCUUAUGAGGGUGUGGAAGUAAUUUACUUUUGCAGAGGAAAGAAACAAAGUGUAGGAGCGCAGCAUAAAUUUAUAGUGGAGGAAGUCAGGUGCAGAGUGAGGGUUUACUACAGGCUUCUCCAAACUCCGGCCCUCCACAUGUUGCUGAACUACAACUCCCAUGAUCUCAGGCUAUCUAUUUCAUUCAUAGAAUCAUGGGAGUUGUAGUUCAGCAACAUCUGGAGGGCCAGAGUUUGGGGAAGCCUGGUUUACUAUAUUAAUUCAACAUGUGAUAAUUUCCACUCUGUAUUGUCGGCCUAUUAUGUGUUGUAUGCUAGAGCCUGGUACAAACACUUUGUAACUCUUUCCCUGCCAGAGACCUGCCGAGUCAUUAUGUAAUCCCAAUCUUGUAACUACCACAACAAGAGGCCCCCAGUCUUAAAUAAGAGGGGCAAAGGUUUAAAAAUAAUUUCAGGAAGUAUUACUUUACUGAGAGGGUAGUGGAUGCAUGGAAUCGCUUUCCAGCUGAAGUGGUAGAGGUUAAUACAGUGAAGGAGUUUAAGCAUGCAUGGAAUAGACAUAAGGCUAUCUUAGAUACAAGAGACUAAUACAAGUAUUUUAGAAAAUUGGGCAGACUAGAUGGGCCGGAUGGUUCUUAUCUGCCGUCACAUUCUAUGUUUCUAUGUUUCUCUGGAUGCGUCCUGCAGUGUUAAAUGAACGCUCCAAGCAUCAUAUCCAGUACUAUUGUGGCUAUGGUGCCAGCUGGGUGCCCUGGCACUGUCCCUGUGUAAUUUGUCAAACUGUUUUUCAUUGGUUCCUUACCCAGCUACUGCGGGGCUUUAGCCCCUGCUUCAGGAAUUCUCCGGCAGGGGAAUUUAGUUUGUUGUACUGUACUGAGCGAAAAAGCGCCCGCUCAUUGGUAGAGUGCGUCGGCUGAGCGCUCUCAGUCAAACAGCAUGGCGCUAGUACAGCUGUACUUAUCUGGUAGAACCAUCUGGCAUUUCCUGCAGGAGAAGACCGGGUGAACCCAGGUAAGUUGUCAAACUGUUGUAAAAUGGAAUAGUACCAUGGCACUCCUGACACUAUAACUACUGUUAUGGGUUGUAGUUGUUAUUGUGCUUGGAGUGUUAGAACCCAGCAAUGACACUUUGAAACAUAUUUACUACCAUAUAAAUAAGGUUCCGUUUUAACCAUUUCCUUACUGGACUUCUGCAGUAUCACCAUAGAACCCUAUCGGUGAUAGAACCUUGCAUCUAAAGUGCCUCUCUCUAAAAUCCUUUCCUGCUGGAACCCAGCAGUGUCACUUUAUAACACCUUCUCUUAUAGAUCUCUACAGUUUCAUAAUGGUAUUCCUUUGCUGAUGAAGACCUGCAGUAUCACUAUGUUAUCCCUAUGUACUCUGCGAUGUUACUACCCUGUUUCCCCGAAAAUAAACCCUACCCCGAAAAUAAGCCCUAGUCGGAUUUUCGGGGUGGGCUGCAAUAUAAGCCCUACCCCGAAAAUAAGACCUAGGCAUUGCACCUUUGCGGCGAGACUUCCUUCUUCUACUGUAGGAGGAGCGUUGCGGGCCGCGGCAUUGCGCAACGUGAUGACGACAUUUCGCAGCGCCGUCAGUCUGCCUUCACGGAUCUUCAGCGGAAGGAUCCAUUUCCGGGCGGUGAGGCACCCAGUGGUCGGACUCGGCAAGGAAUCUUUGAAAUGUGAGUACCGGUAGAUAUUUUAUGUCUCUGGGCUGAAUUAAUUAGAGGGGGGUGAAUUAAUUAAAGGGGGGUGAAUUAAUUAAAGGGUGGGCUGGAUUAAUUAAAGGGGGGUGAAUUAAUUAAAGGGGUGGUGAAUUAAUUAAAGGGUGGGCUGGAUUAAUUAGAGGGGGGUGAAUUAAUUAAAGGGGUGGUGAAUUAAUUAAAGGGUGGGCUGGAUUAAUUAGAGGGGGUGAAUUAAUUAAAGGGGUGGUGAAUUAAUUAAAGGGUGGGCUGGAUUAAUUAGAGGGGGUGAAUUAAUUAAAGGGGUGGUGAAUUAAUUAAAGGGUGGGCUGGAUUAAUUAGAGGGGGGUGAAUUAAUUAAAGGGGUGGUGAAUUAAUUAAAGGGUGGGCUGGAUUAAUUAGAGGGGGGUGAAUUAAUUAAAGGGGGUGAAUUAAUUAAAGGGUGGGCUGUAUUAAUUAGAGGGGGUGAAUUAAUUAAAGGGUUGGUGAAUUAAUUAAAUGGGUGGUGAAUUAAUUAAAGGGUGGGCUGGAUUAAUUAGAGGGGGUGAAUUAAUUAAAGGGGUGGAUUAAUUAGAGGGGGUGGAUUAAAGGGGGGUGGAUUAAUUAAAGGGGGUUGAAUUAAGGGGGGUGGAUUAAUUAAAGGGGGGUGGAUUUAUUAAAGGGGGUGGAUUUAUUAAAGGGGGUAGAUUUAUUAAAGAGGGGUGGAUUAAUUAAAGGGGGUGGAUUAAUUAAAGGGUGGGCUGGAUUAAUGAAAGGGUGGGCUGGAUUAAUUAGAGGGGGUGGAUUAAUUAAAGGGGGUGGAUUAAUUAGAGGGGGUGGAUUUAUUAAAGGGGGGGUGGAUUAAUUAGACAGUAUGGUAUUUUGAUCCCCAGACAAGAUGAGUGCAAAGAGAAAGAGCUGUACAUACUGGUAACGUAAAUAAAUAAGCCCUACCCUGAAAAUAAGCCCUAGUGUGUUUUUUGUGACUAAAAUUAAUAUAAGACCCGGUCUUAUUUUCGGAGAAACACGGUAUGUAACCUCUUCACUGCUAGAGCUUUAAAGUGUCUUUAUGUAACCUUUGAGCAUGGCUGCAUCACCAUUUUAAUACCUGAUCUCUACAUUUGCAGGAUAAUUUUCCGGUUUCCCAUUUCUGGGAUUCUGUAACUAGUUGGUGAUGCCAGCAUCGCCAGAGUGUCUGGCCCAUCAAUGCCUUAUUCAUGUCAGCGAAAGCCACUUCCUGUACACACAAGGCCAGGUCUGUCUGGAGCAGGGAGGUACCUGCAGAAAAGUGAGCCUUCUCUGCCAGGGCACUACCAUAACAGCAAAAACAUAAACACUGUCACAUAGUUGUGGCCGCUGCAUCUUAACCCAUUCAGUGUCCGUGCAAACAUUCCUGAACGCAAGAGUCAUGCGACUCACCUGUGCAUACAUUGUAUACAAUGUUCAAGUGGUUUAUAUAAAGUGUGUAAUCCCAGGCCAUUCUAUAAGGCAUCCGACCAGUAUGUUAUCAUGCACUCAGACGUCCCGUGUACUCUAGGGUAUAGAAAGGGUUAUGUCUAUGUGGUCUAUUGCACAUAAAAAAAUCCAUUAGCUUGACCUAUGGGAUUAACAUCCCUUCCCCCACGUCUUAAAUUUUUCGAGUGUUCCCAAAGAGAACUAAUAGAGUCUCACAGCUAACACUAAAACUGACAGUACGUUAUAUUUCACUGAAGACUACAUUAGAUCAUUCUUGCUUACUAUUAUGUCUUCUUAGUCCCAGUCUUUUCUUACUAGAACUCUAUUCUUCAGUAGAACUUCCUUUCUGGAACAUUUAUCUACUCUAGAACACACUUGCUUACUCGAUCCUCCUUUUUCAGUAGAACCUUACUGGAGUUCUACUGGCAACACCAUUCUUACUAAAACCUCAUUAUUAAAUACCUCCUUCCUAAUAUUAGAAUUAACUUGCUUUCCAGAAAGGGUUUCCAUAUCCAACCUUCCUCAAAGCUAUGUUAGCUAUUAGGACACGUUAGUAGAAUGCUUAAGACCUAGAGCAGUGGUUUCCAAACCAAUCCUCAAGGCAUGCCUACAAGUGCAGGAUUUUGGAAUUAUCCAGUUGUGUAAAAAUUUAAAAAAGGUGACUGAAAAAUGGAAAGAAAAUAGAUUGUUAUUAUAUCUAUUCAACAAAAGGGGGAUGCAUCACAUACAGGGGAGCGACUUAAUCAUUAUGAUAAUCAAAAACCAAACAGUGGUAUGUGAGCGCUCCAAAUAGUAAACCAUAAACACUUAAAUACUGUAUACCAAAACAGCAGCUGUAGAGUAAAGCUGAUAUAGAUCUGGUAGUAACUCUGGGAUAAUAUGAAUAAAUAAAUUAUAACCAUAAAUGUAUCAAAUGCAAAAUAUACAAAACAUUAUUUAUUAAACAAACGAAAACAAUAUCUUAAUCAGUAUUCCUAGAAAUAAAUGUAGCACAUAAAAACACAAUAAGUCCAGAGCAGAAGUCCAGGAAAAAGACACAGUGUGGGGCCCCCUACACUGGUAAAGAGUAUAUGAUCACUGGAACUGGAGAUGUGCACAUGUAAAAAAAAUAAAAAAUUUAAAUACUGGAAAAAAUAUAUAAAAAUUGAAUAAGAAUAAAAAUAAUUAAAAAACAAUACCCAGACACAUACACCUGUCCCUGGAGGAGGGAGCUCAUAAACCCGCCAAACCACCGGGUCUAGGUUAAGGAAGUUGCUAUGAGAAAUAUCCCCGAGUUAGAGAGACUCUAGGGGUAAGCCAGAACAACUUACCCUGUUCGCCCGACCUUCGAGUGAGGCGAGGGGAGCACGCCAACUCCUAACCACGAGACAAGCUGUGUGUGCGGAUCCGAUCACAGCAGCUGCCAAAAAUCACUCCCGGACCGUAAAUAAAAUCGGGUUGGAGAUACAGCAAGAAUGGUAGAUAUCAGAUCGUCUACGCGUUUCGUCCCCUAUGGAGGACUUUCUCAAGACAAAGAUCUGCUAUCUACUGACAGGGUAUAUAUACCCUCUUUGAAAUAAAGUGGUCAUGACACAUCAAUUAGGAAUAUUGAUUAAAAAUAAUAUAUUCAUAGAGCAAAAAAAGGAUGCAAUAAAUGUAUAAACACAAAAUACAGUAAUUGAUAGUAAAAAGAAAAAACCUUAAAUGGUACUAGGUAUUACUAAGUUUUAAGUCUUAAGAGUAAGGGUACGUUGUUCUGGCUUACCCCUAGAGUCUCUCUAAGUCGGGGAUAUUUCUCAACUUCCUUAACCUAGACCCGGUGGUUUGGGGGGUUUAUGAGCUCCCUCCUCCAGGGACAAGUGUAUGUGUCUGGGUAUUGUUUUUUAAUAAUUUUUAUUCUUAUUCCAAUUUUAUAUAUUUUUUUCCAGUAUUAAAUUUUUUUUUUACAUGUACACAUCUCCCGUUCCAGUGGUCAUAUACUCUUUACCAGUGUAGGGGGCCCCACACUGUGUCUUUUUCCUGGACUUCUGCUCUGGACCUAUUGUGUUUUUAUGUGCUACAUUUAUUUGUAGCAAUACUGAUUAAGAUAUUAUUGUUUUCCUUUGUUUAAUAAUUAAUGUUUUGUAUAUUUUGCAUUUGAUAAUUAAUGGUUAUAAUUUAUUUAUUCAUAUUAUCCCAGAGUUACUACCAGAUCUACAGCAGCUUUACUCUACAGUUGCUGAUUUGGUAUACAGUACUUAAGUGUUUAUGGUUUAUUGAACACUUUAGUGAUCUUACGAGGCACACAAUCGACCUCGACAAGGUCCUCGAUGUGCAACAGAGUGUUAGCUUUGCAGUUACUAAAUCUUGAACUUAAAGGAAUCUUAAUGGCUAUUAAAAGAAAAUAAAUGCAUUGCCUACAACCUGAACGGUCAACCUUGCAGCUAAUCUUAUUGGUCAUAAUAACUAAGGGCCAGUUAUUUAGAAAUUUGCACGCAUAUUUCGGCAAAUCCCCUAUGCUCACCUUAUUACAUUGUGUUCCGACGGUCAGUACUUAGUAUCAAACAGUCAUUUUUUGCAACUUUAAGCACCUGAUGUCCACGUGAUGUUCAACUGUUGGAAUGUGCCUACAGUAAAGUGGGUUCUAGAAACUCCUUAUAACCGAAGGACACGUAAUACCACUAGAUUGCGUCAAACCACUUAUGCUGAAAGCGCUAUUUGGAGCGCUCACAUACCACUGUUUGAUUUUUUAUUAUCCAGUUGUGUCCUAGGUGUUUUUAGAAAGAAAAAUCAGCACCUUGACACAAUUGGGUUAUCCCUAAAUCCUGGACUGGUAGGCGUGCGUUGAGGACUGUUUUGGAAACCACUGACCUAUGAAAAUCUAGAGAGUAUUCAUUGGGCCCCUAUUGCGAUGCUAUUAAUCCUUGCACAAUAUUGUUUUGAGGGCAUGUUGUUAGGGAACACCAUGUGGUUUUCAUACUGGGUUCUGAUGAUGGUAUUGUCAUUUUAUGUUUACCUUAACAUUUUUUUUUAUUUUUUUUUAUAAAUGUGGUACCCCAGGUGAAUUAACUUGGAAGCAGUUCAGAUUUAAACAAUUGGUCUUUGUUUUAAGGGGAAUUUUAUGACAAUCGUUUUAAUACUUUUUCCUUUUUCUGUGUAUAAUCUUUUGUUGUACAUCUUGUCCAUUUUAACCCUCAUGACCUCCAAUAGACGGUUUAUAACUUACUUAAGUACUUUUCUAAAGAAUCGCCCAAGUUAUGAAAUGUGCUUUCACAUCCCUUUUCUGGUAAACUUUCACUUUGGGUCAAUUUUUCAGCAUAAGUGGUUUGAGGCAAUCUAGUGGUAUUACGUGUCCUUCGAUUAUAAUGAGUUUCUAGAACCCACUUUACUGUGGGCACAUUCCAACAGUUGAACAUCAAGUGGACAUCAGGUGCUUAAAGUUGCAAAAAAUGACUGUUUGAUACUAAGUACUGACCGUCGGAACACAAUGUAAUAAGGUGAGCAUAGGGGAUUUGCUGAAAUAUGCGUGCAAAUUUCUAAUUAACUGGCCAUUAGUUAUUAUGACCAAUAAGAUUAGCUGCAAGGUUGACCGUUCAGGUUGUAGGCAAUGCAUUUAUUUUCUUUUAAUAGCCAUUAAGAUUCCUUUGGGUUCAAGAUUUAGUAACUGCAAAGCUAACACUCUAUUGCCCAUCGAGGACCUUGUCGAGGUCGAUUGUGUGCCUCAUAAGAUCACUAAAGUGUUCAAUUGGAAAAGCUGUUCACGAACAUCAUGAUGCCAAAUUUGCCCAUUGAUGACGUAUCAUCUCAUAUCUAAUUUGUUAGCUUCUCAAUGUGGAUCUCAGAAUCCAGACUCAAGAGGAACUUGCUGGACUUAAAUUCCUACCUACUCUUAACAUGUUAGUUUCACAAGAUACAUGACAAUCAGUCCGACAUUACUAUUUAGUAAACCAUGCUGAAGAAUGCUACUUUCAGUUCUCCUUUUGAUUUCUGUUUAUAAUGUGUUUUUAUUAAACUCCAAGCUUGCAAAGUACUAGGACACAUUAUUUUCUUGGUAGCAGAGCCAUACAGGCCCUGCAAAGGCUGAAUACGAUAUAUGUCCGAAAUAACUAUUUAAUAGAACCUGGGGAGAGAAGGCAUUGGGUGCCGGCUUUGCCUGGUUUUGGAGUGUGCCGUUGACAUAGUCAAAACAACGCGGUUACGUUUUAUAAAAAUGAAGAUUCCAACCAUUUCUCUGUAGUCCAAAUACUGUUGACUGGGGACAGUUGUCCAGUAUUAUUCGUGGAGUAACUCUUUCAAAGACUCAUAGAGGCAACCGUUUAAAAUGUUUUAAAAAGGGGGUGGGGCUUACCAAGCAACCUGACUAGACGCCAUUUCUCUAAGCUCCCUAAAACAAAAUACAAUCCUGCGGAUAUCAGCAGUACCCAAUCCAAAUACCACACCAGCAUGACUGGUGCCAGAAGGGCAGGGAGCACCAAUCGAUGCCUUUCUUUCAACCGCCGAAAAAGGCACGACGGAAAUACAAAACUGGGGCAUACCGCACGCUGCAAGACCUCGGGAGUUUCCUAGGAGGCAUCGCAACAACCAGCGCUGCAACACCCCACACCCUAGCUCCAUCUGUCUCGCCCACCAACAUUCCGAGCAUGGGCAGGCGCUCCCAAAAACCGCACACCCCAGCGGAGGGCAGAGAUAUAGGAGCCAUGCUCCAGCGGCCGGCGCAAUCUAAGCCCGCCACCACCAAUGGACACCCAGACACAGUGCAGAAUCUGACGCAACAACACGAGCCCGAGAGCCCACAAUACUCACCAACACCCGCGGUCGAAUCUCCAGAAUCAGCCGACGACGCUGCACCGACCACCAAGAAGGACUUAAAACUAAUGCUUGCCGAAAUCCAUAAAAUGCUGGCGGCUGACUCGGCCAGUCUCAAAACAGAAGUAAGGGCAGUGUCGGAGAGGGUCAGAACUAAUGAAACAACCCUAACGGAGGUACAGUCCCAGCUCAACAUGAUGGCGGACUCUAUAAAAACGCUACAAACUCAGCAACAAUCUACGACACUCAAGCUUUCCAAUAUGGAAGACCGCCAGAGGUGUACCCACAUCAAAUCAGGGGCAUCCCCGCAACGAUCACGGCGGAGGAAUUACCCCAUUAUAUUAGGAGAAUGCUAGCCACAAUCCUGUCACACACAGUGGCCAAGAAGAUAGCAAUAGAAAGCGUAUACCGCCUCCCAAACCCUCCACAUCUCCGGACUAACACGGGGAGAGACGUCAUCCUUCGCUGCAUCUCCCUACCUGACAAAAUGCAAAUAUUAUCAGCGCUGAAAGGCAAAACACCGUUCACCUUCGAAAACUCGACCUUGACCUUCUUCCAAGAUUUGACAAGGUCCACACUAUUGCACCGCAAAUCGUACACUCCAGUCCCGACACUGUUGUGAACUGCGGGACUGAGCUACCGCUGGGGGUGAAACGGCUCACUAGCGGUGACUCAAGACGGGACAGUACAUUUUUUGCCAUCCAUGUCAGAGGCAGCAUCCUUCUUGGAGACCCUGGGACUUUCGUCCCAAGACACACCAGCCGCCUCAGGAAUUCAGAGAGCUAGGUGGGACCCGGCCUCCAUAACACCAUUCAUCCCUAGAACAGCAAACCAGCAAGAGACAGCCGACCCGGAAUGAAAAGCACAGAUGGGACUUUUACUACCGCACCUCAACAAACCUUAUUUGUCUAACUUCACACGCACUAUACGCUUACCUACCUGGGCGCCAUAAGGUCCAGGCUUAACACAAACACGCUGACUAGACGGGGAAACAGAGACCACAGUAAGUGGCAAAAAUAUCCCCCCCCCCGCAGUCCCCUUGGUCAGGGGCCAUAAACCCGCAUGCAUAGGUUAACGCAAUAUACAUACUGGGCUCAUGGGCCCAAUCCUCGCCCACUAUGCAAAUGCCCUCCUAGCUAGAUGUAAGCAUGAUACAACCUUGCCUUCACUAAAACCAAGCACCCGGGAAAGAGCCGAUCAGGUGAACUAACCGAAGUACUCCUCAAGCACUUCGCCCCCACCUGUUAACUCCACUCCCGUGAGGUACUUACGCUUAAACACUCUCAGUAUCAGGUUUCAGUCUAGGAAUUUAAACGCCAAUACAACUCGCCUAUCGCACCUAGACAGACUGAUACCAUACAACACUGUACAAUAGUACACCUGACACCGCUUGUUAAAUAAAUAAAAAUUGUGCUUUUGUUGAUAUGCUACAUACAUGUGUAUCCAUUGAUCUUGCUCUGGCUAUCGUGGCUAAGCAAGCUGCUUUGUUAAGAAUUGCACACAAAAAUAAAGAAUUAAAAAAAAAAAAAUGUUUAAAAAUAAAAAAGUGCAGAAGAUUUAGAUCAAUAUAAGAUCUUCUUCAAUUCUAGGAAGGGAAGUAUUUGUUUUAUUUUUGGAAGUGAGAGGAAGUUACCCUCUGAAAUACAAGUCUAACUCUCCCUUAUGCAAAACACCUUUUCUGUUAUAAAAUUAGUCCGCUCCAGGAAAUCAAAUAACAGCAAAGUAAACCACUGUGUGCUUUAAAUGGGUUGUCAACUUAUAUAAUGAAAUAUAUUCAUUACAAACAUUGCAGUUAAUAUGGAGAUCAGACUGAACAAAUAAAAAAAGGCCUAUAAACAUAUAAUAAAUCACUUAUUGAGAAUACAAUAAAGGCAUGAUUCCUUGACAGAUUUCUGUGUGCGUAUUGCCAUUACAGACAAAGUAUUUUCACAAGCUUAUAAUGUGGAUCAUAAUGCAGUCAAACUAAAAAAUUAUAGAAUAGUUAACACAUAUAACAACACUUAAAAGUGUAUCAAUUAAACUGUUCAUAGCUCCUGACUGAUUCCUCUUCUGCAACGGUCACUAGUCUAAUACUAUCCUUACCUUUUGUGUCAUUUUACCCCACUCCCUCUAGCAUGUAAGCUCAUUGAGCAGGGCCCUCAACCCCUCUGUUCCUGUGUGUCCAACUUGUCUGGUUACAACUACAUGUCUGUUUGUCCACCCAUUGUAAAGCGCUGCAGAAUUUGACAGCGCUCUAUAAAUAUCAUAAUAAUAAUAAUAAGAUAAGAUGUUCUGAGAUGCAGAACCCCUUACACGUAAACAGUGGCAUAACAGUUAUGCUACUUGGCCACAGUUCGGUGUUGAGUUCAUAGGAAGUUGGGGUAGAUGGACAGUCUAUCAUAAUAAAAUAAAGUGAACAAUGACGUCACUAAUAUAUGAUGAUGUCACUGCGUUAAUGCCGGUGGUACAGUAGGCACUGGGCUCCAUGUGUCUGGUUCUACAAAAUACAAAUUGUGUUCAGAAAAUAUGUCCACAAAAUAUGCUCUUCAUUAAAAACUAGAAAGGCAAAGUGGUAUCACACAGAGGGAAACGUAUUAUGAUAACAAUGACAAAUUAUACCUCCCAACUCUGGUGUCCUGCAAAGAGGGAGGGACAUAAAGGGGGAGGACCAGUGAAGCGAGUGCACAACUAGCUCUGCCCCCAAAUUUGCAGAACCGCCUGGAAAGGGUGGAGGGUUAACCCGAUUUAAUGGCAGGUCAGCCUAACGUGAAUGCACCACUAAGAGCUAACCAUGCAGGCUGCACAGUUUUAAGUUCUUUCUGCAGGGUCCUAGUGCCCUAUUCAAAGCGCAGAUGCCUCUGUUGAUGAUUAUUACUUUUUAUGGGGACAGUUCCCUGGUGUCCCGAAAAGCGAGACACCAGGAAACUAAAGCCAGACAAGGUCCAAAAAUCGGGACUGUCCUGCCAGAGUCCGAAUGGUUGAGAGGCAUGCUACAUCCAGAGCUCUGUGACUGGAACCUGGUGUCAAUAUAGAGAAGGAGUACAUGAGCUCCACGGAAUUGGCGAAAUAAAAAAAAAAUCAUACAAUAUUUUAUAGUACAUGAUUAAUACCCUAGGGUAGGGCAAUUGUAAUUUUUUUGUGCUUUUGUUCCAAUAAAUUCAUUUUUGUGUUCGCCAGUUCUGUAGAGACUGUGUUCUGCGUCUCUUAAUUAAAACUUCACUUUUUUUUUAACAAAAAUUUUCUUGGUAAGUCGCUCUCCGCAAUCAUUGUCCAGAUUGUGUUCUACCAUCUAUCUCCUAAAGAGCCCUUUUUUCUCAUCCGUCCUGACAUGUUUUGGUCAUAUAUUCAGUUUCAUCUCAUUAGCAAAGGGUUUGUUAGCCAAAAUGUUGAUAAUGCUACUUUCAGUACUCCUUUUGUUUACAUUAACCUCCACAUCUUCUUUCUAUGUGAUGGUAGUCUUUCUAAAAAAAAAAAAUCCACGUGAAAAAAGUGUUUACACCACUAACAAAAAAGUCCCAACCCUUUUCAGAAAAACGUGAUUUAAAAGAAUUGAUCAGCACAUUUCUUAGAAGUCCUGUUUUCGCUUACUUUCACAUUAUUCAGGAAUUCAAAGUGAAUUUUAAAUUUUAGGUCAACAAUUUUAGGAAAUUUAGGAAAACAAUUCCAAAGUAGUUUGCGUGUUUUGGUCUAGGUUUUUAAAUCCACAAUGAAAUUGCACCCUGACAGAAUGGUUGUCAGUAAAAAAAAAAAAAAUCAAAUUUUUUUUUUCCAGUUUAACUCAGCACCCUUAUUUAUUAAAAAAAAUAAAAAAAAUCUAAAUUAACCUUUUUUCUGAAACACUGUAUUUUCACAUUGGACAGUAUUGCAAAAUUAUGGUUUGUUUUGCAAAUGUUAUCAAGUUGCCAAGAGAGCGUGAAUAUAAAAAAAAAAUUUUAUAUUGAUUUCUGAAAAUGAGCUUUGACCCCUAGUGGUACUAAGAGCACUAUCAGACACACCUAACACCAAAGAGGAGUGUCAGUUUUCAAGACAAAGCAGUCUCUACACGAAAUGAGUUCAAAAUCUAUAAUGAAAUGAACAAUAAACACCACAACCACUUAAUUUCAUUUAAGCCUUAGCCUGAGCAGCAGAGAGGAACUUUUCUUCAGGCAUGUGGUGACCUGUACGCUAGGUCAUUCGAAAACACUGGUACCAUAUCAAUGAGAUGAAGUGGUUGUGGUGCCUGUGUGUCCCUUUAAAUUGUCUAUUUGCUCUUAUCAUAAAUGUUUCCCUUUUUAUUGUACGAUAACUUCCAUUUCAACUGGCCUUUUACAAAUAGACGAGUGGGUCUAGUCACUUAACAACAAGCAGGAAAACACGGGAUUUUCAGCCAAUAAUAACAGGGAAGGCCUUAACUCUGCUUCUUUAAUCUUUUAAUGAGUGCGGAUCCUGCAGCUAAUUAUCAUGGCGUGGGCCCAAAUCCAUCCUCCCUCCUCCAAGCUCAACGUACUUAGCAAGAUAUAUUUUCAUCAUGUUUUGCUUUACUGCAGAGCUAAAACAUCGGAAUUUAGGUUUUUGACAAACAAUUCCUUUCAUGAAGCAAUUGGAACAGACACCGUCAACCCUCUAGUCAGAGCAUUGCUGAUUAAAUGUGCAUGAGGUCUGCGUUUACAUUGACUCAUUAACCCCUUAAGGCCCAUCAAUGGCAUUGUUCGGUCAAAGCAAUCUGCUUUAUAAAGAUACUGUAUCAUCAAGACGCGGAGAGCAACAUAACCCUGCAUAAGGCAGACAUUCCAUGCUCUUGUCUUUAGGGAGAAUAUUGUGGUGCCUACAUGAAAGGCCUCUGGUCGAUAAGAGGUUAAACUGCAAGCAUUAUCAGUCACUGCAGCCUUAGACAACAAUGCAUGGUUUGUUUGUUUUUCUUAAGAGCUUCUUCCAAAGGGAAUCUUGGCUUGUGGAGCUCCUUUCAAAGAUUCUCUCUAAAGUUGACCCCAAUAAAUUCAUGGAUGGACCAUAUCGCUUGCUGAGCUUUAUGGGAGCUGUAGUGAACAGCUGCAGGGUCAAAGGUUAACGAUCUCUUGUAUGACAGGUCUGCAACCAAGGUUGGUUGUACAAAGCAGACCAUUGUAGUUACAUGUUGCUAAAUGUGAUGUUUAAAGGGCCCUGUGUUGUUUGUUCAUUAUUAUUAUGUUCAGCCUGCAAUAAAAACCUUAAAAUUCUCAUCUUCAGGCCUGCGGUACUCCAUUUUACAUUUAUUUCCUUGCAUUUCUAUAGUUAAUUACCUCAAGCAAGAUCUUCGCCAUCAGACUCCUUUAACCGCAGGCCUGGGAGUGGGGGAAGGUUAAAGGGAUGUGGUUUAAAAAGCAAUGCCCCAAGGCUGGGGAUUCCUGCACUUAAUGUUACGUUCACAGCAUCUCUCGUGGUGGAGAAGGAAAGAGCAAAAUUUACUGUGAUUCUAUUUUCCCUGGAGAUGUCCCUUUUAAAGGAUGGGUCAUGCUGAUAUUUAACCUGAUGGGAUACAGUUCCAGCUGUGGUGGUCUGAUGUCAAUACUUGUAGUUAUGACUUUAAUGGAGUGACUAAUUGUAAGGAAAUAACCCUUUCUAAUGUUCAUACGGCUGCAUCUGGUAUAUACUGGCAUGUUUCUCGAUCUGUUAACCCCUUGAUACUGAAAAUGACAGCUCGCACAGUGCACGAAUAGGUGCAACAAUACAGGGAAUCUGUUUGAAUCUGUGAGUAUAGCGUACCUUCAAGUGUCCCUAUUUAGGGGGGCAGUCCCUAUUUUGAUAUUAAAUCCCUCUGUCCCUCUUUUCUUAAAGGGAUCCUAUAGUGCCAGGAAAACAAAGCCUUUUUCCUGGCACUAUAGCGAAAAUAGGUCCCCCGCCCCCUCGUCUUCCACCCCCCCCGCAACUUACCUGAAUCGAUCGCUGAUGUCCCUUAGUGCUGGGUCAGGCUCCAUCCACACUUCUCCCCCACCAAAGUCAGCUGGCGGGGGAGUCCUAAUGCGCAUGUGCGGCAAUGGCCGCGCGCGCAUUAGACAUUCCCAUAGGAAAGCAUUAUUGAAUGCUUUCCUAUGUGGAAAAUCUGACGCUCCGUGAGGACGUGCAGCGUCAGAUAACAGACCAAAAAUCCUUUUGGAUUUCGGAAGCGCCCCCAGUGGCAGCCACUGAGUGACAGCCACUGAGGGCAGACUUAGAGCUGAUAUGUGAACAUUGCAGUUCUCUACAUUGCAGCACUAAGUGCUAAAGGGUCACAUCACCCAGACUACUUCAAUGAGCUGAAGUGGUGUGGGUGCCUACAGUUUCCCUUUAAGUCACUAAGAAUUAAACAGAGCUUAUUGUUUUGGCACCUGUAAGCUUAGUGUUAUUUUUCAUUUAGAACCCUGUAAACAUUUAUACUCUACUAACUGUUGCAUUUGUUGUUCUAUUUUGCUUUGAUACAGUAUCCAUCCUAACAUUGGGUGGUAUGUAUGUAGGAGGGCGGUGGGGCAGGGAAGCCAGUAAUGUCCGCUAUGAUCCUGCUGGAGGUGGAGUUACACUGGUAGCAGAGGGGUUAAACUCUGUAUGUGCAACAUUUCACAGCGAAAAGCUGCACAUGCAGAUAACCACUUUAAAUCACCAUUUAAAUGUUUACUUUUGUUACUAAACAAUCAUACUUACCUAUCAUUGCCUGCUUAUCAUUUAGGACUUAUUCUUUAGCAAUAAGCGUAAGGUGCCAAAUUACAUAUUUAUUAUAGAACAAUUUAAAAUUCCAGAGAAGCAUGGAAACCAGGGUGGACACUCUGGAAGACCAGAGGCGACGACACAACCUUAAACGGAGGGGCAUCCCUGACACAGUGAGUACGGAAGAAAUGCCGCACUACAUAAGGCGACUCACCUCCACCCUGCUACCGACCAAACAAGAAAAGGCACUUAAAUUGGACGGCAUGUUCAGGCUACCAACACCAAAAAACGCCCCCAACACCGCCACGGCGGACCUCAUUCUCCGCUUUCAAACCAUGCCAGACAAAGCCUUAAUCUCUUCAGCGGUGAGGGGGAAAACGCCUAUCCAAUUCGAAGACUCAUCCCUGUUAAUAUUCCCUGACUUAACCAAAAAGACACUACUCUGGCGCAGAUCUAUGAAACCCCUUCUCCGCAUCCUAAGAGACCAAGAUGUGACCUACCGCUGGGGAAAUGCUAGACAACUCACAUUUACCCACCAAGGAGGCACCUACAGAGCCAAGAACCCACAAGAACUGGAGGCCGCAAUGCGCAGCCUGAAACUACUACCUGAACAGGACACAUUGACCUCCUGUCUUCGCAACAUGGAUCCAUCUAAGAUCCCGGCUUUUACGCCAAGGUCAACCUCUGGCCACCCGCCUGGAUCCCCGGUAACUUCACUGACCUGUGACACAUAGUCUGGCUGCAGGAGAUAUCUCCACUAACAAGCCUGAAGGACUGUACGCGACCGCAGGGGUAUGCUGACGAACUGCAUACUGACCACCUCAUAACUCUCUAAUUCUAUGUUCAUUUUAUUUGUUAAACAGUUAUCCGUUGCCGAGCUCAUACUUAUCCGAAAUGACCCUUCUUACCCUCUGUUACAAACUUUGCUAACUCAAUGGGGAAAUAAAUCACCCCGACUAGGACGUUAUCCUGAUAACUCUACACAGAGGGUAUGCGACACUCGAGAGACCCUCCCUACCCUCCCCACUCUUGACAGUAUGGAACAUAUGCGCCAUAGUUGUAAGGUGGUAGGGAGCUACCUUGUACCUAGAGUACGAUUCACAUUUUAUUGAACACUACCUGUUAGACCCGCAUGCCUACAUAUACAUAAAAACCUCACACCACUCCGUUUCUAUUCAUGCAUAAGGUCUAAAUAAUAUGCUUGUAUUCAUGUAUACCAAUGUGAUGAAAAGACCAUAUGUUGCAUACUCACGAGGGGAAGUGAGGCAAAAAUAAAGAAUUAUAAAAAUUAAAAAAAAAAACUAAACUUGUUCAAGUGCAGAACCUCAUGGAUUUCUUAAUUUUAUAAAAAUGUGAAAGAACAGUUUUGCAACUGUUAAAUCUGUAAGUUAAACAAUUAAACUAACAAGUGUGCUGCAUUCCUAAGUUGUAUUAGCAAAUAGACAGUGGACUGUAUGUUCACAAAGCAGUGAAUUGUGAUGAAUUGACAAGGGCACCCCUCAAUUUAAAGUUGCGCAGAAGAAAAACAGCUGAGUUAUGAAAUGUUUGCCCCUUGACUUUUUACUUCUUUGCAAAUCCCAUGUGAAUUCAACAUUUCAUUGUUUUGUGAAUAAAUCCUAGGAAGUAAAUGUGUUUAAAAUGUUCUCGGUUUAUUUAGGUAUGAAAUUUAAUUUCUCAUUGCAUUUGGAAGCGACAGCCUUUCAUGUCAUAAAUUAGCAGGUUGUCAUGGGAACAAAGCAGUGUUGCAGAGGGAUCCAGGCAUCUGCAUGGGCCGACACUGUGUUGCUUUCUCCUGACUGGGAAUUAACGAUCGAAUCCUUGAAAACACGCUUAGCACCCACAGGUGUCAUAAAACUCUGCAACACCUCUAAUUGGUUUUAUGUUCUAAUAGUGAUAAUGAAGUGUUAUUUCUAGAGCUUUAUAUUUCAGCUUGGGAAUGUAGUAUACUUGUCAGAUUAAUAACACCUAUGUAUGAUGUACGCAUUAAAAUAAGCAACAUAUAUUUUUACGUUUACUGGCACUUUCCAAUCAAGACAAAUAUAAAUUGUACAAUUAUGAGUGUUACGACACGUACCGUCGGGUAGAUGAAGCCGCCGUUUAGGCAAUAAUCCCCUUCUCCAGAAAUGCAGUUUAAAUCCAGCCGAUCGCCAAACUCCCGAACGAAGUCCACGAACACGGCAACUCCCGAUCAGCCAAACAGUCGAACGCCUUCCACAGCUAGAAAUAACGAAAGCGCUGUCCCAGUAAUAAUUCCCCCCACAAACGAGACCAAGCUCCGUCUUGAGGGUCAAAUGAAGAUCUGUUUAAUGGGGGCUACCUGCCCGGUAUUUAUGCAGGUCUCCACAAGGUGGACACUCCCCGAGGGGACCUUGUGGAAGACUGUAACACAUAUUGUACAGUAGCCAAUCGCAGUGGCUUCAACAGUAGCCCUUCCCAUCUUGCCCAUAAUUCCGUCUUCUUUACCUUGGAGAUAAUUGGGGAAGAAACCUAAUUAUCUCCCAAGGUAGAGACCAUCGCCAUCUUAAUUUACAGUAACACAAAGACAUUAAAAUACAUAACUACAGAAAUACCGAAUGCAUAUGGUUCGUGUAACGUAUCCCCAGACAGCCUGGAUCUGAGGGCAUGUUUUCACCGAAUAGCGCUCAGAUCCGAUGUAUCUAGUCGAAUCGCCAUGGAGUCAAAGUCUUUCACCAGUCCUUCGGUAUACGAAUGACUCCAUGGGAUGGCUGUCGGGGUAAAAGUCCAUACGACUGAAUAAAACUCCCGAACGACCGACGUUCGCAUGCCUUGUCGAAAAGGAAGGUAGGCAGCAGCUUUUCAGCGGUGUUCGGUAGUUUAAGUGUCCGUUUUUAGUUCCAUACAGUUUGUACCGAACACCGCUCUGUGUUCGUAUGUCCCAAAAUGGCCGCUGCCUCGUGGUCGACAUGCGAACGACGACCACCCGUACGAAUGGAAUGGAGAGGUGUCUGCGGUUAACCACAACGUUCUAAUUGGGGCCAAGAGGUUAACCAGCAGCACACUCCUCUCCUGGGUGGCCGUUCGUUCGGUAGUUUCAAUCGGCAUUUUGCAAAUACACGAACGGGGGUAUAGGAACAGGCAAUUCCGCGAACAAAGGGAAACAGACGAACCAACAAUGCAGAUGAAUCUGUCACACGGCUCCCCCCUUGUGGGACACUCCGGCAGACCCGGCUUGACCCUUUAGCGGGUCAACGUGGGGAUGACCGGACUAAGAUGGGGUGAGGAUGUCGGUUUGCCUGGACAAUCCAUCUGCGUUCCCAUUCUGCUUGCCGGGUCGAUAAGUGAUGGUGAAGUUAUAGGGCUGUAGUGCUAAACUCCACCUCAGCAGUCUGCCAUUGUCUCCAGAGACCCGGUUAAGCCAGACAAGGGGAUUGUGGUCCGUCACAAGGGAAAAUUCUUGUCCAUAUAAAUACGGGCUUAGCUUCUUCAAUGCCCACACCAGAGCCAAACAUUCCUUCUCCACUGCCGCAUAACUCACUUCUCUGGGUAACAACUUUCUGCUGAGAUAUGCGACAGGGUGCUCUCCUCCAUCUUCCCCGACCUGGCUCAGCACAGCCCCCAGUCCAUACAUGGAAGCAUCUGUAUGGACGAGAAAACGUUUGUUAGGGACUGGGGCAGCCAGGACAGGGGCAUUCACAAGAGCAUGUUUGAGUGCUUGGAACGCAGCUUCACAAGCCGGAGACCACAGGACCUGCUUAGGAAGAUUCUUCUUGGUCAAGUCAGUCAGGGGUUUAGCAAUAGAGCUGUAGUCGGGGACGAAGCGCCUAUAGUAUCCUGCUGUCCCUAGGAAGGCUAACACCUGGGUCUUGGUGAUAGGUGUGGGCCAGUUAGCAACUGCCUCUAUCUUGGCUGGCUCUGGCCUCUGGCUCCCACACCCUACUCUGUGACCCAGGUACUGCACUUCAGCCAUGCCUAAAUGGCACUUCUCUGGCUUCAAUGUCAGGCCAGCGGCCCGAAUCUUGUCCAGCACCACCCCUACAUGUACUAGGUGUUCUUCCCAGGACUCACUGUAGAUCGCAAUGUCAUCCAGGUAUGCACAAGCAAAUUCCUGGAAUCCAUCAAGAAGUCUAUCCACCAUACGCUGGAAGGUAGCCGGGGCAUUCUUCAUCCCAAAUGGCAUGACCUUAAAUUGGUACAGGCCAAAUGGGGUGACGAAGGCCGACUUGGGGAUAGCAUCCUCGGCCAGGGGAAUCUGCCAGUAGCCUUUGCACAGGUCUAUGGUGGUCAGAUAGCGUCCCCUGGCAAUGCGAUCUAACAAUUCGUCUACCCGGGGCAUCGGGUAGGCGUCAGUGGUGGUCCGCUCAUUGAGACGCCUGUAGUCCACACAGAACCGGGUGGUCCCAUCCUUCUUGGGCACCAGGACUACAGGCGAGGCCCAAGGGCUAUCGGAGUGUUCGAUGACCCCCAGCUGGGUCAUCUCCUGUAUCUCCUUCCGCAUUCCUUCCCGGACUGCUUCAGGGAUACGGUAAGGGGGUUGUCGCAGGGGGUUCUGUCCAGGGGUUUCUACCUUGUGUACAGCUAGGGUAGUGUAACCAGGUUCUUGGGAGAAGGUCGCCUGCUUCUCCCACAAAAGCUGUCUUGCCUGGCCCUUCUCGGUAGCGCUCAAUCUGUCCCCUAGCUGUACUAGGCUAGUAAGAUCCGUCUGGGGGUCCCUCUCUAACAGGUCUGGCAAGGGUAAACUUUCUGUAUCAUCUGCAGCAGGGGCACAUACUGCAGCGACAUUCUCCGGUCUCUCCUGAUACUCCUUUAGCAUGUUCACAUGGAAGGAUCGCUGGAUCCUUUCAUCUGAACAGCUGGCUAUAAGGUAGGUAGUAUCACAUAUCUGUGCUAACACCUUAUACGGGCCCUGCCAAGAUGCCUGCAUCUUGUUCGCCUUCACAGGUUUGAGCACUAGUACCUUCUGCCCAACCUGGAAAACUCGCUGUCGGGCACCCCGAUCGUACCACCUCUUCUGUCUCCCCUGAGCCACCUGGAGAUUCUCCCUUACCAUUAGGGACAGUUUCUCCAUGCGGUCCCGGAGUUCCAGAACAUAUGGCACUAUGGGGGUCCCUUCCUGCUCUGUCUCCCCCUCCCAGUGGCCUCUAAUGAGAUCUAGGGGUCCGCGGACCCUUCUCCCAUAUAGCAACUCAAAGGGGGAGAACCCAGUAGAUUCCUGAGGCACCUCUCUGUAGGCAAACAACAGAUGAGGCAGGAAUCGCUCCCAGUCUCUGCAAGUGUCAGAAAAGGUCCUCAGCAUCUGUUUGAGGGUGCCAUUAAAUCGCUCGCAGAGACCGUUAGUCUGUGGAUGGUAAGGUGAGCUAAGCAGCGGUUUAAUACCGCACACCUUCCACAGUUGCUGGGUGAGCACAGCGGUGAAUUGGGUUCCCUGGUCAGAGAGAAUCUCUUGAGGGAACCCGACUCUGGUAAAAAUCCUAACCAGGGCAUCAGCAACUGUCUCUGCCUCUAUAUUAGACAGCGCUACUGCCUCUGGAUAGCGAGUGGCAUAAUCCACCACGGUGAGAAUAUAUUUCUUACCGGAUGGACUAGCCCUGGCCAGUGGACCCACAAUGUCAACGGCUAUGCGGGCAAAGGGCUCCCCAAUGAUAGGCAUAGACAUAAGCCUAGCUCUUGGGUGGUCCCCCCGCUUUCCUAUCCGUUGACAUGUGUCACACGUACUGCAGUAUGUCCGCACAGCCUGAUUGAAGUUUGGCCAAAAAAAGUUCUGCAUGAUCCUAUAGGCUGUGCGGCGGGAACCUAGAUGUCCAGCUAACGGAACAUCAUGCCCUAUCCGCAGAAUCUCCUGCCGGUAUUUCGCGGGCACUACCAGCUGUCGAUUCGGCGGAGGGGCAACACUCUUCGGGGAAAGCUUGGGGAUCCUAUAUAACCUGUCCCCCACCCACUCAUACCGUUCUCCAUCUAAUCCUUCCUCUCCAGUAUCCGCUCUGUCCCUAUACUUCUGGAGGGUCAAAUCUGUCUGAGUUUCCCUCCCAAACUCCUCUGGGGAGUCCCAGUUAACAAAGGUCGGUCCUAGGGUACCAGUCGGGGACUCGGUCCUUACCUGGGUCUCAGCAGCAGGUGGGCUGGUUCCAGCAGCACGGGUCUGGGCACGGGUAGUCACUGGGUUGAUAGCGGCAGGUCCCAUUGGAGCAUAGGCGGACACCAAAGGGGCCAAGUCGUUCCCAAGCAAAACAUCAGCCGGUAAGUCUUUCAUGACCCCCACAUUCACGUGUCCAGAGCCCACCCCCCAAUCCAAGUGAACCCGGGCAACCGGUAAGCGGAACACUGCACCUCCCGCCACCCUCACUGCCACAGUAUCUCCAGUGUGCUGGUGUUCUGAAACAAGGUUCUUUUGGAGCAAAGUCAUAGUGGCUCCGGUGUCUCUCAGACCAGUUACCGCUUUGCCAUUUAGUUUAACGGUCUGCCUGUGCUGUUGGCGGUUAUCCUGCUGCGCUGCUUGUACUGGAUCCGCCUCGUGUAAUAUACCCCAAAAUUCCUCCUGCUCAAGACAGUGAGCGGAAGGUGGGGGUGGCUGCUGAUUUCCACCGGCUGGUCUUCUCCACGACUGUGCUUGGUUCGAAUUGUUUAAUGGGCACUCAGGUCGCUUGUGCCCCAACUGCUUACACCCAUAGCAACGGAUCGGCUGUGAAUAAUCUCGGGCGUUGAAUCGGGCUGGCUGAACGUAAUUGUUCGCUGUUGGCAUGGUGGGGGUGCGUUGUGCUGGGUGUUGAUACACUGCAGAGGUUGGAGGGGCUGCUGGUUUGUACUCCACUCGGGUAGGGACCUUGGCUGCUGUCUGGUCCAGUUUCCUGGCAUCAGUGUACUCAUCAGCCAGACGAGCAGCUUCGGGCAAGGUAGCGGGUUUGCGGUCCCUAACCCACUCUCUGACUCCUACAGGUAAGCGGUCAAAACAGUGCUCCAACAAAAAUACUUGCAGCACCUCUUCCCCAGUUACCGCUUGGCACCCUGCCAUCCAGUGGGCUGCGGUGCGGUGUACUCGGCAUGCCCACUCAACAUAAGAAUCACCAGCCUGCUUGUUAGUGUCCCGGAAUCGCCGCCGGUAUGCCUCCGGGGUCACAGCAUAUCUGGCCAAAAGGGCAUCUUUCACUGCCCUGUAGCUGGUAAGUUCCUCCUCUGGGAUGGCCCGAAACGCCUCACUGGCCCGGCCGGAUAACUUCCCAGAGAGGAUGGGGACCCAUUCUCCUGCGGGUACCUGGUGUAAGGCACAUUGCCUUUCAAAAUCCGCCAGGAACCCAUCGAUUUCUCCUUCGGCUUCUACAAAGUUCCGAAAUGCAGCAAAAGGUACUUUUCUCCUUCCAUUAUUAUUAUUGUAAGGUACCUCAGCUGCUGCAGCGCCUCUUCCUUGAAGCGCCUGUUGUGCUGCUACUGCUGCUUGCACUUGCACCACAAUAUCUGCUGCGGGGUUGGGGCCAAAAUGUGCCAGCCUGAUCUGAACUGCCCGGUUAAACUGUAUCUCCUCGGGUGUUAACUCCAGUAUGCCAGGCACAUUCGCUCCCCCCGCUCCCUGUGCUGCAUCCAUUUCCAAUAGUAUGGCAAUAAUCUCUCUUUUCUUGAGAUUACUCGCUGAUCGUCCUCUGCGCUCCAAUAUAUCUUUAAGGGUAGCACGCCUUAACUCCUCAUACUGCAUUUCCAACCUGGGAUGUGUAGCUGGCCUUCUGGGCUGUAGGAUUCAUCCCGUCGCUUGCCACCAAUUGUUACGACACGUACCGUCGGGUAGAUGAAGCCGCCGUUUAGGCAAUAAUCCCCUUCUCCAGAAAUGCAGUUUAAAUCCAGCCGAUCGCCAAACUCCCGAACGAAGUCCACGAACACGGCAACUCCCGAUCAGCCAAACAGUCGAACGCCUUCCACAGCUAGAAAUAACGAAAGCGCUGUCCCAGUAAUAAUUCCCCCCACAAACGAGACCAAGCUCCGUCUUGAGGGUCAAAUGAAGAUCUGUUUAAUGGGGGCUACCUGCCCGGUAUUUAUGCAGGUCUCCACAAGGUGGACACUCCCCGAGGGGACCUUGUGGAAGACUGUAACACAUAUUGUACAGUAGCCAAUCGCAGUGGCUUCAACAGUAGCCCUUCCCAUCUUGCCCAUAAUUCCGUCUUCUUUACCUUGGAGAUAAUUGGGGAAGAAACCUAAUUAUCUCCCAAGGUAGAGACCAUCGCCAUCUUAAUUUACAGUAACACAAAGACAUUAAAAUGCAUAACUACAGAAAUACCGAAUGCAUAUGGUUCGUGUAACGUAUCCCCAGACAGCCUGGAUCUGAGGGCAUGUUUUCACCGAAUAGCGCUCAGAUCCGAUGUAUCUAGUCGAAUCGCCAUGGAGUCAAAGUCUUUCACCAGUCCUUCGGUAUACGAAUGACUCCAUGGGAUGGCUGUCGGGGUAAAAGUCCAUACGACUGAAUAAAACUCCCGAACGACCGACGUUCGCAUGCCUUGUCGAAAAGGAAGGUAGGCAGCAGCUUUUCAGCGGUGUUCGGUAGUUUAAGUGUCCGUUUUUAGUUCCAUACAGUUUGUACCGAACACCGCUCUGUGUUCGUAUGUCCCAAAAUGGCCGCUGCCUCGUGGUCGACAUGCGAACGACGACCACCCGUACGAAUGGAAUGGAGAGGUGUCUGCGGUUAACCACAACGUUCUAAUUGGGGCCAAGAGGUUAACCAGCAGCACACUCCUCUCCUGGGUGGCCGUUCGUUCGGUAGUUUCAAUCGGCAUUUUGCAAAUACACGAACGGGGGUAUAGGAACCGGCAAUUCCGCGAACAAAGGGAAACAGACGAACCAACAAUGCAGAUGAAUCUGUCACAAUGAGUUUACUUAUUAGACAGUGAACUGAGAAGAUUAGGAAUCUAAAAUUUCCCAAAAUAGACCAAUAUCAUCAAACUAUACAUGAAUUAGAAUGUUUUAAAAACAAAGCAACUUUGGCCUUCUAGUUAAAGGGAAACUAGUUAAAUGCACCAAACAACUUAAGCUUAAUGAAGCAGUUUUGGUGUAUAGAUCUUGCCCUUGCAGUCUCACUGCUCAAUUCUCUGCCGUUUAGGAGUUAAAUCACUUUGUUUAUGCAGCCCUAGUCACGCCUCCCUGCACUAACACAGCCUUCCUAAACACUUCCUGUAAUGAGUCAUCUAACGAUUGCACUUCCUUUAUUGUAAAUUUUGUAUCUCCUGCUCUGUUAAUAGCUUUCUAGGCCCUGCAGGACUCUACUGUAUGUAAUUAAAGCUCAAUUUACAGUGCAGGAGAUAAAAACUUUUAAAACAAGUUGUAUCUGAUUGAAAAUAAAACCAUUUUGUUUUCAUGCAGGCUGUGUGAGUCACAGCCAGGAAAGGUGUGGCUAGGACAGCAAAAACAGAAACUAAAGUGAUUUAACUCCUAAAUGGCAGUGAAUUGAGCAGUUAAACUUUAGAGGCAUGACCUAUACACAGAAACCGCUUCAUUAAGCUCAAGUUUUUUUGGUAACCAUAAUGUCUCUUUAAUUUCUGACUUUUCAGCUCACCACAGUCCAGGGUUAAAGGGACACUAUCCAAAUAGCUUGCUCAGGUAUGUGCACUUCUUUUAUUUUACAAAAAGUAAAGAUUUAAAUAGAAAUUGUGACGUUUAUAAUUAAAACACUGCAGGGUAAAUCCACCUCUUCCUGACAGCCACUAGAGGUGCUUGAAGCUUCAGACUUUGUAAAACUUGAUCUGGGAAUCAAACGCUGCUGAUAGCAUCAUUUGAUUGGAGGGAUGUGGCGUUCUGUCAUGCAUGUUGACUUCCAAUCCAUUGCUCCAAUAGUUUGGAGAUCGUGGGUGAUUUCAGCCUAGAUUCUGACAUCACCAGAGGAGCAGCUGGCGACUGCAGAGGAGGAGUUCCGGCAGUGGAAACGAGGUGAGUAUACUUUAUUUAACUUAGAUUUUUAAGUGCAAACGUGAUGGACAGAGUGAAACCUAUAGCCCAAAAUAACAAUUGUUAUUUUUGGGACUAUAGGUUCUCUUUAAAUGGUCACUUUACACAGCAUAACAACUUUGCUCAAUUGCUUAUGCUAAGUAGCAGAUAAUAUGCAGUACCCAGUCUCCAUUCCCACUGCGGCUUAUGAUUCUCUGUCGUGGAACUGGGUGCCUCAACUUUUGCUCCCGGUCAAUUAUCAUUUUAAAUGUCUCCCUUGUCUAUCAUUGAAUAUAGUUAGUGGAAGGUGAGAAACUGUAAAAACGUUUGUUCUUAUUUGCAUUGUGUGCCCUGACUGUGCCGAGCCUGAACUGGAUUGUUAGAUCUAAAUCAUUAAAGGGUACUUGUCAUGGUGUGUGUGUGUGUAUGUAUAUAUAUAUAUAUGUAUUUGAUUAACUAUUAAAUUAAAUUUGAUAACAGCACAUAGCAAAUGUAUAGACUGAAAAAACAACCUAUUUAAAAAGUAGGCCUUGACCCAGCCGUCAAUCCCUUUUUUUCGGCAUAGAUCUCUAUGCUGAAGAAUUGACUGACAUGGAGAAUCGGAGUAAUCUGCAGGAGGUAUUGCAACCACAAUGCAUGUGCUGUGGUUGCUAUGGUAACGCCCUAGCCAGUGCCUAUUGUGCUGUUUUUAGAAAAUAGAAACAGUGUGAAAUCGGUUCAGACACCAUGUGCCAAUUUUAGCGGGGCAUACCACCUUAAAUUCACAAGGUGUUACCACAACAAUUGGUACACUGUGUUUAUGACUGAGAUCUGGUCUGUUAGGCCUAUUGAUCUACCCUAUCAGUGGUUUAUAAACUGUGCUACACUAUAUAUUUGCUUCUAUUUUAUGAAUAUUCUAUGUGGAACUAUUUGUUAAAGGGAAAGAGCUGAAUUACUUGUUGGUAUUAUUAUUAUUAUUAUAUUAUUUAUAUAGCGCCUUCAAAUUCUGUAGCGCUGUACAAUGGGUGGACUAAUAGACAUGUAAUUGUAACCAGACAAAUGGACGCACAGGAACAGAGGGGUUGAGGGCUUACAUGCUAGAGGGAGUGGGGUAUAGUGACACAAAGGGUAUAAGCAGGGGUAAUGAAAUAGUUGCAGUAGACGAGUCAUGGGGACGAUGAUGAAUGAAAACCCGCUAACAGUUUAAAUUAUAUGCAUUCCUGAAGAAGAUUUUUUUAAAGGAGUGGAGACUGGGUGAAAGUCGAACGGAGAAGGGAAGGGGAAGGGAGUUCCACAGAAGAGGUGCAGCCCUGGAGAAGUCUUGGAGACGAGCAUCAGAUGUGGCAGAGCACAGGGGCUUCAAUGGGACAUACUUGUGUAUUAGGGAGGGUAGGUAGGUUGGAGCAGCAUUAUGUAGGUAGCACCCACUGUGAUUCAGAAUAAAAACACACUACUUUAUCACGUUUGCUGUUUUUUUGCGUGUGUCUCACUUUUAGGGGUGAAUUACACAAGUGUGAAGUUGCUUUUAAGGUUUAAAAACCAUCAAAAUAACCUAUCCUCUUGUGGCUCAUGUUAUUGCCUUUAGCAAACUAAUUCCAGGCUGUAAUAACCCAUUCUAUACAGGUUCAGAUUAGUAACCCUUUUCAUGCUGCUUCAGAUUGGUACCCAGAGUAACCUUUUGCAUGUUCGCUCAUAUCAGUGGCUGCGGAAACCCGUGCCUUGCUGGUUUAAUGUAGUACAUUCAGCGUGCCCAUUCAAGGUUGGCUUACAUGUAAUGUUUCACUUUUGGAAGCUUCCUAUUUUAUUUUUAACCUCCUGCAGAUCACAGUAUCUCCUUAAAGCACAGCUUUCUGCUUAGAAUGAAUAACUUGCACUUGAUGGUUUACAGCUCGCUCUUGUCUCUUGAGUAAAUAUGGUCAAUAGCAACGGGAACAAGGACGUGGCAGAUAGGCCGAAUAGUUAGGUUGCUUUUGUCCAUCUUUAUCCGUGGGUGUUUGAAAACAUUUUACGCAGUUAUUGCUUUGGACAAGUUAUAUAAAACAUGUCACAAAUAUUUAAAACGAUACAAAACGAGAAAGAAUCAACUCAGGAAGAGGCUGGGUACAUACUGGAAAAUAAUUAGUUUUUAGCAAAACAGAUAAUGAACAGGAAAUACACAAUUAAAGGGAAUCUCCAAGUAUCAAAACCACUACGGCGUAUUGUUGUGGCUAUCGUUCUAGAAGUUUAUGGCUACAAUUUCUCCAAUCUUUGGGGAUUCCCAGGCAUUCUUAGCCCACCUCUCUCUGUAAGGGAUGUCAUAGAAUUAAUUUACUGUCUUGUUACUAGUACGGGUAUAGAAUACCUUCCAACUGUGGUGUCUGUGAAUCGGGAUGCUGAUGGGAGCGGUGGCAAUUUGCAUCACUAAUUCUGCCCAAAGAAGGGCCCACCUGGAAAGGGAGUGUGUCCACCCAUAGAAUUGACAGUUCAGUCUGGCAUGAAUGCAUGCCAGGCUGUCUGCCAAUGAAGUAGGCCGGGCCCUCAAUCGCUGACUAUGCAGAAAGCACUGCUAACGUUCCCUGGGGACCCCAAAAGCAGGCUCCAAGGAACAAAAUCGAGACAGGACCCAAAAAUCAUGACUCUCUCACCAAAAUCUGGAUUUUGAAGCCUGUAAUUCUAGACUUUGAGCUCUGGGGUACAGCAUGGUUCUGCAAAGUCAGGUUUCUACUACCAUUUUGGGUGGCCAAGGCCAUCAAUAAGUUUUUCUUAGCAGGAUUGCAAAAAUUUGCAGAUGGGAUUGUAAUAAGUCCAUUAGCCUUAGUACCAUGUCUAACACUAAAUCACAAUUCAUGAUAUACUGGGACCAGAGUAGAAAUUAGUGGUUGUAGCAUUGUAUACUUACUUAGCUUCUUGAUAUUGGUCGUUGAUUGGAAUAUAGAUACAGCAGUUUGUGCCUGGCUGGUUGUGAUCUGGUUUGGGGUUACAUAAUUAUUAGCCAAUGGUUCUUUUUCUUUCUUUUUUUCGCGUUUAGGCGCCGAAAGUAUUAAAUGCUACUCUUCAGGUUAACUGAUGUGGCUCAUACUUGCUUCUGGCUGGCUAUCUUCUAUCUCACUAUACUCAUGGGUUCUGCCUUGAUUUCAUAGAGGCAACUCUUCUGGGAGAAUGAUGAGGGAGCCUAAAUUAUACAGGCAGCUUCUCCGAUGAUCUAUUAGUGUGAGGUUCAGUAGGAGGAAUUCGGCACAGAUUAAUAUCGUCUUCCAGCACCGUGACUGCCUCUUUGGGUUCUAGAGCAGUAAGAUCAAGGCAGGACUGGGAUAAAAAACAGAGACGUACUAAUAACAAUUUAAUAAUAUUUAAUGUAAUUUAGAACAAUAUAACAAUGUAAGUUAUUUGUGCAGACUGGUUUCUAAACACAUUUAUUGUAGUUUAUUGCUGUCGAGCUCUAUUAUACACUCAGACACACCAACAAUAUGGAGCUCCUAGAAAAGAGGGACAUUUGGAUAGAAAAGAGGGACAGAGGGAUAUGUGCCCAAAAUAGAGACUGUGCCUCGUAAAUAGGGACACUUGGGAGGUAUGCUAUAAGCAUUAUUCCAAUAGGUGUUGGGUUAUACACUAACUAUGACCUAUGAAUAUGUGGUGUGUUUCUAAUGCUAGGAUGAAUGCAGACUUUGAUGUGACAUGUCUUCUAUACUCAUUCAGAUUAAAAGCCCCAAAGAAUACAGAUCCCCUUUAAUAACACAUGCUUAAGGCUGCACUGGCAUGUUCCAACACAAAUUCUUGAUCAAUUGGCGCUCCCUUAUAUGUUGAUUAGAUUUUAUUGAGUAAGCCAUUGCAAUAAUAAUUACAGAGAUAAGAGUGUGUGUCUCUAAGCCACUGGUUGCUCUGGCUCCUUGUUAUUGAACUGGGGCUUCAAGCAGUUGAUUGUCCAGAUUAAAAGGUUAUAAAUUUCUGUGUAUAUAAAAAGGUCUGUAAAUCAGAAAAUCUCCUCCCAGAAUUACUAACAAACCAAGGUAAUGUAGGAGUUGAUUUGCUAUUGCUUAAUAAGCCUUUCAAAUUAUUUAAUAUUUUUGGAUAAAGUUUUUUUUUAAAAAAUUUUUAUUAUUUUUUCAAAGUAUUAAAAUAAAAAAAAAUAAAAAAAAUACAUAUAAAUGUAUAAAAAAUGUAAUUUUUUAAAAUUUUUCAUAACAUUCAAUAAUUUUAAACAUUUAUCCAAAAAUAUCAAAUCGUCUGAAAACCUUAACCAGCAAUAUUAAAUAGCGGCCUAUAUAGUCAUGGUUUGGUUCUACAAGCUAUCAUGGGGAUCUCCUAGCACACGUUUAUAAAAUUCAUGAAACACGUCUCUCCUAUUUAAAAUAAACCUGUCUUCUAUAAAUUGUGUGAGUGACAGGUUCACAUUCAAGUAGGUAAAGAUAUAAUCUAUACAUGCGCAGACAAGCCUUUGCAGACUCCUCUACACACGCAGCAGGGCACGCUGGACAUUAACCACAACCUACAAAUUCCUACAAGAUUAUUUACUAAAGUGAGAAUUUAAAGUGAAUUUCAAAUUUAAGGCCAGAGUAGCUGAUCUGAAAGCAUAGCUAAUAGAGAAAAAAUUUUUGGUGUGUCUGUUUCGACCUUGAAUGUUCACAUUAUUGAAUAACCCUGCUAGUUUGCUGUUAAAUGCAUCUUAGUAGUUGCUAUAACCAUAGGUUCCGUCUUUAUAUCUAUACCAGCGACAUGGCAGUAAGUGGCUUCAAUUCUGCAUCAGCAUGCUUACUAGGAACACAUUCUUUUGUAUUUAUUCAAGGGACAUUUGCAGGAAUUUCGAAGUAGAAUAUCAAUAUUUAAGCCAAAAUAGCCAAAUUCUAAAAAUUCUCCAGGUAAAUUCUCUUUUCUGUUUGGAUAUUUUUCCUUAAUGGGUUACAGCAUGCUUUUUGAGGGGGGAGAGAGGGAACAAUGGGACACAGGGAGGGGGAGAGAGGGAACAAUGGGACUUGGGGAGGGAGGAGAGAGGGAUGGGACAGAGAGGAACAAUGGGACACGAGGGGGCAGGAGAGAGAGGGGACAAUGGGACAUGGGGGGAGAGAGGAAUGACACAGGGAGGAGGUGGAGAGAGGGAACAAUGGGACACAAGGAGGGGAGGAGGGAGAGGAACAAUGGGACACAGGGAGGGGAGAGGUAACAGUGGGACACGGGGAGGGAGAGAGGUAGGAAUGGGACACAGGGAGGGGAAAAGGGACACCUGGAGGGAGAGAGAGAGGGAGGGUAUGGUACACAGGGACGGGGGAGAGGGAGAGUAUGGGACACAGGGACGGGAGAGAGGCAGAGUAUGGGACACAGGGAGGGGAGUGGGGGAGAAAUGGAGGAUAUGGGACACAGGAAGGGGAGGGGGGAGAGAGGGAGAAAUGGGACGCCUGGAGGGGGAGAGAGGUAGGAAUGGGACACAGGAAGUGGGAGAGGGAGAAAUAGGAAACAUAGGGAGAUCUGGGAGGGAGGAGGGUAUGGGAAACAUGGAGGGGCUAGGGGGAGGAGGAGGGUAUAUGGGACACAUGGAGGGGGGGAGAGGGAAUUGGACACAUGGAGGGGCAGAGGGAAUGAGACAUAUGGAGGGGCUUUGGGGUCGAGAGAAUGAGACAAAUGGGGGGGGCUUGGGCAUGGGAAUGAGACAUGGGGGGGGAGAGAAUGAGACAUCAAGGAGGAGGGGCCCAAGGGAAAUUUUUGCACCGGGGCCCAGUGGAUUCUAGGUACGCCUCUGCCUGUGAAUAUAUGAGAUAUAAACCUUUUUCCUCUUUCAUUGCUGUAUUUGGUUUAAUCCUCAGUCUCAGUGUUAUUUUUGAUGAUGCUCUAAAGUCUAUUAAUGCAUUCAUAAUCAUCAAUAAUUAAUUUGACCUUUCUGCGUUGCUUAAAUCCAAGGUAUUUUUACAAACCAUUUAGCGUGCAUUUGAGUAAUGCAAUGCUUGAUGGCUUUAAACAAUAUCAGUAACCACAGGAGACUUAGGAGAAAUUUAAAGAGACACUCCACUUACCAAAUACAAAAUAAAAAAAGGGGGAAAAAUCACUAUUUAGUUGAGAUACCCCAAUGAAAAUAUGCAUGCAUGUAAUUAUGCGUUUUUUUAUUAGUGGUCAGGGCCAUCUAUAAUAUGAAUAGGACCCUGGGCAAAUCAUUUUCUUGGGCCCCCUGGGCCCUGCCCCUCCCCUCCCAACCCCCAAUUACCCCCAACCCCAAUCACACUUUUCACACCAAUGCAGUGGGGCAACUAAAGUAGAGAGAUUCAAAACAUAUUUACACAGCCAUAUACACUGACAGACAUACUGACACAUACACACGCAGACAUACAUAUUGACACAUUCGCUGAUACAUACUGACAGAUAUAUUGACACGCAUUCUGACAUACUGACACACACAGAUACACGUACACACACACACACACAGACAAACUGACACACACACAGACAUAUAAUAACAGAAAUACUGAAACACACACAGACACAUACGUAUUGACACACACAUACUGACACACACUGACAGACAGACCUAUUGACACACACACACAGUAUGUCUGUGUGUGUCAGUAUGUCUGUGUGUGUGUCAAUAUGUCUGUCAGUGUGUGUCAGUAUGCCUUUGUGUGUCAGUAUGUCUGACACAAAGACAGACAUACUGACACACACUGACAGACACACACAGACAUACUGACUCACACACACAGACAUACUGACACACACAGACAUACUGACAUACACACACACAGACAUACUGGCAUACACACACACACACACACACACACACACAUACACACAAGCAUACUGACAUACACACACACACACACACACACACACAGACAUACACACAGACAUACACACACAGACCUAAUGACACACAUGCUACAUUUAGCCACCCUCCAGUUUCUUACCUUUUUCUGGAGGGUGGUUUCCCUGGGGUCCAGUGGCAGGCUGAGGCAGUUAGGAGUUAUCUUUUGGAACUCCCCUGCCUGCCUUCCUCCUCCCGCGCGGCUCUGAUAUUUGGUGGGAGGAAAUGAUGCACGGCACUCACUUCCUCCCAGCCGGCUGCCGAACAACUGUUUAAGCGCCACAGCGCCCGACCGGGUCCCUGCUGCCACAUGUGCACCGGGUGGCCCUUAGUGCAUGGCCCACCCGGGGGCCCUCCUUAGUGUGCGGGCUGGCUGGUGCAGCUCUGUGCAGCCGCACCGCCUGGUCCACAGGGGCUUUGCAAAUCGCGGGGCCCAUGCAGCAGCUGCUCUGGGGCCCCCCAGGAGCAACUGGGGCAGCUGCCCCGUUUGCCCAGCGUUACCAGGCUUUCUGUGGUUGUCCAAUCACAGACUUCCUAAUGCAGCUCAAUCAGAAAUUUUUACAAGGCCGGUGCUACGGACAAUUGUCUGACUCUUUAGUUUAGCUCAUUUUUCAAUAUGACAAUCCAGAAAUGUUUGCAAAGAACUUAGAAAUCACAAAUAAGAAGCAGGCACUUAAGGGAACGCUCUAAUGUUUUAAGUAGAUCUAGGUAUUUAUAACUCUAGAGUAUUCUUGUUGCUGUUUAAAUUGCUGGGCUCCAUUAAGAAGUAGAGUCACGUUGAACUAAUCUCUCAUCCCAGUCCAUCCUUCUUAUGAGGUCAUCUCGACGGUCUUGGCAAAUCAGAUGCUCCAAGUUACUACAUAAGGGCAUGUGCCCCACUCUAGAAGAAAUGCUCAUGUGCACAUGCUGAUAUACAUAAUUUCUAAGCAGUGUAUUUUUUAUUUACCCCUCCUGCACUCCUCGUCCCGUUACAUGCUUCAAUAGCGAUUUACCAGGGUGAAGAUAUGUUGGAACUCUUAGAGAAGUGUCAGUUACUCUUAACACGUUUAUUAUCUCUGGCUCCUGGGAUUUGGCUUGCCCUGAUCGCUGUCUUGUGGCUUUCAAAUUUUACCAUUUGUGUGUCUUUACCAGUUAAAUCCACUGGGUCAUGCAUUCUCUCUUAAAGGGAAAUGACACUUGAAUGCAUUCAAGGUCGUGUACAUAGAAAUCUCUCGUAGCAACCUUUAAAAACUGUUCCACAUAUUUAAGCCUGGGUCGCCACUAAAACAAAUGCAUCAUGUCACCGCUCUCUUUCCUGGUGUUACAUGCCCCUGGACAGGCAUGCAGGGGAAGUCUCAUUUUUUUACCCAUACAGAACAUGUCAUCUCCUUAAAGCUACAUCGCUGUGCAAGCGAGCAAAAGAGGCUACAUUCAGCGCUUCAGGGCAACAUGACUGUAGAAAUCAGCAUCCUUACAAUACAGAAUGACACAAAGUGACAGGGUACUUUACAAUAGUGGCUCUGGGUUAAUAUGGCCUGGGUUCUUUUAGGCUCUAAAAAGGGUACAAAUGAUUUAGCAUCUCCCUUUGAACUAUAAUUCUUCUCCGCAGAGCAUGCACGGAUGCUGUUUAAAUGUCAGUGUUAUAGUACAACACAGAUAUUCUUUAGCAUUUUCAUACGGAUGGGAGGGUGGUAGUUUUUAAUUUACUUUAUCUAAUAAAUAAAGGAAGACUUGAUGAUGUUUUUUUAAUUUCACAGAUUCAUGAAUCAAAACUUAAAAUCUAAAAUGUUGCGAGAUGUGGACUCGAGUGUGGUAUUGCUAUCUUAUCGAUCUAUCCACCAAAUCUCAGCAAUUAGAAAAUUUUAUUAUUAUUAUUUUAUUUUUUAUUUUUAUUAUCUAUAUAACGCCAGCAAAUUCCGUAGUGCAAUGUUAUUCUAUUUUAUUUGUGAAUAAUGGAUGCAUAAGACAUUCAGUCAUUUAGGGAAUCAGAAUUAGGAUUUUUGUUGUGGGAAAUGGAUAGAAUAUAUAUAUUACAUAAAGGCCUCAAUUUAAUAUUUUUGGAUAGGAUUUUCAAAUGAUUUCAUAUUUUCUGAUAAACUUUUAAAUUGAUUUAAUAUUUUUUUUAAAUAUUAAAUUUUUUAAUGUUCUGAUAAUUUUUAUAUAUUAUAUAUAUAUAUUUUUUAAUAUUUUAAAAAAAUAUAUAUAUAUAUUAAACGUUUAUCCGAAAAUCCUAAAUCAUUUGAAAAGCAUAUCCAAAAAUAUUAAAUCAAGGCCAAGUUAAGUAUUAAUGUUAAACGAGUUUCUGGUAAUUAUUAACUAUUAAUACCUCAAAGGCUAAAUAAAUAAAUUCUGCUACACACAAAGCCUUAAUAUAUUAAUUUUAUUACAUAAAAAUUAUGAAUUUUAUAUACAGCAAUUCAGUUUAGGGGGGACAGUCCCUAUUUUUAGGCUAAUCCCGUUUCUCUCCUAAUGUCCCUCUCUUCUAGGAGCUCUAUAUUGUCGAUGUGUCUGAGUGUAUAUCCAGUAAUGUGUCUUUACACUACAAUAAAUGUGUUUAGAAAUCAGUCUGUGUAAAUAAGAUACAUUGUUCUUGUUCAAAAUCACAUUUUAUUUUUAUUAAUUGUUAUUAGUUUCAUAAAAUGUCCCUGGCCCCACCCCUACUCAUACCCCUAAAAUAAAAGUGUCCCUCUUUGUCCAGUUUAAAAAUUGGGAGGUGCGUAUUAGGCUGAUCUUUAUAUACUGGAGGGGCUAAGAUUGGUAAUGGAAGAUUUACAUAUUGUUAUAUGUAAAUCUAUGUUGGGAAGUUUUGAACCGGUGUGACAUCUCAGUUUGCUAGGUGGUUGCUGAAAGAUACCCAGCUUUAAAUUCGGCCCUUAGUCUGCCACAUGUUUGCCUAGAAUUCAUUAUAAGGUCUUUAUUUUUUGGUUGAACAUAUUUCUUCACUUAUUCAGUGGACUUUCGAAGUAGUUUUGAAUACAGAUCACCCAUUUACUUCAAUGUGCCUUCUCUCUCUCUCCUCCACAGAAAUCCGCAGUCAAUUGGUCGAGCAGGUGAAAUGGCUUGACAUCCAGGUUGAGUUUCGCCAGCAGCUUUUGCAAGAUAUGAGUGAAUUCCUGCGGAGGAAGGCCGAGAUUAAUCUUGAGUACUCCCGCAGCCUUGAGAAGCUCAGCGACCGAUUCUCCUCCAAGAUUCGUAACUCUAAGGAGCACCACAGCUUCAGGUGAUAACGCACUGGCUAACGCCAUUAACAAAAAAAAAAAAGUGUAUUUGUGUAAAAAAAAAAAAGCAACGUUCUAUUACAAAUAUAUAUAUUUCACAACAUUCAUGAACUCUGAUCCUCCUAAAGUGAAGAGAAAUACAACCAGGAACUGGCCAGGAUUUCUGGACCUUAUCUGGUCCCUGGUCUCCUUCUAGCUGUACUCUGAUUUGAUGAAGAUAAGUAGAACUCAAAGCCAGAACGCAAUUUUAUUUUCAUAUGUACUCCCUGGCAACGUUUCCAGAUAUUGAAAGCAUCUUGCCUAGAUAGGCCUAACAAUGGUGACCUGGAAAAAAUACAUAUUAGCUAGAAGAUAAAGAACCCUUGCCUGUCCGUCGGUGUCUACCAAAUCAAUCCAUCUGUUAAUCAAUAACUAUGAUGUAUUUUUCAAUAUAUGGUAUACAACUCGAACCGCCACUGAUACCUCUAUUCCUUCUGUUGUUCCUUGUCUCUAACCCCCUUUUUCUUACAUUUCCCAUUGUAGGAAGGAGCAGCACCUACUCUCCCCUGUAAAUUGCUGGUACAUGAUUUUGAAUCAAGCACGCCAGGAAAGUCGAGAUCACGCUGCGUUGAGUGAUGUAUACACGUCACACCUUAUCCCGCGUCUCUCGCAUAUUGGAGAGGACAUAUCCCGCCUCUCUAAAAAGGUCAGAACAUCAAUCAAUAUUUUUACUACACUUACCACCAGCUGUAGGUGUAAUAUAUCAAAUGGUGAAAUGGUUUAAAAAUCGGAGACGGAUAAGCACUAACAUAGGAUGUAACUAUGCCCCCUCAAUGCAGCCCCAAAUAAACUCGGCUCCAAAAUGCCAAAUAAACAAAAGAAAAUCCACAAGGAGAGAGCUAAAUAGAGUGUAAUGUUUUCUAAUACAGACAAAAUCCCAAGUGCUGUAAUGGGUGAUUACAUAUCACGUAUUAGCCCCACGUUUACAAGUAUUCUUGUAGAAAAUGUAAUUACAUUUAGAGAAAAUUUUUACAUGUUAAUGAAUUGUUUUACAAUGUAAAUGUUAUAUAAUUAGAAUAAAAUAAAGAACAGAUACGUGCACACAGAGUUAUUCAAUAAACUCAGAAUUGUAGCAACGUCAAAUAUGCAAUACAAAAUUUAGACUUAAAUUGCCAAACUCUGACUACAAGCAACUAUAGUUAAAUAUAGAAAAUUUAACUAGAAUACUAAACGGUAGUAACCUUCUAGGGAGAAAGUGUCAGGUUACUCUAAUAAAGGAAGGGGGUUGGGGGUAACCCCCAGAUGGAGUUUACUAUAAUAGGAACAAAACACAAGGGUGAACCAUUUAGGCAAUAGACCCUUUGUGUAAAGAGUAACCCAAAAAUAAAUAAAAAUAUAAAACGUCACUUUUAAUAUUAUUAUUAAAAAUAUUAGGAGCACUUGUCGUAAAUGAAAAUAGUAUCUGCGAUAGGAAAAAACCCUAUAAGGUCAUAAUUAAAAAAUGAAUUAAAAUAAAAUCUAGAUAUUUAAAUUAAUCUUAAUAAAAAAAAAAUAUAUAUAUAUAUAAAUAAAUAUAAUAAUAAAAAAUUAAUAAAUGAAAAUUGAUCUAAGUGAAAAAAUAGUGGUUUAACAAAAAAAGGUUUUGAUAGGUUGGUAAUCUCACCAUAUUGUUGCAAUGUGAAACAGAGUGUAACAGGAUUCUAGUUUCCCUACUCUGUUGUGCCUUCGAGGGCAUCCCUUAAAAGAAAUUCUGAUCCCCCCUCCUCCUCUUGCUAGGCUGCCUAGUUGUCUGAGUAGAGCAGUAUAGCUAGAAGGAUAUCAUAUAGUGCUGUUUUUCGGCUAUGGUAGAAACCAAACUGAAAAAUAAGGAAAAUAAAAUGUGUAUAAACAUAAAAAUAAAAGGUAAUAAAGUUAAAGUAUGGCUGGAGCUGUCAGUAAAGAUCUUUGUUUGUAUCGUCCCAUAUCUCUUGGACCGGCAUCAUACUUUGUAAAAGACCUGAUGUGCGUUUCGCCGUUAAGGCUCUACAAAGUAUGAUGCUGGUCCAAGAGAUAUAUGUAAUUUCAUUUUAAGUGUAUUUUGAUAUAAAUAUAUAUAUAUAUAUAUAUAUAUAUAUAUAAUAUAGUUAUUAUAUAUAUAUAUAUAUGUGUGUGUGUGUGUGUAAUUUUACUCUAAGUGUAUUUUUAUAUUCUUAUAUGUAUAUAUUGUAAAAAAAUACACUUAGUAUGAUGUUAUAUAUAAGAUAUAUAUAUAUAUAUUUGUUUUAACUUAUUAAACACUAUAGUCACCUAAAUUACUUUAGCUAAAUAAAGCAGUUUUAGUGUAUAGAUCAUUCCCCUGCAAUUUCACUGCUCAAUUCACUGUCAUUUAGGAGUUAAAUCACUUUGUUUCUGUUUAUGCAGCCCUAGCCACACCUCCCCUGGCUAUGAUUGACAGAGCCUGCAUGAAAAAAAAAAACUGGUUUCACUUUCAGACAGAUGUAAUUUACCUUAAAUAAUUGAAUCUCAAUCUCUAAAUUGAACUUUAAUCACAUACAGGAGGCUCUUGCAGGGUCUAGCAAGCCAUUAACAUAGCAGGGGAUAAGAAAAUCUUAAUUAAACAGAACUUGCAAUAAAGAAAGCCUAAAUAGGGCUCUCUUUAGAGGAAGUGUUUAUGCAAUGCUGUGCAAGUCACAUGCAGGGAGGUGUGAUUAGGGUUCAUAAACAAAGGGAUUUAACUCCUAAAUGGCAGAGGAUUGAGCAGUGAGGCUGCAGGGGCAUGUUCUAUACACCAAAACUGCUUCAUUAAGCUAAAGUUGUUCAGGUGACUAUAGUGUCCCUUUAACAUUAAUUUUAUUUUUUAUUUUACAAAUGCAGGGAGACUGCCUGCCUGUUCAGGCAGUCCCCCUGCAGGCAGCACUAUGGACGCCUAUGACGGACAUGUGACCGCUCUUUCAGAGCGAUCACAUGGCCCACGGGGGCCUAAUUUGCAGAGGGUGGACUGUCUGGGCUGUCAGACUGUCCCCCCCGAACAAGAGGAACGCCAGUCGCUGGCGGGGGAGCUGCGGCGAUCGGGUAAGUAAUUAGGAAUGCCGUGGACUUACUACGUAUGUCCGAGGUCCUUAAUGACUGUUUUUGUCGGAUGUACCUAGUACGUCCGCGGUCGGGAAGGGGUUAAAGGGACACUAUAAACACCAAAACACUUUUAGCUUAACGAAGCAGUUUUAGUGUAUAGAUAGUGCCUCUGAAGUUUCACUGCUCAGUUCACUGCCAUUCAGGAGUUAAAUCACUUUUGUUUCUGUUGAUGCAGCCCUAAGGGGAAACUUUAGCAUUAACUACAUCUCUCAUGAUACUUUGCCAGCAUUAUAGCUGUAAGAGCAUUAUCGGAGAUGUAGUCCACAACAUCUGGAGUGCUAAAGUUUGCCUGCCCUUUGGUAGUAACAUGAUAGUUGGUUAAAGAGCACCUUUCUUUAAGCCUCAACUAUGACCAACCUUUGAUCACUAAACAAAAACCUGCAUGAUUUUUGUGUUUAAUUUUAACACCACAUAAAUCAGGGGUGCCCAAAAGGUAGAUCCCUAGAUGUUGUAGAACUGCAGCUUCCAUGAUGCUUUGUCAUUCUAACGCAUUCUUAAGGCACAUAAGGAAUCAUGGGAGUUGUAGUUUUAGAACAUCUGGAGAUCUAUCUUGUGGGCAACCCUGAUGUAAAUACUGAGAUCACAAGCAGUCUGAUUAAAUAUAUCGACCAGUCUAUUUCAGGGGCUGCUUUCCAUUUUUAAAGAUUUAAACGCUGAGCGGUUUGCUGUUGUUCUUCCCCAAAGUUAAAGAAAUUUGUUUGUGUGCAGCGUAAUGCUAAACUUGUGAUCAGUAAAGCGUUGCUCAGCAUCUGAUAAAAUGUUUCUUUCACUUAUAUGCACAUUCUCUUCUGCAUUCUAUAUAUAGGUCACAAUUCCUGUUACCCAUGCUUAUUGAACUAAAAUAAAGGGGCUUUUUGUUGUAAAUAUGCUGCAUUUAAAUGUCUAUGCAAAUAAUACUGGAUUAACUCUUUGUCAUUCUCGACUUUCCGUUUUCCUGCAGAGUAAAGAAGUGGGAGUUCAGCAGCAGGAAGAUUUGCUUAAGCUGGUUUCAGAGUUACAAGGGGUGAGUUUUUUUGGAAUAUUUAUUAAUGGAAAAACACUACAUUUAACUUUGUUUGUUGGUUCACAUACACACCCUUUGGGAGGUGGUUUAGCUUUGCAUGUACCCUAAUUGCCUAUCAUUUGGAGAGAGAGUUCUUCUUUUAAACUAUUUAUUGUAUGGGGAGCUGAGAGUGUUUGGUGUGGGUGUAUCACAAAGCAAUGCAGUAUGUCACCUGUAUGUGUGUAUUACAGAAGUCCACAGCAAUAAACUCACAGUAAUGUGCUAUGUGUAUGUGUGUAUAACAGUGGCAUACAGCAGUUAAAGACUUACUCCAAACUAGUGGUCAUGAUGCUAAAUGUUCUCCGGUAAUAGGGCAAACUGUUUUGCACCAGUUUGUCCUUAUUACCUGGGCCUCUAAUGGGUGCCGUGCAGAGCUGCAGAAGCUGUAUGAUGAUUCCAUUGCCAUUGUGACCACUCUCCGCUAGAAACAUGCACAAAAUUGACAUUGGCAGCCCGGUGAAGUUAUUCCUCCGGCAGCAAAGGGGAUAAAUUCUGAAUGCACGCGCAGUCUUUCAUAGUGAAACGCUGCACAUACAGGAACCAUGACCAAUGACAAUCAGUGAAGUGGUCAUGGUGCUUGGAAUAACCCUUUAAAUGUGUAAUAAUUUCUAACACUCUCAGUAAUGAAUAGUGUGUGUUACAGAGCAUCAGAGCAAUACAACUUGCUAUAAUGUGCAGUGAGUAUCACAGAGCUCCACAGCUGUACAACCCUGAGUAAUGGACUGUGUAUUACAAAGUCAGUCAGCGAUUUGGCUGUUGAAUGGGUACAUUCUCACGCGACUCUUGCAGUGAGGGGAGAGCUUUAAUUUUGUAUGAAAUCGGCAUAGAGAAAGCUAAGAUCUUUUGCUUCCAUAAUAAAGCCAGUCUUUGGGUCAGGAAAGCAGUGAUGAAUGGGUGAAUCUUACUUGUUUUUUGUACAUGUCAUGCUGGGUGUUGUCUCCUUACAGCUAAAGUAGCAAAACUGAGGUAAACAGUAUGUCUCAUGGGAUAGGCAACCUUCGGCACCCAAGAUGUUGUUGACUACAUCCCCCAUAAUGCUCUUACAACCAUAAUGCUGGCAAAGCAUCAUGGCAGGUGUAGUCCAAAACAUCUGGAGUACUGAAGGUUGCCUAUGCCUGUUUUAGACCAUUCAUUGUGAAACAAAUCUUUAAAUCAAGGAAUUUAUUUACAUUUCAGUAAAAAGGUGACUGACAGAUGAACAUAAAAAAAAAAAAAGUAAAAUAUAUAUUGAUAAUUUUUUUUAUAGUGAUUGACAUUUACCCACAUAUUUCCUAAAAUCACAAGUCAUUAUUAAAAUAUAUAAUGUUUAUUGCUGGGUUAACGUAUUCAUACAAUCUGACACUUCAUUUCAAAGAGACAAACUUGCACCUCAGCCUUGCCAUUCUCGUACAUAAAUUACACAGGCACCUACGUCCCUCUGGAUAGUUUGUAAUUGGGGUCUGAAGAGCGACACUAAAACAAUCUGUUGUGUAUUUUGCGAGAAGUUCCAUUUUUUAUUCAGCUAAGACUAGCCAAUGAGAGGACACUAAGACGGCAGCCAUUUUUACAUUCGUUUUUUUUUUUUUUUUUUAAACCUGCCAAACUAGUAUAUUUAUUAUAAGGUGGAUUCCAAGGUGGCAUACAAGAUGUUUUUUUUGUUUAAUAUAAAAAUUCUAUCUGUGAGAACCUUACAGACAUUACAUACAGGUUGUAUAUUGCUAUUCCAUGAGAACAAUAAAUAUAUAUUUUUUCAGUGUUUAUUCUUGGCAAUACAUUAUCCCCUAGGGUUCUUACAGUAUAACGGUUUCCCCCCUUUAAAUUUUUUUUUUUUUUAAACAUUUUCUGCUUACGCAACACUGUGAUGAAAUGAGGAAGGAGACAAAUGAUAGAAAAGAGAAGAUACAUAGAUGUGUGUGUUGAGCUAAUGUUGGCAUGCAGGCACCACAUUGUAAAGCAAUGAGCCGUGUAAGAAUGCUUUCUCUUUUCACAGUGCUGGGAGGAGAAUGGCGCUGUGCAGUGCUGGGAACAACAUGGCGCGGAUGGCGCUGUGCAGUUCUGGGAGCAGGAUGGCACUGUGCAGUGCUAGGAGCAGGAUGGCUCUGUGCAGUGCUGGGAGCAGGAUGGCGCUGUGCAGUGCUAGGAGCAGGAUGGUGCUGUGCAGUGCUAGGAGCAGGAUGGUGCUGUGCAGUGCUGGGAGCAGGAUGGCGCUGUGCAGUGCUGGGAGCAGGAUGGCGCUGUGCUGUGCAAUGCUGGGAACAACAUGGCGCUGUGCAGUGUUAGGAGCAGGAUGGCGCUGUGCCAUGCUGGGAGCAAUAUGGCUCUGUGCAGUGCUAGGAGCAGGAUGGCGCUGUGCAGUGCUGGGAGCAUUUUGGCCCUGUGCAGUGCUAGGAGCAGGAUGGCGCUGUGCAGUGCUGGGGGCAGGAUGGUGCUGUGCAGUGCUGGGGGCAGGAUGGUGCUGUGCAGUGCUGGGGGCAGGAUGGCGCUGUGCAGUGCUAUGAGCAGGAUGGCGCUGUGCAGUGCUGGGAGCAGGAUGGCGCUGUGCAGUGCUGGGAGCAGGAUGGCGCUGUGCAGUGCUGGGAGCAGCAUGGCGCUGUGCAGUGCUGGGAGCAGGAUGGCGCUGUGCAGUGCUGGGAGCAGGAUGGCACUGUGCAAUGCCAGGAGCAGGAUGGCGCUGUGCAUUGCCGGGAGCAGGAUGGCACUGUGCUGGGAGCAGGAUGGCGCUGUGCAUUGUUGAGAGCAGGAUGGCACUGUGCAGUGCUGGGAGCAGGAUGGCGCUGUGCAGUGCUGGGAGCAGGUUGGCGCUGUGCAUUGUUGGGAGCAGGAUGGCGCUGUGCAUUGCUGGGAGCAGGAUGGCGCUGUGCAGUGCUGGUCGCAGGAUGGCGCUGUGCAGUGCUGGUAGUGUGAUGAAGCUGUGCAGUGCUGAUAUUGGGAUAACGCUUUGCAGUGCAGGCAAACCAGGAUGAAGCCUUGUAGCCCUGUGAAUGAGAUGAAUAUCUUAGGAGCAGGAUGAGGCUCUGCAGAGCACUGCAUGAUAAGGAUUGGAUUAUUUCUAAGCAGAAAUGCUAACCAGCGCAGAGUUGAGCAAAGCAGAUUCUGGCUAUCAUAUGGUUAAUCCCAAUGUCAUCUAUCACCACGAUAAUCUAAACUUCAUCUUCAGCUUCAAUUAUCACUAUUGCUAGGUGCUAACACCUGAUACAUCCACAACACUUGUACACGCUCUUAUCUUUUCCUACCUUCACUACUGCACUCCGCUCCUCACUAGUCUGACUCAAGCACAAACCAGACUAGUACUUAAACUCCCACUCCUCCCAUAACUCACCCCUCUGUCAGUCUUUACAAUGGCUUCCUGUACGUCCCCAGAGUUAAUUCAUAAUCCUGGUCCUUGCCUAUAAAGCAAAUCACAGUGCCACCACCUGCAUAUCCUACCUAAUAAAUAUGUCCCAUCACUAACACUCUCAUCCGAUUGCCCAAAUUGCCAACUCUUGUUUCCAGGACUUCUGUAGGGCUGCUCCAUAUUUAUUGAAUUUCCUUUGCCAAUUUCUAAGGCUUUCCUCAACUCUUUAACCCCUUAAGGACCAAACUUCUGGAAUAAAAGGGAAUCAUGACAUGUCACACAUGUCAUGUGUCCUUAAGGGGUUAAAGGGACACUAUAGUCACCUAAACAACUUUAGCUUAAUGAAGCAGUUUAAGUGUAUAGAUCAUGCCUCUCAUGUUUCUCUGCUCUAUUCACUGACAUUUAGAAGUUAAAGGGACACUAUAGUCACCAGAACAACUACAGCUUAUUGAAUUUAUUUUGGUGAGUAGAAUCAAUACCUUCAGGCUUUUUGCUGUAAACACCGUCUUUUCAGAGAAAAUGCAGUGUUUACAUUACAGCCUAGUGAUAACUUCACUGGCCACUCCUUAGAUGGCUGUUAGAGAUUCUUCCUGGGUCAUGGCUGCCUAAAAUGCAUCCAAACAUUCAGUAUCUCCUCCCUCUGCAUGCAGACACUAAACUUUCCUCAUAGAGAUACAUUGAUUCAAUUAAUCUGUAUGAGGAGAUGCUGAUUGGCCAGGGCUGUAUCUCCUCCCUCUGCAUGCAGACACUGAACUUUCCUCAUAGAGAUUCAUUAAUUCAAUUCAUCUCUAUGAGGAGAUGCUGAUUGGCCAGGGCUGUGUUGGACUUGUGCUGACUCUGCCCCUGAUCUGCCUUCUUCACAGUCUCAGCCAAUCCUAUGGGGACGCAUUGUGAUUGGCUCAGAACAGCACUUCUGGUGAUGUCAGCAAGCAGCUUGCUGUUCUGAGGCAGACAGGGACAAAACCAUCAGCUUCAGGCUUGAAUACAAGUAAGAUUUUACUAUAUUUAGGGAGGCAAGAGAGGGCCAUGGGGAUUAGAUGGUAGUUUUAACACUAUAGUUUCAGAAAUAUGUUUGUGUUCCUGAACCUAUAGUGCUCCUUUAACUUUUCUGCAUACCUCUACUCCUUUACAACAUCAUUGAGGAUACAUGGCAUCCUCUGAGAUGGUCCAAUCCAGUGCUCCUUAUAAAGGAGCUGUGAGGACCUGACGCACAUGCGUUGCAAGCGCCGCACGCAUCCAUGCCUCCGCAUAGGAAAGCAUUGAAUUAAUACUCUCGUAUGGGGCUGAAACGUCAAGGGCCUCAUGUGACUGUUAGUGUAACAGCCACUGGGGGUGUAUUUAACUCCUCAAUGUACAUAUUGCCCUUUCAGUAAAAUGGCGGUGUUUUACCUUGAGUGGUUAAACUGACAGGACGACUGCACCCAGACCACUUCAUUAAGAUAAAUUGGCCUGAGUGACUUUAGUGAUCCUUUAAUUGGUAUCUGUAUGGUUAUUUGCAUACGUGCAGAAUAUAGUUCAACACCAGGAAGGUCACAGGAAAUCCUGGUCUUCUACAGAGCUGUUUUGAAUUCAUGCAAAUGGUUUAAAUGUUUACUAAUACAGCAGACUGGCUGUGUUUUGCUGUGUUAUCCGUACAAACACUUAAAAUAUGCUUUCCUUUACACAGAGUUUAUAAUAACCCUUUAGAAGGAGAACAUUAUAAUAUAUUUCCAUUUGGUCAGUCCCGCUCAGAUGUCAUACAUGUUUAAGAAAGGGCUCAAAAACAUAUAGCAGUGAAUCCACUGCCUUGACUUGUAUUGGUUAUCAUGCUUAGAGAAUCCCUUUAAGAAAUAUUUACAAGAAACUGCAUUAGAACAACGCAUAGUAUGUUGUGUUAAAUAGUUACAUUCAUGUAUAACACUCAUUAUUAUUUUUAGUUUAUAUAUUAAAUGCCGUAACAUUCAGCAGAGCUGUAAAUGGUAACAGUAAGAUAUUUAAACAUUUGCCUCUUGUUGUACUUUUGAAGGACAUUCUUUAAGUUGUUUUGGAACUUGGAACACCUGUUUAUGUUAAAUCACAUUCUCAGUUGACAACUUGCACAUCACUCUCUUGUUCUCUCAUGUCCUCGAAUGCCUUUUUUCCUUUUGUUACCUUUGCCCUUUAUUACCAGGCUAUGAAGACCUACCAACUAUAUCACAAUGACUGUCUGAACUCUGAGCACAAAUUGAGGGAGGCAGAGAAGCAGGAGGAGAAACGCACAGGUAGAGUCAGCGAACAAACCGCAAGCUCCCCAGUGGCGGAUCGAGGACAGAGACGCAGUUCCCUGAAGAAAACGGAAAGACUUGUUGAGAAGGUAAACUACCUAGAAAACUUGUUUAUCUUAUUGCCAGUGAUCAUUAAGUUGCUCUCACCCCACCCCCCCAAAAUAAUGAGUAUUUCAAAAAGAUAAAAUAUUCAUGAAAUACUCACAUUGACUGUUGGAAUUUUAUUGAAAUUUCAAAAAUACUCAAAAGAUAUCGUAAGACAAAGUAGGGACUAUUUUAUCUUGUGUAUUUUUCCUACACUUGGCAAAACUUGACAAAAGGGGGAGCUAUCACCGUCAAUGGACACCUUUAGGCAAGUAAAACUUACCUUCCCCUACACCCCUGGGCCACCGCACCGCUAAAUUAAUAAAGACCAGAGUGACAGAGCCGCUUUACUUAAUAUGUGUGUAUCAGUUGAAAAAAAUGAAAUCAAAUGACAAAUCCUGACCUCCUUAUUCUGCAACUAAGUGCCUCCAUCUUGGCUUCCUGUCAGCCAUUGAAACAAGCUUUGCCCUUUGCACCUGGCAGUCAGCAUACAGAAAGCAUGCAAAGACAAGGACAAAUGAAACAAUGUUUAUAUUUCCUCUUUUCCUAUGCAAACUGUCCCUGGAUUGUGAUGACAUUUCCUGCACUUCUUUUAGUUGUUCUGUAUGCAGCUAAAAACUUUUAGGUGAUGGAUUCCCAUGCGCUCCGUUGACACAAACUUGCACCCAACCGCAGAGAGGGUAUAAACUUAUAGUAAUGUCCGGGCAACUCCACUCACCCAAAUCAGCCCUGGGUGCUUCCAGACAGGGCUCCCACCAUCACACUUACGACAGCCAAAUGAGUAAAGAUUAAUAGACAAUACAGACACACAGCAUAGAGGGUGAAAACUGUCUGCCAGAAACUCUUUAUUAAAGUAUCAAAAGAAGUUUAAAAAAAAAAAAUCCACCACAUCUGACGCGUUUCAUCCUUAUUAAAUUGAAGGACUUACUCAUAGAGAGCCCUGUAUGCAGGUGCUGUGUCCACAAAUGCGUUAACAUUCUACAAUUUCUUUGAACAUUCCAAAGUAGACCAACAUGAAAAGAAUGAAUGAACACUUAGCUUCUCACUGCUGUACCAUAGAAAAAGGAGCGUUUAGUUCUUGCUCUCUAUGUCUAUAUUGUGAGUAAAAUUGAGUUGAACAAUAGAAACCUCUUCCAAUCAUUUCCUUAAGAAAACCAGGGUCUUUGCUAAUUCGAUUUGGGUCCUGUCUCCGAAGAAAAAGAGAAAAACUCUACGCAAAAUAUAGAUUACAUCUGAGACAUAUUCAUUAGGUAAAUACAGACUUUUGAUGUGUUCUUUUCCCAGAGGUUGAAGAAAUAUUUGGAGAACAACCAGAAGUGUACAAAAGCCAGGAACGAAUAUCUUAUCAACCUCAACACUGUCAACGCCAACAUCAGUAACUACUAUUUAAAUGACAUCGGUGACCUCAUUGACGUAAGAACGCCUUACAUUCUAUACAAUUACUUAUUCCGGGGGGGGUCAUAAGAUGGAGUUAUGGUAGAACUACAUGUCCUGUGAUACUUUAGAACCUACUUUUGGCCACACCUAUUCUAUGUAUGUUUCCUUACUAUGGAGUGCUACUUUGAUUGGUGAUAUACCAUUUCAUGAAUACUGAUAUAUAAUUAAACAUUUCAUGUUGUUUGCGUAUGGUCAAAGCUCACGUAAGGCCACUUUUGUGUUCAAUCUAUAUUUCCUUAUUUCUGACAGUGCUGUGAUAUGGGCUUCCACCUAUCCAUGGGUAAAACCCUGAAGGUCUACCUGCAGGCUGAAGAGCGAGUUCAGGCCUCUCGGCAACAGGGCUUGCAGUCCAUUGAGGGGGCUGUGGAUAGUCUUGAUGCCACGGCAGAUAAAAACAAGGUGAUGGAGAUGCGCAGUGAUGCGUUCUGCCCACCAGCCCGCUUUGAAUUCCAUCCCCAUGAAGGAGAUGAGGUGCGGAAAAAAAUUAUUCAUAUAUUUUACUUAUCAUUUGUGGGUAGAGUCUGUCCGUUUGCCUAUUUGUCUGUCGUCUGCCUGUUGAUAUUGAUUGUAAUCUUUGUCCAUGUCCGCAGGUGUGUGAAGUGCGGUCUGAGCCUCUGCUACAUCAAGAGUUAACCUCUCGAUUCCAGCACAUCCAGUCGAGACUGACAAGCGAGAACCUGGAAACUGAAGAGGUAAUGCCUCACCCUGCUCCUACUGCUCUAUAACUACUGGAAGGGUUUGCGUUGAUAUUUUCAGUCUAGAAAUGGAGGUGCAUUUUAGGUCAUAUUUUCUCAGCAGGGCUCAUCCAGCAUAGCAUCUUAUCCGGCUAUACAGUCAGCGACAAAUAGACCAUCUUGUUAUAUAGCCAAUGGCACAUAGUAUCCUCCUUCCCCUGAUCUAUAACCCAUGAUGCAUAGCUUCCAUCCUGUCCUGAUCUAUAGCCAGUGAUGCAGUGUAGCCAGUGACAGAGGUCUAUCUCUCGCUGUUAACACAAACAGAUUAUAUUCACAGAGAAGAUGAAGCAAUAUCAGGUGUGUAGUGAGGGGUCUUAUAGUUUUAUACAAUUAUGUUUGUUUUUUCCCCCAGGUCAAGAAAACAUUUAAAGCUACCCUCCAGGCACUACUUGACAUCAUUGGCACUGAGGAUUUCGAUGUAUUAGAUGCAUUUCAGUCUAGUCAGUCUACUGAAUCCCUAAAAUCCACAGGAUCCGACACCAGCAGUAAAACAAGCACAGCGAAGAGACGUGCUAACCAGCAGGACACCGAAAUUUUCUAUGUCGCGGUAAGGCGCGGGGGAUGCAGGGGGGGGGGUGGGGAAAGCACAUUGGAUUAUAGGAAGAAACAAUAGGAUUAUGCCUUAUGGAAAUGUGAGCAAUCAUGUAAGAUAAUAACUCUGGACAUUUUUAGAGAGUGUAGGGUUCUAUGUUAAGUGGGGUCAACAGUUUCAUUGAUGUAUCUGGUGAUACAGAGGUCUGCGAUCAUUCUGUAAAGUAAAGAGAGUGCAGAGAUUACUCUGGACAGCAUAGAAGAUGGCAGAAGUACUCUCAACAAUGUUAGAGAGCAGCAAAUAAUAAUAUGCUGAAAAAGAACAGGGCAGACAGUACUCUAAGAUAUUGUGAUAGAGGCAGAGAAUACUCUUUCAAGUAUUAGAGAGGAAGAUAGUACUACGGACAGUCGUAUAAAGGGCUGAAGUAAAGUUGAAGUGGAAACAAGGCAAAGAGUACUCUAGAGUAGUGUUUCUCAACCCUCUCCUCAAGGCACACCUAACAGUCCAGAAUUUAGGGAUUACCCCGGUGUGUCUAAGGUUUUUGGAAAAAGAAAAAAAACACCUUAGCGUCUAAGGUGUUUUUAGUUUUUUUUUUUAAACACCUGAGGCACACCCGGGUAAUCCACAAGUCCUGGACUGUUGGUGGUGUGCCCUGAGGAGAGGGUUGAGGAGCAUUGCUCUGUCUAAAUAAUGUGGAAGAAAGCAGAGAGAUCCUUGGACAGUGUAAGGAGGAAAGAUAUUGGAUAUAUAGUAGAGAGUACUGAGUGAAACAGGGUUAGAGAGUAAUCCGCAUAAUAAGGGCUUGGAGAGAGAAUACUGUCUGUGUACAGUGUACAAUGUGUAUGUUGAUGGUGGAGUUACAAUCCCUGGAAAAUGAUGGACUUGGGGUGGACCACGAAAUGACUGGAUAGUAUCCUGGAUAGGAUUGAAGAAGGGAGAUAGUUCUCUGGAAAAUAUUGAGUGCAAAGAGUAUGCCUCUAGACAUGGUGACAGUUCAGAGCAUGUUACAGUGGUAACUGUGAGUAAGUAGUGGCGCAUUAAAUUUAUGUGCCUAAGGUUUAAACGAUUACUUGGGCUUCAGUCACUAUAGGCUAACACUUUUCUAUUCGUUCCCCUUAGAAAUUUCAAAAAUACCUGGCUGGCAGGAGUACUAUUUGUAAACUCCAAGCAAAACGUGACCAAUUGAAGGAGGCCAUAGAUAAAGGUAAGCCCCGGGAGACAAUGAUUGGUUUGACUUUUAAAGGGGGCACGGUGAGAGCUAAAACUACUGUAAGCAGAAUACAACAUAAUUAAGUAGAAAAGGAAAAGCAAAUAUUAAAGGUUCACUCUUAAUCACCAAAAAAGUGGUUUUGGUGCAGAGAUGCUUCCCAUUCUGUCUGACAGUGUCGUUUCUGAGAAAUGGCAAGGUUUACGUUUGGCUGAAAACAUGCCUCUUAUGGCUGUCAGAUUGGCGGGUCACGGUGAUUGCUGUGCAUGCCCCAUGCAUCCGCAAUGCAUCUCUGUAAGAAGCAUUUGGUUGGACAGUGAGGGAGGAUUGGUUUGCUUUGAAGACACUGUCUCGGUGAUAGAAUGCAGCUAAAUGUUUGUAUUACGUGGCCUUGAAAAUAGUGACAUAGCUUGGGGAAAAAUUCAGAGAAGAUACUUCUUCACCUUGUUCUCUUUCCAUUAGCAAGUCAACCAGGUGAUGAUGUUAUCUCUAUGUCUACAAAUAUCUCACUGAAUGUUUUUUUUUUUUUUUCUUUCUUACUCAUUCUACUGAGUACAGAAGCAUUACAGUGUGUGCCUACAGGGCAUGUAGUAGUUUCAAAUUACAUUCAGGACAUUUCUGUAGUCUAUAGCAAAUGAAAAAAAAACCUUUUCUUAAAAGGCAAAGUUAGACUCAUAAAGUCAGUACUGAUUGUUCUCAAAUUAGGGGAACCACGGGCAUCGGUCUCUGGAAUGUCACUACAAGUCCAUAAAUCUCAGUUAUGGAAUUUGUGCUGCUCUAAAGGCAAAAAGUACGGACAAGUAAGGACACGAGCGGUAUAAACCGUCUCAUAAUUCAGAAGGCAAUGCAUGAAUAUGUGGUUGGGACUUUUUUUUUUAUUUGUUUGUUUUUUAAUUAUUAAAUGUUUAUCUGUGAGAAAAAUAGGAAUGUGUUUGUCCAUCGUAUGAAAAAAAGUAUGAGUACGGAAUUCCUUUGUUUUUGUCCUUAGGCUUAGACCAUGAUUAAAGCAGUAAAAAUAUUAUACUAAAUAGUAUACAGAAAGAAUAUACUACACGUGUUGCCCCUUUAAUAGAUUGGAAUUUCAGUAGAGAAAAUCACAGACAUCAAUUCACGAUAUGUAUUAUCAACUGCUAAUAUUUGACAUCCAUGAUGGCAUGCGCUAAAAUCUUGUUACAGUCAGCAGACCAUGUAAUGAUACGAAUAUAAUUUAGAAGAAUAUCAAUUUUAAAAUGGAAUAUUAUUUUGAAAAAUAUAAAAAUAAUUAUGCUUAUGUUAUAAUAUUGAAAUAUACAAAUUUUUUGCUCAAUGCUUCUCUGUGAGAAGCAUUUGUUUGGACCCUGCCCUGCAUCAACAAUUAAAAGUUAGUGCUUAGCAAAAAGAGGUGGAUCAGCUUAGCUACAUACCUUGGAGAAAGCUAAUCUGCAGUCUGUGCGUGAUAAAUGUCCGUUGUCAGCACGUAUAGCAUGCAGGCAACGGACAAUUAAUGUUGGCACGGCCCACCCCUCCGUACAACGCUAAGUCCUCCCUUAGCCUUGCCUCAGGGACAUCCUUUCCCUCUAUAGUGUAAGAAAGGAUGUCACUGAAGGAGGAUUAGGUUGGAGGAAGAACUGGUGAUUGCUGAAUCGCAGGUAAUUUUAUUUUUUUAUUUUUUUUAUUUUUUAAGCAGUAGGUUGAGUGAACAUGCCAGCAAGGGUUACAGCUUGCAGGGCUUAACGUCCUGCUUUCAAGUCCUAAGCCACUAGCCAGACUUUAACAUUUACUUGCUUCUGCAAGCUUGGGGCGUCCAUGUACACUUACCAGUGGUUAACUUUGCAAAGGCUAACUUUCAAGUGAUAAGUUUAAACAUUGAUCCCUAACAACAACAACAACAAAAAACAACUUUUUAUCAUAAAACUGUUUUUGGUUGGGGUAACCCAAUAAAUGUAUAUUUUUAUUUUCACUGCAUUCAAAAAAUAUACAUUUGUAACCUAGACAUCCUCUUUAAAUUAUACUGUUAUUUUUAACAUGGAAUUUAAGUUCAUCAUCAGUAUAAUGGGAUCAUUGUUUGCCUGAGUUUCUCGUAACUGGAACACAACCCUACAAGCCUACAAAUUCUCAAAAUGCCCAUCACAGGAAAGGCAGGAAGUCUAACUGAGCUCCACUGGUUACCAUUAAACAAAAACAAACAAAACACUACAAACAAAAUAGUAACUUAGUUCAUGACUCAAUCUAUUCACAUAACUUUCCUUGAAUAUAAUUUUUUUCUUUUGUCUAGGUGUAUAUUUCUGUUUUAAACAUUUGCAUAAAUUGGAGAGAACUUUGAAAUUGUUCUAAUCACAGACCUCUGUGGUAGGCAUCUACCUACAUAAUGAAAGUGGUAUAUAACCUUUAUAAUUAUUGGCUUUACUUGAACCAAAAGAUGUUAGGUUAGCAAACCAAUGCCUCUCGCUUCUGAAAAACAUUUUCUUCAGUCUACAUAAUUUGAUGGGUGGGAAACAUUUCCUUGGAGAAACCAUGGCAGCAGCAAACCACAGUUCUCUAGACAAGUUUAAAUUCUUAGUUUAACACGAGAGGGUUGACCAUCUCUUUAAUCAUGUCUUCAAGGUUAGUGUGCCAGCUGUCUUCUUCACCGGUAGGAUAAAAAUAAACAUCACAACCAAACCCACGCUGCACGAUUCAGCAGUACACAUGUUACACACUUGUGUAGAUAAUAAUGUUAAUUUUAUAAAAGCAAUCUGUUUGUAUCUUCAAAUGUAUUUUUAACAUGAUCAGCUCAGAGUUGUACCUUCUUGGCCAGAGGCACCCCAUUACAUGUAUUUUGCGGAAGCAUGUGUCUCCUGUAAAUCUACUAAACCUACCGAGAUGGGUGUGGGGCAAGGGCUAACUGUAAAAGCCGUGAUUUGUGUUAGAUGCAUCUGAGAAAUAUGAAGGGGAUCUAGAUCCUGGGGUAUGUAUUGAGUGUAGAACAUGGAAUAUGUUAAACCUGAAGUCUGUGUGGUAAGAAGGAGCUGUAGAAGCUGAGGUAUGCAGAUCCUGAGGUCUGUGUGGUAAGAAUGGGCUAUAGAUCUUGAAGUAUGUAGAACCUGAGGUCUGUGUGGUAAGAAUGGGAUGUUGAUUUUGAAGUAUGUAAAGCCCAAGGUUUGUGUGGUAAGAAGGAGCAGUAGAAGCUGGGUAAUGCAGAUCCUAAAGGUCUGUGUGGUCAGAAUGGGCUGUAGAUCUUGAAGUACGUAGAACCUCAGGUCUGUGUGGUAAGAAUUGGAUGUUGAUUUUGAAGUAUGUAGAACCCAAGGUUUGUGUGGUAAGAAGGAGCAGUAGAAGCUGGAGUAUGCAGAUCCUAACGGUCUGUGUGGUAAGAAUGGGCUGUAGAUCUUGAAGUACGUAGAACCUGAGGUCUGUGUGGUAAGAAUUGGAUGUUGAUUUUGAAGUAUGUAGAACCCAAGGUUUGUGUGGUAAGAAGGAGCAGUAGAAGCUGGAGUAUGCAGAUCCUAACGGUCUGUGUGGUAAGAAUGGGCUGUAGAUCUUGAAGUACGUAGAACCUGAGGUCUGUGUGGUAAGAAUUGGAUGUUGAUUUUGAAGUAUGUAGAACCCAAGGUUUGUGUGGUAAGAAGGAGCAGUAGAAGCUGGAGUAUGCAGAUCCUAAAGGUCUGUGUGGUAAGAAUGGGCUGUAGAUCUUGAGGCAUGCAGAACCUGAUGUCUGUUUGAUAACAUGGGAGGUGUACAACCUAGGUUAUGUGGAUCUUGAGGUCUGUGUAUGAAGAAAGGGCUGUAGAUCUUGGGAUAUGUGGAACCUGAGAUCUUUGUGAUAAGAGCAUGCUCUAGAUCAUGGGUUAUGUAGAACCUGAGGUUUGUAUCUUAAGAAGUGAGCAGAUGAUCUUGGGGUACGGAGGACCAGAAGUCUGUGUGAUGAGGUGGGAUCUUUAGAACUUGGAGUCAUUUUAAAAAAAAUAGAAGCUGUAGAACAUGCUAUUGGUGUGAUCAGUUGAAAGCUAUAAGACAGGUAGAAGAUAUAGUACCUGGUUAUUUUAUGAUCUGAUAUAACCUGGAAAUGGUGUAAGUUUUAUAUUAAAUGAAUUACUGGGGAUGGUGGGAUAUUUUCAUUUUUAGAUGUACAGCUAAUACUUUUUCUUCUUUUACAGCUGCGGUGUCGGACCUUAACAUUUCCUGGUAUGUACCUUCCUGAGGGACCUGGAAUGGGUGGUGAAAACUAGAUCAAAGUGGGGAUCAUGGGAAGUCCAUCAUAAAUAUAGGCUUUUUAGAGGCAGAGAAAACAACCCAUGGCUCAAAUGCAGCACAUCCCGCAAGCCAAAAUUGUUGCAGUUCUAAACCACUACGUUGUCAUCCAGAUGCAGUAGAGGGAAGGGGAAUAAAUAAUAUACAUAUAUGUAAAUUUCAAAUUGUUUUAAUGUUUAUUCACAUUUUUUAAAUUUGCUCCACCAAUUUUGAGAUCUCAUGGUACAUUUAGUCACGUAUAAUUUUACUUAAUUCUGAUUAUUAAUGGAUGUAUAAGGACAUUUCUAAUGAUUUUCAAGAUAAUUUGCACCUAAUAUACAAUAGGAAAUAAGCAGAAUGCAUUUUGGAAAGGAUUUUAUUAUUUUCACUCUGUAAGAGUUUGAAGUUGGUUGUUAAAAUCUAAUCUAACCCGGAGCAUAUAAAUUAAAGACGUAACUGAGUCAAACAGUGUGCAAUAUAGGAGUGUCCUUACCGUGUCCUCUGCCAUUGCUUCUCAUCCACACUUGUUGAAUGUGGAGGAACUUGUUGGAAACUCGGUAUACCCCAAGUUCAGCAACUCUGCCCCACCUCUGGGUAAUCAUGUUAAAUACAGUGUUUAGCACUCCAAUGGUGCUGAGGUUUAUGUCGUAAAGGACAUAUGUUAUCUAAAAACUAUUUUUUUAAAUAUGAUAAUCCUUUCAUCUAGUUUUAGAAGGAAAUAUCAUUUUUUAAAUGAAGUAUAUGUAAAAAAAAAAUAGAAACUCAAGUUUAGCUUUAGUAUACACUGAUCAUUCACAACAUUAAAACUACUGACAGGUGAAGUUAAUAGCAUUGAAUAUAUUGUUACAAUGGCACCUGUCAAGGGGUGGGAUAUAUUAGGCAGCAAGUGAACAGGCCAAAUAGUGAUGGUUAGAUGACUGGGUCAGAGCUUCUGCAAAAUGGCAAGUAUUGUUCCCAGUAUAAAAUGGUUAGUACCUACCAAAAGUGGUGUGAGGAAGGACAACGACGAACCGGAGUCAGUGUCAUGGGUACCCAAGGCUCAUUGAUGCACGUGGGGAGUGAAGCCUAGCCUGUCUGGUCUUAUCACUUAGAAGCUACAGUAGAAGAGCAACUGUAGCUCAAAUUCCUGGAAGAUUUAAUGCUGGCCAUGACAAAAAGGUAUUAGAACACACAAUGCAUAGCAGUUUGCUACAUAUGGGGUUACUUUGCCAUAGACCGGUCAGAAUGGAGAUGAUGACUCCUGUCCACCAACAAAAGCACCUUAAAUGGGGACAUGAGCAUUAGAACGGGACCAUGGAGCAAUAAUGGAAGAAGGUUGUCUGGUCUGAUGAAUCACGUUUUCUUUUAGAUCAGGUGGAUGGCCAGAUGUGUACGCGUUGUUUACCUGAGGAAGAGAUGGCAGCAGGAUGCACUAUGGCAAGAAGGCAGGCCAGCAGAAGCAGUGUUAUGUUCUGGGCAAUGUUCUGCUGGGAAACCUUCGGUUCUAGCAUUCAUAUAGCUGUUACUUUGACAAGUACCACCUACUUAGAGAUUGUGGCAGAAUACGUGCACCGCUUCAUGGCCAUGGUGUUCCUUGAUGGCAGUGGCCUCUUUCAGCAGCACCCUGCCACACUGCAAAAAAUGAUCAGGAAUAGUUUGAGGAACAUGACAAAGAGUUAAAGUUGUUGUCUUGGCCUCCAAAUUCCCCAGAUCUCAAUCCGAUUGAGCAUCUGUAGGAUGUCCUGGAAUAACAAAUCUGAUCCGUAGAGGCCCCACUUUGCAACUUGCAGGCCUUAAAGGAUCUGCUGCUAAUGUAUUGGUGCCAGAUUACAACAGGUUGGUCUUGUGUUCUUUUAGAGUCCAUUCCUUGAUGCAUCAGAGUUGUUUUAGCAGCACGAGGAGGUCCUGCAUAUAUUAGGCAGGUGGUUUUAUUGUUGUGGCUGAUCAGCGUAUGACAGAAUCCUUUAUGCACCUUGGGGUAGACGGUGUUUGAAAACCAACACUUAAUAUCUAUGGUCAACCUGUUUCAAACUCUGCAAUGAAGACCUUAGAGAUUAACUGUUGAUUUUCAAACACUGUCUGAUCCAUGGCGAUGAAAGGAUUAUUAUAUAAAAAAAUAGUUGGUGACAAUUGUCCUUUAUUCGCAACUUAUUUUGAUUAUCGUCUGAAGAUGUUUUAAAUAGCACGGCUCAAAAUUCCAUCAAGUGAGCUACUGGAAAGGCCAUGGACUACUCAAAAGAGCUAAAUUUCUACUCUCCAGGGCUAAAUUUUCACUCACAAAGGAAUAGUGGGCAACUGGACAUUUUGAGCCUUGCUUUAUACGACCCUGCAUGCCUAGUUUUAUUGUAGAUUCUUUUUUUUAUUACUGUCCAUUGUUUUUUCCUUAAAUGAGAGACAAUAUUUUAAAAUGUCACCCACUCAACUUUCUAAAUGAAUUGAUCAUUAUCAGAUUUUGUUCUCUCCAAUAAUAUGGUGUUCCUAAGUGACAGCAACAAUAUUUUUGGCUUGUAACAAUAUGUGAGAGUGCUGCUAAAUUAGAGCUGGGUUUUGUGUGAAUUGUGUGUCACACGGUUGGUUUCAGGCAUCAAUCCAGCCCCAGUAAGUCUCAACGGGUGAAAAGGCAACGACCGUCAUCUCAUUAUAACCACAAACUGUUUAACGGGGAUUUGGAGGAGUUUGUGCAGGUACUGCCCCCAUGUGCUGCCACCUUCCUUUGCUUUCUGAGCUGGCUUGAUAUUAACUGGUGACACAACUUGCAAUGUUUCCCUCCCAGAAGCCUGGGCUGUGUACUACUAACAAGAAGACAUCUGCAGGAGUCCAGUGCAGUGCUAGAAGUUCCAAUCUUUACAGCUAUCUGUUUUCAUUGUCCCUAAAUUUGUAACUCGCUCACACUUUGCAUCUUAAAUGACCUGUCUAAUGAGAGAUGUGCAAACGUCUGAAUAAUAGGUCCGGAAUAAUUUCCGCUAUCAUUCUUUAUAUUGUAUUCUCGCCUCCUUAUCGUAUUUUGAACGGUACUGUUCUGAGAUAUACCUACUUAAGUCAUGACUUUUAAGCCACCAGGUUAGUUAGCUAUUGUUGGUGCAAAGUUAAACACCAGAAGAAGAGGUUCUCUAAGUUUCUGAGUUUGAUCCUGUGGACUCAUUGCGAGUUUCAAACUUUUCAUGGAGCUCACUGGGGCUUUCGGCCAUGGUAGCGAGUGCCCGAGAUAGCAACAGCUGAAAACAACUAACAGAGUUGGUAAAACUCCACCAUAAAUUUGCCAAAAAUUAGAUAGAAAAGUCUUGGCCAAACUUUGUUAAAUCUCCCCCACUGUAUCAUCCGAGAGGGGGUGACACACACAGCAAGUCUCAGACAACAUUCUAAUUUAACUCAUUAUAUUAGGAUUAUUUACUAAAGUAAAAAUUCAUAUUUAAUUUUCAAAUUGAAGGCCUGACUAGCCGAGGCAAAAACAUAUUCAACAGUUUUUCCAAAUUGGCUAUUUUGACAUUAAAUUUAAAAUUCACUUUGAAUUCUCACUUUUUGUAAAUAACCCUGUUUGUGUCACCCACCUGCUACACUGUGAAUGUGCGUUUUGCCACUUAUUGUAUGUGUCACCUCACUUGCAUCUCUUAAUCAGUCUAUGUCAACCCUCUCGUUUAAUGUGAGUUUCACCCCUCUUUCUUAUUGUGUCCCCCUACGCUCACUCAUUGUAUAUGUCAUCUCUUUCUCAUUGUGUAUGUCACCCCUGUCUCGUUUAUUGCCAUCAUCAUGCUUCUGUCUUUACGUACCCCCUUAUUUUGUUUCUGUUACUCAUAUUUCACACUUAAUUUUCUCUUAUAUUAGUCUUUACAUUUUAACCAUUCUUUCCCCCUCCUAUCUACUGAAAGGAAAUCGUUCCUUUUUUUUUUUUAGGUGAGUGUUGACCAUCUACUGUCAUGUUGUCAACUUCAGCCACUCCAAAUUGAUGGAAUACAAUUCCCAUUGUUAAUGCUGUAGAUGGGCAGAGAAUUAUGGGAGCUGUAGUCCAACAACAUCUGGAGGUACAGAGAUCCCAGGUUUACGAUGAUCAGACACCCCAUAGUCUUAGUGAACUUAUUCAAGACUUUUGCACAGCUCUGCAUUUACCAUGGUUACUGAUUGAAUUCUGAAUUCUGGAGAUCAGUGCCCGUUUUUGCCACUGCCCCCCCCCCCCCUGCAUUAAUUUAUGGGUCCAAGAGAUCCUUGCUGCCUGUGCCUGCUUGCUACCCUUCAUAGAUCCUUUUCUUUUUUGUCUUUUUUUUCCUCUCUUUUGUUCCUCUGUGCUACCAGGAGACGACGUUAUCUGUCCCGCGCUCAGGUACAAAUCAGCAAUUCUAUUGAUUGGUCUGUUCCAUUAAUAAAGCAAAAGAAUUUACAUUCUGGUCAUUGUGAUAAUCUUUUAAGGGGGGGGGGAGGGGAGGGGCACUAGUUUUAUAGCAUAUACCUGGAAUAAACUUCCAGUAGAUGUAAUAUAAGCAGAUACAAUAAUUAUUGUCAUGGAAAUCUGGGAUGUUUAUAUUUCCAACCCAAACAGAUAAUUACAACCUGUAUUAGGAUUAAUGAGUACACUAGAUUGGCUAAUUUAGUAUAUGCCUUCAUAAUUUAUAUGUCUAUAUCAAGAGCUGCCCUUUGCACCAAAUUAUCCAUAGACCUCCCCCUCAACCCUCAACCCCCCCUGCUAUAAUGUAAUGAUUCCUAUAUGGGCAAGCAGUCGCAAUAGGGCUUCUUUGAUUGCUUUACGGCCCUUAUAUAAAUAACAUCCUAAAACAUUCUUGUUUACUGCAGUGCAGUAAAGCAAAGUCGUAUGAUUAUUUACAAAAUGGAAGGAGAUUAGAGCUUAUACACAAACACAAUUUUGAAAGUGGAAAAAGAAAGGCUGUACAUUUAAAAUUUGCUUAUCAAGUAGCCAUCAAUAUAACAACAUAACACAAUCUCCCUAUUUCUGUAGCUAGCCUAUAUAGGUGUUAGUUAGUCAGUAUGAACGACCGUAUGUAAUAUGUGACUUCUGAUUAUUUUUUUAAAUUUCUUUUUUGACAACCUGCAGAGUUCUGGAGAAUCCAUUCCUCGCGUUGUGUCCAGUUGCAUUCGGUUUAUUAAUCUGCAUGGUAAGCAAGUUUGUAAAAAAUGGUAAAGGACUGUAUCUUUUACAACUCUGUUUAAAAUAAAUCCCCGACUCUCUAUAAAGGUCCAUGUUUUUUCGUUACAUUAUAAGAAUAGUGUCUUUUAAGAAAAGAAUACAUUUUAGACGUUACUGUUUAUUUAUUCGAAUUUCCAUUCUACAUAAACCAUUAAGUGAAUGUAAACUACAAGGUGUGUGUUAAUAAAUCUUUUGAGGAAUUAUACUAGGAGAUAAUAAACUAUAGGGAAAAAAUAACCCACAUUUUUUAAAGGACCACUAUAGGCACCCAGACCACUUCAGCUCAAUGAAGUGGUCUGGUUGCAGGUCACUCUAGGUUUAAUCCUGCAGCUGUAAACAUAGCAGUUUCAGAGAAUGUUUACACUGAAGGUAAACACUGCUAUGUGUACACUGAAGGUUAAUCCAUCCUCUAGUGGGUGUCUCACUGACAACCGCUAGAGGCACUUCUGUGAUUCUCACUGUGAAAAUCACAAUGAGAAGACGCUGGACGUCAAUAGGAAAGCAUUGAGUAAUGCUUUCCUAUGGGCUGUUUAAAUGCUCUUGCCGCGCAUGCGCAUUCGGAUCUGACGUCGGCAGGGGAUGGAGAGUUCCCCAGCACAGAGGGAGCCCGGCGCUUGAGAAAGGUAAGUGGCUGAAGGGGUUUUAACCUAAUGACCCUAUAGUGCCAGGAAAACAAGUUUGUUUUCUUGGCACUAUAGUGCUCCUUUAAGUUCCUCCCUGCUAUAGGUUAGAUUAAAUCUUCCUAGAAGAUGCCUUUACUGUAUUUUUUGAAUUCUGAACACAGUGGAAUAGAACUGUCACUUCUCAGGAUUUGUAAUAUUAUCUUUAUUUAUCCUCUAUAUUUAAUAGGUAUGUCUUAACGAGGUGUUAAAAUUAAAUGAUUGUCCUGAAACUGGGUGCCUCCAUCUUAGCUCCCUGUCAGUCAUUGUUACAAGCUCUCCCCUUUGCACCUGGCAGUCAGUAUAGAGAAAGUAUACAGAGAAGAGGAGAAAUGAAACAAUGUGUCUGUUUCGCUCAUUCAUUUGCAUUGUUUGCCCUGGUUGUGCCUUGUCUGAACAGGAUUAUGAUGUAAUUUUCUAAAUCUUUAAUAUAAAUUUAAAAGAAAACAGAGCAUAACAUGAAAAAAGGAUUUACACACAUUAUGAGUGGUUUUCGGUGUUUUCUGCCAAGAUGUAAUUAGUGAUGGCAAAGGGACCAUUCCUCUUUAAAGGGACACUGUAGGCAUCCAGACCACUUCGGCUUAUUGAAGUGGUCUGGGUGCAGUGUUCCUUUUGCACCUAGUGCUGCAAUGUUAAACAUUUCAGUUCCAGAAAACUGCAAUGUUUAUAUUGCAGCUCUGAGUCUGCCCACAGUGGCUGUCUACCAGAGGUGGAGGGCGCCAGGGAGGGGGGAGGCAGGGGGAGAUAGUGCCAGGAAUACAGCUUUGUUUGUUUGUUAUUUGUACAGCUUUCCCUUUAAUAGAUAAGUACCCCUAUUGUGAUAUGCUUGCUUACUUCCAUCCAUCUUGCUGUUGUUAGACUACAGGUACUUCAUGUAUGCCCCUACAACUCUUUUUUUUUUUCUGCACUCCUUCUACGAAUCUUAAAAAAUAUUAAUGAUAUUUGAAUUCUUCCAGGUUUACAGCAUGAGGGUAUUUUUCGUGUCCCAGGAUCUCAGGCUCAUGUGAACGAAAUUCGCAGUGCUUUUGAAAGAGGUCAGUGAUCCUAAAUAAACCCAUGGGGGCCAAUUGCGUUAACUCUGUGAUAAAGUAUCCCUCCAUAUGAUAUUGUGAUCAUUAGAACUUUUAAUUUAUCCCUUGCAUAUUAUUCCAAUAGCCUGAAUAUACCAGUAAAAAUCCAGUCUCAUGGUAAAUACUAGGUUGAUAUUCUUAGUUAUAUCUUAGUUUCAAAAUUCAUUGAUGAACGGUGACACUUUGUACAUUGUUAUAAUAUCCUUAACCAUUAAUGCAAGAAAUAGUUAAUUCAUUGCAAAAAUCAGCCUCUGGUUUGACUUGAUUUUAAAACAGGACUUUAAAAAAAAUUAAUUUAUUAAUUUAGUUAGUCCUUUCUUUGUUAAGGCUGCCAACCGUUUUUAGUGGAGGAAUGAAAAUAUUAAAACAUACCAUAAAAUAUAUUCAGAUUGAUGCUAUAGAAAAUCUCUUUCGGAACUAUUUAUGGCCCGCUGUGUAUCCAGACUCUAUUUUCCUUUGUGUCCUUGCUCUAUUCAUUAAUGUUUAUUUAUUAGACUUUAACAUAAUAGUGCUCUGACACACAAUAUAUUAUUUUUUGUAAGAAACUUCACAAUAAGAUUUCUUGGGCGAUGUCCCUUAUGUGCCCUCUACUGGUUAGGUCUUGGAUGGCAGGCAGCCUGACAUUAAAAAUACAAUUAGCAAAGAUUUUUCCUAGAGUUGGGUUGCAAUGAUAGUAAGUAACUAAACUAAGAAAAGUCACUGACCAACCAGUGGGGAAAAGGUGUAGUGCCAAAAAACAAGUACAUUUUCUGCAUUGUGUAGGUGAGGACCCCCUGGAUGACAGCUGCACUGGUCACGAUGUGGAUUCUGUGGCCGGCGUGUUGAAGCUUUAUUUCAGGGGUCUGGAGAAGCCCCUCUUCCCGAAUGAAAUGUUCAACGACCUGCUAUCGUGUAUUCGUAAGUAUUCAUUGCAUAAUUUGGGGUUCACACUACACUAAUCAAACCCACCCCCCCCCCAUAAAUUGCAGUCAGCUGUUUUUUUUUAAGUUGUGCUGUUCCGACCUAAAGAUUUUAAUUCACUUUGAAUUUCUGACACGUUAUACUUUAGCAAAGUCUGUCUGGGGACAGACCACAACAUUCAGAUUCGUAUAUCUUUUUGCUAUCUGUCUGCUUCAUGCCAAUAUACCCUCUUUCUGUGCCUUAUCUGUGAUGUAUAGUGGCAAAACUAUGGGAACUAUUCACCAAACCUAGAGCUGUGGAAGAGUUAAAAAAAUAAAUAAAUUACCCCCCCCCCUUUAUUUGCACAUUAAAAGGGUUAAUAUGAAUUAAACUUACGCUAUUUGAGUGCCAAGAGAAUCUCCUCGCUGUGAGGACUCUUCUCAUUAACGAGAACUCUUCUCUUUGCAACGAUGCAUACCAUAGGUAUAACCACAACAUCAAUGACCAGCCUGCUUUGCCAAUCCCUGGUGAAGUAAGCAUGUGCUUUUCAAAGUUUGUUUUGUGUCCUAGUGGUGGUGUUAUGGUAAUAAAGGUGAAAACACAGUUUUUGCUGCCUUCUGUUAAUGCCACAACUGGCAAGCACUGAAACACGGACAGUUUCACUGGUAGCAACCAUCAGUAGUGUGCAGACAUUAAAUGCUGGAGUGACCGUGGACAUAUGUUGGUAUUUUAAGGCCCCAGUGAUAUACCGACUGUGGGUAUUACCAGAGUGGAUGCUUUGUAGCAGUGUGAUAAUAUUAGUAGCUUGGACAAAAACCUUUGUGACAAAGUUGUCAAUUGUAAAUAUGUACUGUUUAAUUAGCAUCUUAGAAACUGCUAUAUUAAAGAUUUUUUUUUAUAUACAGUCUAAGUAUGCAAAAAUACUAUAUUGUUUAAAUGACUUGGAAGUGCUAGAAUGUGACACUGUGGGGAUAGUGAUCUAAAUGCUUACUUUAAGCAAUGAGAAUUUUGUGCAAACUAUAAACUUCUAUUGAACAGAAUUAUAGCACUUUGUGGAUUGUGAUUUUUUUUUUUUUUUAUCUACUGCAUUACAGACAGUGCACUCACUUUUUAUCUCUAUCUACAGAACUUGAGAAUGCUCAGGACAGGGCAGCCCACCUCAAGAAACUGGUGUCACAACUCCCUCCACCUGUAACUCUAGUUCUCCGAUACCUCUUUGCCUUCUUAAAUCAGUGAGUAAUUCGUGGAACGUCAGUGGCUUAUAGUUCUACUUUCUAUGUGAGAUUUAAUCAGUUCUUUGACAUAUUUCAGCCACUGAAAGUCACAGUACAAUCUUCUAUAUUAUACUUCCUUAAUAUAUUAUCUCAAGAAGUUCCACAAGAUUUGAGGAAGUGAAGAAAACAGGACUUCUAACUCUCAAGACAAUGCGUACAAAAUAUACAAGCAGAAUAUUGCUCCUCAAAGUUACCUUAGCCCAUUUUCAUUUUUUAACACCCUUCUCAACCACAACAAUGGCGAGGGGGAUUUAAUGAGGAACUUGUUUGUCCAUCUUUGUUUUUGAACAUUUGUAUUGAAUGGAAUUCAGACAAGCAGAAUUUCUGCAGGAAAAACAAAAAGGUUCUUCAAAAAGAGGGAUGAGCCAGUUUAUGAGCUGAGUUGAAUAAAGCUACAUUUUAUUUUAGAAUGCAACUUUUCAAAUUAAGCUUAAAUAAAACAAUAUAUAAUAUUAGAUAAAUAGUGAUUCAAUCAGUGUUAUUCUGAGUUAAAAGUUGGUGGUUUUAAAUUAGUUCUGCACCUAACUUGGUGAUCCAGUUAACAACUGUGUCAUUUUUUUAAACUUUUUGAUGGAAAAUAUUUCCGGGGGUACCUAGCCUUUAAAAAUCUUUAAAUUAUUUCAAUGUAUUGAACCCGGGUUUGGCUUUAACUAGGAUAUAAUAUGCGUAUACAAUGGAGGGACAGUCUUAACCAUCUAUUCUUUAUGAUUCCACAGUCUGUCCCACUACAGUGAUGAGAAUAUGAUGGAUCCAUAUAACCUGGCUGUGUGCUUUGGCCCAACUCUGGUCUCCAUUCCAGAAGGACAAGAUCCAGUCUCUGUCCAAGCUCGUGUUAAUGAGGUUGUGAAAACCAUUAUCAUUUACCAGGAGAGGAUUUUUCCCGGGCCAAAUGAACUGGAGGGUCCAGUGUAUGAGAAAUGCAUGACAGUGGAAGAGGAUGAUGACUACAGGUGAGGCUGAGCCAAAAUGUAUACCAAGUGGGGAGGGCUGCCAUCAGAUGAGGGGGCACCAAUGCAGCUUAAACUUGCAUGCAUGGAAAGUAGCAACAUUCUAGCGCUGACAGGUCUUCACAAAUGUUAUAUUUAAAAAAAAUCUAAAUGUAAGUAUGGUUGAUUCAUUGGUCUUACAUUUUGAUCAUUAUGAAUAAAGUAUCUAUCUAGCUUUGGCGUUAUAAGUCCCUAGUUUUGACACUUCCUAACAAUAAUACCUUCCAAUAUUUUUAAUACUUUUUUGAUAUUCUGUAUUUCUUUACCUAUUCUGUAUGCUCUGGAAAUUGGUGUGGCUUUACAAUUGUUUAACAUAGAAUAAGGUAAUAAUUAACAAUAACUGAAAACAUACAGCCUUAUGUCUCAAGAAUUAGGACGUGAGUUGGAGUUAGACAUAAGAUAGGGCCUUCCACCAUUUCCAGACUAAAUUACAAUACUAUAUUGGUGCUCCAAAACCCAGGGGGUGGUCAAUCUUUGAAUAAUCACUUGAAUACAGUAAGAAAAAUCUGGGCACACAAUAAAGACUUUUAUAGGGACUGAAAUUCCAUGAAAGCAUUUCAGCCAAGCGCAGUGGCCUUUAUCAAGUCGUGUCAGCUAUAUGGUAUAUAAAUGUAUUAAUCACAGAGAUCCUAUAUCCGUAAGCGACGUCACCAAUAAUAAACACCAAUAGUCUGUAUGGGUUUUAUUAUUGACUUUGCUAUGCACACUUUCUUUUUAGUGAUCCAUUGACCUUGGAACCCACUGCAGAAGAGUAUGAUCAAGAGAUGCAGUCAGAGACUGUCGGAGAAGAAGGUCAGAAAAUGAUAUAUCAUUUUAUAUAAUCUUCUCUGUCUUACAACUUCUCUCUGUGACUUUUUGUGAAACUCUGUCUGUGUGUAAUGCCUUAGAGAAGAAGAAUGCCUAUAGUGUGCCCUGUAUAAUCAGAGAAAAGUCUAUAGAACACUAGCGAUGCAGGGUAUUCAUUUUAUAUAAACAUUUAUUUCUUAACUUUCAGUUAAGAUUAAUGUAGACUUAUGCAUUUUUGCGCAUGUUUAUUUUCCCAUUCCUCCCGUCUUCAAAUAGUCGUUUCCAUCGUAUCGUGAACUUACUUCUACUGGUUUUUUUUUUUUUAACUUUCACAGAAGUGGACUUUGUGGAGGCAGUUGCAAGGUUUGAUUACAUGGCUCGGUCUCCCCAUGAACUGUCCUUUAAGAAGGGGGACAUAUUGCUGCUCCAUAAUAAAGCCUCCGGGGACUGGUGGAGAGGGGAAGCAGGAGGGAUUCGAGGUCUUAUUCCUCACAAAUAUGUCAAUGUUCCCGAAGGGUGAGAAAAUGUUGGUUUCAGUUGACUACCUGCUUAUUCCAGGCCACAGAUCAUUUGCUGUGAAAGUGAUUCACAUAGAUGCUUUGACUGCAAAUGAAUCUCAUUGAUGUCCUGGCUAGUAAGUGGUUGUAAGGAUAUUCUAUGGUUGGAAAAAGCUCUCUUGAAUGCGUUGUAGUUGGAAGAUGUUUACAGAUUUUUUCGAUCAGUGAUUAGGAGUAAUGGAGAUGUUUUGGCUUACAGACAUGUCCUGGUUCCAAAACAGUUUGAUAUCUUAGAACUGGUUUGAUGAAUGUUAUGGCUAGGAAAGGUCAUACUCACUGGGCAGUAAUCUUACUUAGAAGUUCUAGGGAGGUAUUUCUAUAAUUAUAUGACUUCCACCUUCCCUAAAUUCAUUCUUCUUGCUUUUUUCCAACUCUAACUCAAUUUGAAACAAUUUCCAUCUGUGUCACAAAAAAAAACCAAAUAUCCUUCUUAAAUCCAAAAGGAAAUUAGAUUUCUACUUGGCUCAACAAACUAUUAAUGCCCUAUUAGCUUUUAUAAUCCCAAAUAGUGAUGUCCCGAACGGUUCGCCGCGGACUCAUCAUUGAGUAAACUUUGACCCUGUACCUCACAGUCAGCAGACACAUUCCAGCCAAUCAGCAGCAGACCCUCCCUCCCAGACCCUCCCACCUCCUGGACAGCUCACUAAGAAUGCAGCUUCACAAUGAAUGUAAAAUGGAUUCUGUCCAGGAGGUGGGCGGGUCUGGGAGGGAGGGUCUGCUGCUGAUUGGCUGGAAUGUGCCUGCUGACUGUGAGGUACAGGGUCAAAGUUUACUCAAUGAUGAGUCCGCGGCGAACCGUUCGUGGCGAACCGUUCGGGACAUCACUAAUCCCAAACAUAUGAUUUUGAUCCAAACCUUUUUAAAAGGUAUAUAAUAAAUAUGAUAAAAUAAUCCCUCAAAGCAGAAAAUGCCAAAUUCAUAUAUUUUUGUAAUUGUAAAGAAUCCUUUCUUUAAGUUUCAAUAGAUGACAUUUUGUCAUCCAUAAAGUCAUAUUAACGAUCAGGUCACCAGAGAGAUAACUGUACUGACAAUGUAUAUUUUGUCAUAAUAUUAUCAUAUGCUCGAGACGCUUUUUUUUUUUUCAAAAUUAAAAAAGUGCAACUUUCCUUUUUUUCUUCAUCACAGAUCUUUCAUUCCCCUUAUUAAUAUUGUAGCCAGCAUCUGCAUGUUAUUUUGACUGUGAGGAAACCUCUUGUAGUUAUGUAAAUGUUUUCCAUAGUAAGGAUUCAAACUGUGAUACUUUUUCUUGAAAAGGGUCUUGCAGCGAUAAAUCUUCAAGGAAUGCCAAGAAAGCAUCUUACAGUGGACUCUGAAGGGUGUCACAAAGAUGCUCUUGUUGGCAAAUAUAUUCUUUAUGCACUGCCAAGAAGGACUUUCACAAUUUAAUGUUGGAAAGACCAAUACUUUAUGAGUAAUCAUUUUUAACACUAAAACUGAAUUUCUUGGCCAUUGAGACUAUGACAUAGAAAUUGGUACAUGGUGUUUCUCUGUGUGCAUUGUAGGGCUGAGAAGCGACUUGAGCAACGUGGAGUAAGGAAGGAGGUGGAGCCUGGUACAGCACGUACACCUGAGGAGCUCAACCUAGAGCCCAGGUAUGGGAGAGAUUCAUAAUGAAAUAGCUCCUGAUGAGGAUGAUAUGCGGAUGGAAUUGAUAACCAACUAUCAUCUUUGGUGUUCUAUGGAAUAUAUUAGUGUGGAAAGGCUGCAGUGCUCAAUGUUCUUGUUAUUGAAUUGUAGUCAACAACAUUCUGAAGUCUAGGGAGGUGUUUGGCUUUUAUUUAUGGUUAAACAAAGGUUAAAAUUAGAAGUUAAUCAGCUUAUUCUCUAAGCAAAUUUACAAUGAAAUAGAUUUCGACAUAUAUCCUGUAAUAAUAUGGUUAUCUCUUCAGGUUACGUGUAAACUCAGACAGUGCCUGCUCUCCGCAAAAGCGAAAUGAGGGGAGCCCAAUGCGGAAACUGAACUACCAGAUCAUAGAAACUGCCCGACUUCCUUUUGCCAUCACCCACCCUGGACCUCAGCGACUUUUGGGACACUUAGAAAGGUAAAUCAGAGUUUGGAGGAAAAGAGGUCCACAGAAUUAAAUAUUUGAAAUGUAGAAGAGAGCAUUUUGACAAAACAUGCCAGACAGAUGAAAAAUGGGAAAAUGCAUGUCUUUAACAUGGAGAUGAGGGCCAUAGGGCUUCUAAUAGUGUAAACAAGAGUAGAAUCACUGUAGAGUUGAUAAAACUGUUACUUGACCUGCAGGAUGUCCCCAGUAGCAGGAGACAGAAGAAACUUUCUGGAUGGCAUGCCAAAGGGAAUCUCUAUGGCAAAAUCUUGGCAAGGUGAUCGUCCUGGAAUUGAAGUGGACAAGGUAAGAGGGUAACAGCAUGCCUCCAUGUGUUUGUUGCUACCAUAUCAGAACUGCCCGUUACAAAAUGUAUAUGAGCAUAUGUAUUAUCAUUAGUACCAAUGUAUAAUGGAGAAGGUAUUCUAAUAAGCUCACCCACUACCCAUUGUCCCUCGGGGACACCCCAGGCAUCAGUGCAAGACCUGUGCACUUUUUGGGUUGAUGUUCACUUGGUCUUAUAUUUAUUUUUUAAAUUCUUUAUGAAUCACAAAACAAGCAAAGUGUGCCAAUGUCAUAGACCUCCAAAUCUAACAAGCUAUUAUUUUAUCAGAAGGACUAACAAUAGCCUAGCAAAAUAUUAAAAAUAAGAGAAAAAAAGGCAAUAACGUAGUGUGAGAAGAUAAAACAGAGAAAGGGAUUUGGGUGGUUAACUGACAACAGUAGGAACCCCUGACUAUGAACCAUAUACCUGUGUGACUCCAUUAUCUCUGGAAAUCCACUCUUGGAGCACUUAGGUAAAAUAUUAUGUCCCACCUGUCCACCCCGCCUGUUCCUCCCUCCCAGGAAAUAAUAGUUUAUUUAGUUCCUAGAUUCCAGAAACACCUGUGGCUUGAUCUCAAGGGACUAACAGAGAGGUGAAGAUGUAAUGACAUAUCCCCUCCUUUCUGUAAAAAACACUAAUAUCCUUUUUUUUACCUUCUUAAAGAAUGUGACGAAAAACAUGGACAGCGUCUUCAAGGAAUUGCUGGGUAAAGCAGCCUUAAGACAGACAGGACCGGAAGAGCCUGGUGAUGCCAUCAAAGCGGGGAAACCACGAGAAACAAAACCUAGCACAACCAGUACCUUCGAGACAGUUCGUGGCAGCCCGGCAGGAGGGAAGAAAGGAGGCCAGGGAAGAGCUGUUUUUGGGGGCCGGAGAUGAAGUUAAAUUUCUCAUUUACAGUUGGGGAGUAGGACAAGAAGAGAGACCCAAUUAUUCCUUACAGGAUUGCUCUUCACUCUUUCAAGUCGGCUGCUCUCCCUCAUCCUAGAGCACAAGGAUCAUGUGGACAGGAGAUUUGAAUUGUCAUUUGGAAAUUUAUGGAUGGGUACGGAACAGUAGUCCUUUAAAGGAUAUUGUCUUUCCCAUGCUUCCCCCCGCACAGCGUUUGUUAUUAUCCGUGUGUGUUGCUGUCAUUAACAUAAGCACAGUUACGUCUUUCUGCUUGGGGCUCCUCUCGCCUUCUACUGCCCCAAAAGAACCAGCAGAAAAGGCCUCGGUCAAGCCAAAAUGGGAGUGAAGAGAACUGGGGUUCCCAAGCAAAACCUGUUCAUUACUGAAGUCAGCAUUGGCACCAGGUUCAUUGCAAUCAUUCAUCUUAUCUGUUGGUUAUUGAACUCCUUCAAAAAGACCAGGCUCCUAAGUACUACUGCUUACAAAGACGAACAAGACCAGGAAGAUGCCUGUCUGUAGAAGCACAGUAUAUUUACAUUAUACAUUCCAGGACCCCAUCUUGUGACCACCCAACAAAGCCAGCAUAGACACCCUGCAUUAAAUGUCAGGGGAAAGAAAGGCAUGCUUCUAGUUGAAAAUGUUCUACAUUGAACAAUUUGGAGUUUAGAGCAGAGAUAGCUAGUAGUAUAAGGACCCAAUUUUUUAGCUACAUGUGCAGUAACGUCCAGUUCCAGAGUUUCUGCAAGUUACUGACUUAACAAUCCCAUGCUUUCGUAAUUUCCUCAUGUCUUCUUCUGUAAAGGUUUGCCUUGGACUUAACUGCACCGUGUGCAGAAUGUCCACUGUUGAUCAAUACGUGAACACCACUUUAGAUGCUGUGGGUUAGAAUCAUUUUGACAUCAGAAAGGGACAUUACUCGUUUUUUUUUUUAAUCAAAUAUGUUAAUACCACUCUUGUACAUAUCCGUUCUACUAACAUUUUUACAAUCUGAAUUAACAGUGUAUUUUGGACCUCUUAACUUCGGAUUAGUCAACUUGAGAAAUUUUCACUGAGAAUUAUUCUGUUGGGAUAUAUGUCCAGUAAAUAAACAGAUUCAAUCGGGCGAAGAAGAUGUUUAAACAUGUCUAAUGGUUUUGUAUUCAUUCUAAAAUAACCACAUUUACCAUUGAUUGGCAGCCAUUGGAUACCCAUCAGUGUUUAUUCCUCGAGCAACGUAUACUGGUUAUGUAAUUGACUACGGUCUGAAAGAACAAUAUAGUAUCUAUUACAUUUAUUUUUUCCCUGUAGUUCAUGCUAAGCAAAGUUCAAUCGUUCCUCAAUUCUAGUGAAAUUAUCCCUAGCAGUCACUCUGUAUUCAGUUUGCCUACAAAAAGAGUUUCAAAGUAACAAGGCUAGUAGACAAGUAACAAUGCAACUCUUGCUGUUUUAAAAUUAUUGGAGCAUUUAACCACUUACACUUAAAGUACCGUCACUUAGAGUACCAUAACUAUAUCAUCUUACUGAAGUGGAUGUGGUGCGGUGGCCGUGCCACUGCUACCUUUCUUUUAAAAAGUAUUUUAUUCCGGAGAUAAUAAAAAAAAAAAAAAAAAUCUUGUGUCUAAGGCCGGCUGCCUGGCUGUCAAUCAAACUGGCAAUUUCAGUUUUGUGCAACUUUUGCAUCUAGUGUCAGCGCACCCAGCAUGCAGCAUGCUAUGCAGACACUUUGGACAGGAUGCUUAUGGCCCGGUGAUUUACACCUACAGUGUCAAAACUCCAGCUGCUUGACUGUCAGACAGUUUAACUUUCAUCCUCCAAUAUAAACAAAACAAGUCGGUUCUGGCUUUUUGCUUCUGCCUAUAGAAGAUGGAGAGGUUAGAGAAAAUAAUACAUUAUUAAUUAUGUAUAUUAAAUAUAUAUAUAUAUGUGCAUUCUUGGAUAUAGAAUAUUUUGUAGAAAUGUUAUGUCUAAUUUACUUACUUCAAGGAACAUUAUAGCGUUAGAAAUGCAAAUAUGUAUUCCUAACACUAUAGUGCCCUAGUCAUCAUUUGGGUGAGUGGGCCAGUGCUGCAGGAGUUUAAAAAGGUGAUUUAUUUACCUUUCAGCCCUGGCAGCGCCGGUCUCCCUGCUUAAACUCCACCUCAUUGGCUGAGCUCAUGUUGAUGAUCUCAGCCAAACCAAUGUUUUCCCAUAAUGUGCAUGCCCGGCAAAACACUGCGCUGUGCCAAUCAUUGCCUCCUGUAGGUUUCCUGAGACCAUCUUGAAAAAAUAGUAGAAUUUUACUCUUUUUAUUUUACUGUAGCGACUAUAGAUUUUCAGUAUGACGCCUACUAAAAGCAGGUUAAUCCUAGAGAACUCCAAUAUUUUCAGCUUCAGGGUAAAAAGGGCACACAGACCACUUCAUUGAGAUGCAGUGGCCUAGGUGCCUACAUGUUAGGAUUUUAGGGCCACUUGGAAGAAGUUAGAUCAUCAAAGUGGGUGUGAAGUAUGACUAUGAUUAAUAGAAUUGAAAAAAGUAAAGGAGCACAACAAAUUAUCAAUAUUACUAGGGAGAGAACAUAGACUUUAAACGGAACCUCCAAGCACAGAAGCCAGCUAUGCAUUGACUAGGUUCUGGUGGUGGAACCCCAUUCCUCAGUUGUCCUUCAUCCUAUUGAGUAGUGCUGUAGCAAACUGUAACAACGAGCAUCCCUAUGAAUGUACACAUCAUAAGGAGAUUUGUGUGUUCUCUUCCAUAGCCUUGCAUGAGAGAGCCUGUACAGCAGUAGUGAUCAUGAAUGAAUUUACUUGGCAAAGCUAACAGAUGUUACACUGUAUUUUAUUUAACUGCUUUUCAUGAAAAAACUGCUACUGCUAUGGAACUACAAAUCACACCAUUCUCUGAUAAGCACAGCUCUCCCUCUGAAAACAUUAAUAAACUGAGAUUCUAUUAUUGAUUUUUAAUUUCCUUUGUUUUAGCAGUUUUUGGAAUCCAUUUACCCUUCCACCUAGUGUGUCAUCUAUUAUAAGGAACACUAUGUCCAUAUCUUAGUACUGUUAUCUAGGUCUGGCGAUGGGAGUUAAGAUAUGACACCUGUACCCCACCAAAUUGAUAUACUCAUUUUUUUUUCAUCAGAGAAUUGUCAAUGAAUAUGCAUGGGCAGCUGGUUAACACUGCACGUAACAUGGUGAAAGUGGUGUAUUGACUGUUUUGUCACUAUUAACGUUUGGAGAUCAUAUUAUAGGUUUAAAAUUUGUGUCACAUUUUUUAUGAAUAGGUCAGAGUUCACGUGCCUCAAAACAUUAAAUAUGAAUUGUGUAUGGUCCUAUUUGUUCUUCUGUUCAAAUUCUGAUUCAUUCGUGCCAUUUAUGUUUUAUCCCAUGCAAUAAAUACUGCAGUUUUUUUCCCAUGUGUUUAGGUAAAAUCACAUAAAAAUCUAUGUGAUUAAUAAAUGUGUUUAUUUUCAGUGAAAAUUUUCUCAAUUUCCAAAAAAAAAGUGUAAUACAAUUUACUCCCAUGAGAGGUCACUGUUACCAACACCAGCAAAAAAAGCUACCACAAUACGAAAUAUUUUUUUUUUUUUUUUGUUUGGUUUUAUGUUUAUUUCCCGUCUUUUCAAAAAAAAUAACAUUCUGAUCUGCAAGGCAAUUUAUGGGUUAGCAGACUUUCCCACAUUAAUGGCACAAAAGACGGCUCGGUGUCCCAUGAUUGUCAGCUCUUGUGGUUUGCUUCAAUCCCUUGCUUAGAUAUUUUAAUACGUCUGUUGCUGUAUGUCCUCCUGUCCUUGCAGCCACCAUCUCUGCAAUGCUAUGUCGUCUGUGCUUUAUUCUGACACUUGGGCUAUUUAGUCGUCAGUAAACCCAUAAUUCCCUGCUUGGGGUGUUUUUAUUGCGCCGCAGUGUGUACCCUAUCUGUAUGAUACAAAAGAGAAGAGCCGUAAACUUAAACAAUUUGUAUUUCCUUGAAUACUGUGAUGUCCUCUCUGUGGAGAGGGUUUGAGCCUACAGAGAAAAUGGCUGCCGCCAUAGAGAUUUUAAGGAGCUAUUAACCUUUCCUAGUUGAUCAUUGCAUCCUUAGAAUAACUGGGACAUUCCUAUGUAAAUGUACUGAUAAAUGCCUUGUAUUCUGUAAUCUAUAUCCAAUUCUCACUAAACUCCAGCUGUUUGUGCAUAGAGAGCAAUGCAAAUAAAAUGUGAUAUUUAUACCACUCGGGGGCUGAGCAUUUAUUUCCAUUUGUGGAGAAACCCAUUUAGUUCACUCCAUUGACCUGGUAUGAAAGGAGUGAACCAACGUAUGUCCUCUGUCAAUUGUCCUUCAUGUCUUCAACUGCGAUACAUUGGAGAGAACAAUAUGUAGCUUGGCUUUCAGGGAUGAAUGAUGUGUCUGGUCCAUAGUGGAUUUUAAGAACAUGCUCCCCACAAUUUGACCUUUACCAGGUUUGGAAGAAAUAAGGGUAUGCAUGUUUAAGUUUUUUUGUUUUCAGAUUUCCUUUCUCAUUGCCACACGUAUUCCACUUAGUGCCUUUCCGGCAGCCUCAAAUAUAGGAUCACAGAAAGUACGGACACAAAGCGCGUAGAACUGGCCCACACACUGUAUCUCCAUCAGAUAGCUCUUGAUACAGGGCAUCACCGCCCAGAUGUGACAGAAUGAUAAACAAGCAAAUAGGAAGCCCCAUAGCAAUGCUAGGGGAAGGCCAAGGACUGCGGAAAGCACACGGUAACACCAGUACUUUGUCACUGUAAAGGUGCUAUUGCUGACUUUCCAUACCCCGUCAAAACUGUGAGUGCCUUCGGGUUCAGCGAUCACAUCCUCGAACUCUACCUGUAUGGAAAUGAAAA